AUGUCAACACAAGCACCAACGUUCACUCAGCCGCUGCAGAGCGUCGUGGCACUGGAGGGUAGUGCCGCCACGUUCGAGGCUCAAGUUAGUGGUUCUCCAGUUCCUGAGGUGAGCUGGUUCCGUGAUGGCCAGGUUCUUUCCGCCGCUGCUCUGCCCGGCGUUCAGAUCUCGUUCAGCGACGGCCGCGCUGUUCUGAGGAUCCCCGCCGUGACCGCCGCACACAGCGGAAGAUUUUCCGUCAGAGCCACCAAUGGUGCAGGACAAGCCACGAGCACCGCUGAACUCCUCGUUACAGCGGAAACAGCCCCUCCCAGCUUCCUUCAGAGACUGCAGAGCUCCACAGUGAGACAGGGCAGCCAGGUGAGGCUGGACGUCCGAGUCUCAGGUAUCCCAACGCCUGUGGUGAAGUUCUACAGAGAGGGAGCCGAGAUCCAGAGCUCGGCGGACUUCAGGAUCCUCCAGGAGGGAGACCUGUACAGUCUGCUGAUCGCCGAGGCCUUCCCAGAGGAUUCUGGGACAUAUUCCGUGACCGCCGCCAACAGCAGCGGACGUGCCACCUCCACCGCUGAGCUGCUGGUUCAGGGUGAGGACCUUUGUGAAGAAGCCGUUCCAGCAAAGAAAACCAAGACAGUGAUCUCAACCUCUGAGAUUUCUCAGACCCGUCAGACCAGAGUGGAAAAGAGGAUGGAGGCCAGCUUCCAGGCCACCGCCAUGAUGGAGAUGCAGGUGGAGGGCGUUGAGCUGACUCAGCAGCUGGCUCACAAGACUCCGCCCAGAGUUCCUCCCAAACCCACGUCCAAGUCCCCGACUCAGCCCUCGCUGGUCGCCAAGGUGACCGGAGGACGCCAACAGUCGCCUUCACCUGUCAGACAUGUGAAGGCGCCCACGCCCACACCUGUCAGGCCUGUCUCUCCCACUUCAAGACUCUCAGUGUCCCCCAUCAGGCCGGUCAAGUCCCCCAUCACCGCACGCAAACAGGCAGCUGCCGGCGCCGAUGUUCUGCCACCCUGGAAGCAAGCAGGCUACAUGGCCGAGGCCAGUUACACCAGCAUGACCAGCAGCACCGUCACCCAGCUGGGCCAGGAGCAGCACUGGGAGCAGCAGGUCAUCGGGGUCAAAGAGGCUGGGGGAGGGAAAAGAGCCGGGGCGGUGGCCACGGUGAUGGCCGCCGUCGACCUCGCUCGGGUCCGUCUGCCCGCGCAUGUCGAAGGCGGCCGCGCCGAAGAGGAGGAGGCCGUAGAGGCAGAGUUAAGGCAGCGGGCCCCCGCUGCCGCCGCCGUGGCCGCCGAUCAACAUUAUCGAGCAGGCUGGACAACAACGAGAGCGCAGGCCGGCCAAAUGCUUACCGCUGCUCAGGAGUUUACACCUGCACCCACCCUGCCGCUGCCUCAGAUUCAGAGAGCCACAGAAAUCUCCUCCCAUGUGGACACUGGUCUCGCCCCGUCUCCAGUCCCACAUUUCACAGUUUCUAAAGUUUCUGUCCCAAAACAUGAGUCUAGCUCUGAGGUUUCCAUCGCCGGCUCGGCUAUCGCUGCUCUGCAGAAAGAGUUGUCGUCGUCCUCGGCCGCCGCAAGAAAGAUCAUCAGGCCUGUCAAGUCUCCCAGUCCGUCUGGUAGAAUGGCAGGGACCAGAGAGACACUGGAGCCCAUUCCUCCACCCUUCAAAGACCUCACUGAGAAAUAUCAGAGUCAUUUUGGCACUGAGUUACAGACGGGGGUGGUGUACUCGGGGGGCAUGGAGACAAUAUAUAAGGACUGGCGAGCCCAGGUCGUGGAGGCAGCAGCCGUGCCUUCUGCAGGCGGCGGCGUGGUCCCCCCCACGCUGGUGUCUGGCUUGAAGAAUACAAAUGUGACGGAGGGCGAGUCCGUGACCUUGGAGUGCCAGAUCAGCGGUCACCCCGCGCCCAUCAUCAUGUGGUUCAGAGAGGACUACAGGAUCGAGAGCUCCAUUGAUUUCCAGAUUAGCUACGAGAACGGAUUCGCCCAGCUGGUGAUCCGCGAGGCGUUUGCCGAAGACAGCGGCCGCUUCACCUGCACCGCCACCAACGAGGCGGGAACCGUCAGCACCUCCUGCUACCUGCUCGUCCAGGUGUCUGAGGACAUCGAGAGCAGAGAGGAAAUCGCUAUUUAUGUUUCCAGAGUAACCGAAGAAGCCAAAGAGGAGACCAUGUCUCAGGUGAGCGUGGCCGAGUCAGAUACUGCCGCCGCAGCACCCUUCUUCAUCAAGAAGCCAACCAUCCAGAAGCUGGUGGAAGGAGGAAGUGUUGUGUUUGAAUGUCAGGUUGGAGGAAGCCCCAAACCACACGUCAUCUGGAAGAAGAGCGGCGUACCGCUCACUACCGGAUACAGAUACAAAGUUGCCUACAAGAAGGACACUGGAGAAUGCAAGCUGGAGAUCUCCAUGACCUUUGCUGAUGAUGCUGGAGAAUACUCUGUGUUUGCCAAGAACCAGCUUGGGGAGGUCUCAGCCUCCGCCAGCCUGCUGGAGGAAGAGGAAUACGAAGCCUACAUGAAGAAACAGGACGCAACCUUUAAGACUGAAGUGACAGCCGUGGUGCAGGAGCCCAAAGUGGGCGACGUCCCCCCUGUCGUCGUUACGACGAUGGAGCAGAUGACCACCACCAUUAUCUCUGGACAGGAAUUCCAUCUUUCUGCCAUUGAGCUGAGGAUCAUCCAGGAGAUUGAACUCUGCAUUAUGAGGAUUACUUAUAAAGAGAUUGUGACAGAGGAUGGAGAGCUGAUGGUGACUGCCACCCCCACCGAAGCCAUGCAGCCUACCUUUGACACUCCUGUCAAAAACUACAGGAUUAUGGAAGGAAUGGGCGUCACUUUCCACUGUAAAAUGGCUGGAAUGCCCCUCCCCAAGAUUGCCUGGUUCAAAGAUGGCCAGAGAAUCAGGCCUGGCGACCACUACCAGAUGGAAGUUCUUCAGGAUGGACGGGCCAGCCUGCGUCUGCCUGUGGUUCUGCCAGAGGAUGAGGGGGUGUACACCGCCUUUGCUACCAACAUGAAAGGAAAUGCUGUGAGUUCUGGGAAGCUCUAUAUAGAGCCAUCCGGGGCUGGAACACCUCAGAGAUACACACCACAGCCAGCGAUGCAGAGGAUCAGGUCCACAUCUCCUCGCUCUCUGAGUCGUUCUCCUGGUCGUUCUUCCAGCCGUUCCCCCGGACGCUCUCCUGCUCGUCGGCUUGACGAGACAGACGAGGCUCAGCUGGAAAGACUCUACAAGCCUGUGUUUGUCAUGAAGCCUUCCUCCUGUAAAUGCUCUGAGGGGCAAACUGCCAGGUUUGACCUGAAGGUCGUUGGCAGACCGAUGCCUGACACAUACUGGUUCCACAACGGACAACAAGUGGUGAGCGACUACACCCACAAGAUUGUGGUUAAAGAGGACGGUACGCAGUCCCUGAUCAUUGUCCCAGCCAUGCCGCAGGACUCCGGAGAGUGGACAGUCGUCGCUCAGAACAGAGCUGGACGAUCUUCCAUCUCCAUCACUCUCACCGUUGAUGCCAAAGAAACGUUAGUGCGUCCCCAGUUCACUGAGAAACUGAAGAACAUCAGUGUAAAGCAGGGCACUCUGGUUGAACUGGCCGUCAAAGCCAUUGGAAAUCCCCUGCCAGAUAUUGUCUGGCUGAAAAACAGUGACAUCAUCACACCUCACAAGCACCCAAACAUCAGGGUUGAAGGAACCAGAGGAGAGGCCAAGUUCCAGAUUCCCUCUGCAGCUGGCUCAGACAGUGCCUGGUACACAGCUACCGCCAUCAACAAAGCUGGCAGAGACACCACUCGUUGCAGAGUCAACGUUGAGGUGGAAUAUGCUGAACCUGAACCAGAGAAGAAGAUAAUUAUUCCCAAAGGGACCUACAGAGCCAAAGAGAUUGCCCCUCCAGAGGUGGAGCCCCUUCAUCUGCGAUAUGGUCAGGAACAGUGGGAGGAGGGCGACCUUUACGACAAAGAGAAGCAGCAGAAACCACAGUUCAAGAAGAAGCUGACCUCUGUUCGCAUGAAGCGUUUUGGUCCAGCUCAUUUUGAGUGCAGAUUAACCCCCAUUGGUGACCCCACUAUGGUGGUGGAGUGGCUGCAUGAUGGCAAACCCCUGGAAGCUGCUAACAGGUUGCGCAUGGUCAAUGAAUUUGGCUACUGCAGUCUUGACUAUGAAGUUGCUUACGCUAGGGACAGCGGCGUCAUCACCUGCAGAGCUACCAACAAGUAUGGAGUCGACCAGACCUCGGCUACCCUGGUCGUCAAGGAUGAGAAGGGCCUUGUUGAGGAAACACAACUUCCUGAAGGCAGAAAGGGGGCACACCGAAUCGAUGAGAUUGAACGCCUGGCUCACGAGGGAGGACCCUAUGGAGUCACUGCUGAAGACGAAACUGAGAAAAUGAAACCUGAGAUUGUCCUUCUUCCUGAAUCAGUCAUGGUUAAGGAAGGCGACACUGCACGAUUCCGCUGUCGAGUGACUGGUUACCCAGCGCCAAAGGUUAACUGGUACCUCAACGGACAACUUAUCCGCAAAAGCAAGAGAUACAGACUUCGGUAUGAUGGUAUUUACUAUCUGGAAAUCACUGAAAUCAAAUCCUAUGAUUCAGGAGAGGUGAGAGUUGUGGCCGACAACAACCUGGGCUCAGCUGAACACACUGUAAAGCUGGAGAUUCAGCAGAAAGAGGACUUUAGGACUCAUCUGCGCCGUGCUCCGGAGGCAAAGGCAGCCGAUGUUGCACCCGAACCUGGAAAAACACCAUUCGAGGUGGUGAAGGCUGAGAAACCUUCAGAGGACUCUCAGCUGAAAGAGGUGGUCAAGCUCAAAAAGGCCCAGAGAAUCGUCCAUGAGAAAGCCACAGAGGAGUCAGAGGAGCUGAGGGGCAAGUUCAAGCGCAGGACAGAGGAAGGCUAUUACGAGUCCAUCACAGCAGUGGAGCUCAAGUCACGUAAGAGGGACGAGUCCUAUGAGGAUCUGCUGAGGAAAACUAAGGAAGAGCUGCUCCACCGUGCUAAGGAGAAGGAGGAGGCUGAGAAAAAGAAGGAGGAGGAAUCCCGCAAGGUUACAGCUAAACCUCUAAAACCAGAAAGAGUCAAGCUGUCAGCCAGCAUGGAAGCUCCUAAGAUCCUGGAGCGUAUCACCAGCCAGACAGUUGCACAGGGCGACGAAGUCAAGUUCAGAGUCAGAGUCAUUGGAAGACCAGAACCCGUGUGCCAGUGGUUCAAGAAUGGUGUUGAACUUGAGAAAUCUGACCGUGUGUACUGGUACUGGCCCGAGGAUCAUUUGUGCGAACUGGUGAUCAGAAAUGUCACAGCAGAGGAUUCUGCUAGUGUCAUGGUUAAAGCUUCAAACACCGCUGGGGAGACUUCAAGCCACGCUUUCCUGCUGGUGCAAGCAAAGCAAGUCAUCACGUUCACACAGAAACUGGAGGACAUCAACGCGAAGGAGAAGGACACUAUGGCUACCUUUGAGUGUGAAACCAAUGAGCCCUUUGUCAAGGUCAAAUGGCUGAAGAAUAAUGUGGAGAUCUUUUCUGGAGACAAAUACAGGAUGCACUCUGACAGAAAGGUUCACUUCCUGUCUGUGCUGAUCAUUGACAUGAGGGAUGACGCAGAAUUCACCUGCAUGGUUGUAGACGAUGACGUCAGGACAACUGCCAAGCUCAACGUUGAAGGAGCACCGCUGGAGAUUGUGAAGCAGCUGGAGAGCACAGAGGUGCCUGAGACGUACUCCGGAGAGUUUGAGUGUGUUGUGUCUCGUGAGGACGCUGAAGGCAGCUGGUUCUUUGGAGAAAAGCUGCUCUCGCCAACUAGUAAAUAUGUCAUGUCCUCCCGCCGUGGAAGACACACUCUGUCCAUCAAAGAUGUCAAGAAGGAGGAUCAGGGAAAAUAUACCUUCAAAGUGGGCGAGUUCAAGACAAGUGCCUCACUGAAGAUGAAAUUGCGUCCGGUGACAUUAAUGCAGCCUCUAACCGACCUGACUGUCUGUGAGGGCGACAUUGCUCAGCUGGAGGUCAAGUUCUCCCAGGAGAACGUUGAAGGAACCUGGAUGAAGAGCGGGCAGCCAGUCACAGCCUCAAACCGUGUCCACAUUGUAAUUGACAGACAGAUCCACAAGCUUCUGAUUGAAGACACCAACAAGGAUGACUAUGGGAUGUACUCAUUUGUGGUUCCCGAUCAGGCAAUCUCAACCUCUGCAAAGCUGGUCAUUCAGACAAUCGGCGUCUUGAUCCCACUGAAGGACACUAGUGCCGUUGAGGGAACCAAGGCUGUCUUGGAGAGCAAGAUCUCCGCUCAGGACGUCAGCUCAGUCAAAUGGUACCAUGAUGAUAAACUGGUGAUGCCCAGCGACCGAAUCCAGAUGGUGGCAAAGGGAGCCAAGCAGCGUCUGGUCUUCAACAGGACCUACGCGUCCGAUGAAGGAAACUACAAACUGGUGGUUGGCCGAGCCGACACCAGCUGCAGAUUUUCUGUUCAGACUGUCCAGAUAGUGAAACCGAUGAAGGACAAGGAGUGCUCCGAGUCUGAGAACGUCGUAUUUGAAGUCGAGGUUUCCCACCCUGGCAUUGAUGCCUUCUGGACCUUUAAGAGGCAGCCACUCAAAGCCAGCGCCAAGUACAAGAUGGAAUCAAAAAACAAGCACCACACCCUGACUGUGAUGAACGCAAUGAAGGAUGAAGAGGGCGAGUACCUGUUUGCUGCUGGUGAGAAGAUGUGCAGCGCUUCUCUUACUGUAACAGGUGGUGCGAUCAAGAAGCCCCUACGUGAUCUGGUAGUGGCCGACUCCCAGACUGCCGUGCUGGAGUGUGAAGUAGCCAACCCCUCUGCUGAGGGCAAAUGGCUGAAAGACGGCCAGCCCGUCGACUUCAACGAGAACACGCUGAGCGAGGUGAACGGCGCCGUCAGACGCCUCGUCAUUGUCAUCACCAAAGCCACAGACAUCGGAGAGUACACCUAUCAGGUCGCCACCUCCAAGACCUCUGCGACCCUGAAAGUUGAGGCUGUGAAGGUCAAGAAAACCCUAAAGAACCUGAACGUGGUCCAGACUCAGGACGCUGUGUUCAGCUUGGAGCUGACCCACAAGGACGUGAGAGGAGCACAGUGGAUCAAGAACGGAGUUGAGAUUCAGCCCAGCGAUAAAUACGAGAUCACUAUUGAAGACACAGUUCACACCCUGAAGAUCAGGAACUGCACCACGCAGGAUGAAUCUGUUUACUCUUUCAAACUGGGGAAACUGUCUGCUAAUGCCAGGCUUAACGUUGAAACCAUCAAGAUCCUGAAGAAGCCAAAGGACGUGACAUCACUGUUGGGCGCAACGGUCGUAUUUGAGGUGGACAUCUCCGAGGACAACAUCCCGGUGAAGUGGCUGUACAACAGUGUGGAGCUAAAGCCGAACGGGCACUACAGUAUGCUCUCUGAGAAAAAGACCCACAAACUGAUCAUCCAGGACGUGGACGGCAGCAAAGAGGGAGAGUACACCGCUGUGGUGGGCCACCUCCAGUGCAGCGCUCGCCUCGUUGUUGAGUCCCUGCGAGUCACUCGACCCAUGAAGAGCGUGGCGGUCCCUGAAACGCAGGUGGCCACGUUCGAGUGUGAAGUUUCUCACUUUAAUGUGCCGUCCACCUGGCUGAGAGACGGCGUGGAGAUCGAGAUGAGUGAGAAGUUCAGAAUUGUGGUUCAGGGAAAACUCCACCAGCUGAAGAUCAUGAACACCAGCAGGGAUGACUCAGCAGAAUACACCUUCGCUUGUGGGAACGACCAAGUAUCUGCAACGCUAACCGUUAACCCCAUCCUCAUCACAACAAUGCUGCAGAACGUGAAUGCUCAGGAGAAAGACACUGUUACCUUUGAGGUGAACGUCAACUACGAGGAAAUCACGUACAAAUGGCUGAAGAACGGUGUCGAGAUUCGUUCCACGGACAGAUGCCAGGCUCGCUGCAAACAGCUCGCUCACACUCUAAACAUCAGAAAUGUUCACUUUGGUGACAGCGCCGAGUACACCUUCAUGGCUGGCUCUGCGGUAACUACAGCGAAGCUUGAUGUUGAAGCUCGUGUGGUUGAAUUCACCAAACACCUGAAGGACCUGAAGAUCACAGAGAAGAAGAGAGCGACUUUUGAGUGUGAAGUUUCUGAACCGAACAUUCAAGUUAUGUGGAUGAAGGACGGUCAGGAGCUGGAAAUGUCCGAUAGAUAUAAGAUGACCUCGGAUAAGUUUGUGCACCGUCUGGUCGUGCCAUCAGUCCGCCUCUCUGAUGCCGGAGAGUACACCGCUGUGGCCGGGUCAAGCAUGUCGAAGGGCCACCUGGGAGUUGAGGGACGGGACGUCAAAAUCUCGGAACCCGCUAGCAGGGACAUCACAGUUGUCGAGAAGCAAAGAGCAACUUUCGAGUUUGAGGUGAAUGAGGACGACGUAGAGGGUCGCUGGAUGAGGAACGGAGUGGAGAUCCAGUUCUCGGUGGAGGAGAGGUUCAACUACGCCACCAUCAGGAAGCUCCACCGCCUCACCAUCUCUGAGACCUACAGGAGCGACGCAGGGGAGUACACCUUCUUAGCCGGCAAGAACAGGAGCACCAUGAACCUUCAUGUCAGACUGCCGGAGCCUCCUCAGAUCAUCCGCCACAUGCAGCCUCAGACGGCGACGUCAGGGAGAUCGGUUCGGUUCUCGGUGCAGGUGAGCGGCAUCCCUCAGCCUCAGGUGCUGUGGUACAAAGACUCCCAGGCUCUAUCCACCAGCUACAAGUGCAAGUUCCUCCACGACGGAGACGAACACACGCUGCUGCUGCUGGAAGUCUUCCCUGAGGACGCCAGCGUCUACAGCUGCGCCGCCAAGAACGACUACGGAGAGGAGACGAGUUCUGCCAGCCUCACUGUGGAAGUCCCUGAGGUGGUCGAAACUGUGGCUCGGGUCUCUGCUCCGGUCCUCGUUGCUCCCAUGCGGGACAUCCUGGUCACAGAGGGACACCCUGCCCAGUUCCAGUGCUCCGUCUCUGGGGAAGAUCUGCAGAUUUCUUGGUUCUGUAAUGACAGAGAGAUCAGACAGUCCGACGUCUUCAGGUUGUCUCAUUAUGGUGAAACCUGCCAGCUGGAGAUUUCCAGAGCUCUCCCCCACCACGAAGGAGAGUACUCAUGUGUCGCCACAAAUUCGGCGGGCAUGGUCACAUGUGCUGCGACUUUGAAUUUCGACGCCCACAGUGUUGAGUUUACUGAGCUGGUCUCCGAGAGUUCCUCCUUGUCUUGGAGGAUGGUGGAGAGUCAGAUGGAGAGUGUAAGCUUGGUGGAGAUGAGCAGCGUCGAUAUCAAACUCUCAGCCAGCCCCAAACUGCUGUUGGAAAUGAGCGACGUCUGGGUGAAAAGCGGCGAGAUGGCCGAGUUCAGCUGCUCGUUCGACGGGCAGCCCUUUGCCAGGGUGCUAUGGGAUCAUAACGGCCAGAGUCUGGUGGACACGGAGCGGGUCAGGAGCUCUCAGACUGGGGGGCUGUUGUCCCUCGUCAUCCAGGGUGUUGGUGUGGCGGAUCAGGGUGUGUACCGCUGCACCGCCACCAACCAACAUGGCCAGAACAGCUCCUCCGCACAGCUCACUGUUGAAGCUAAAGAAGCAAAUCUCAAAGCAGAAACCCCCAUCCCUACCGAUUCUGUGCGUAAAGUGUCUCAGACAAACAGGGAGACCCCUAGAGACCCUCCUUACGAAGACAAGCAGGAGGCGGUGGAGAAGCCGGGACCGUCGCCUCCAUCUUCCCAGAGACCUCACAACCUCAUCAGCCACCUGUAUUUUCCUGAUGUUGUGCCUCAUGACAAGCGAGGUCAACGCCUCUCCGGCUGGCCUGACUUCCUGAUCAAACUCCCCCCGGAACUGCUGAUCAGAAACAGAGACAGCAGCUCCUUGUAUUGCGUUAUGAAGGGGGUUCCCACUCCGUUUCUCAUUUGGCUUUACGACCGGUUGAAUGUUGAAGAUUCUGUGUCUUACUCUCUGAAACGUGACGGCCCCCUGUGCUGUCUAAAUGUUCACAAUGUGGGACCCGGACAAGGGGGCUCUUACACUUGCACAAAUGUCAGCUCAGCAGGGGAUGCUGAGUGCAGCAAAGUGAUGAAAGUUACUGCAGUGGAGGGCGAACCUAUUCAGGUCCAGGAGGAGAUGAAAGCCUUCUCUAGCUCGACCAUCACAGAGGAAGCAGAAACCCAGGAGUCAUACUACACUGGCCUAAAGUUACCAGAUAAAACCAGAACACUUGAACUUAAGCCAGAUUCUGAACACUACUCCAGCAGUUUGGAGAGGAAAAAAGAAAAACCAGUUUUCCUCAGUGAACUUUCUCCAGCAGCUGCGACUGUUGGAGAAACUGCUACAUUUACCAUUAAAGUGUCCGGUUUCCCUAAACCCACUGUUCAGUGGUUCCACAACGGACAUACCAUAAUGAGCUCAUCUGUGUAUACACUCAUUCACGACCGAGACGAGUAUAGCCUGGUCAUUACUGAAGUUCAGAAGGAGCUUGAAGGAGAGUACUCCUGUACUGUCAGCAACAGACUUGGCCAGUCGACCUGCACCUCUUGUUUGCAUGUUGAGGUGAAGGAGCCAGAAAGGGAGGAAAGAGUUGAUGGGAGGAUGUUUGUACCAGCUGGCAAACCUCCAGAAUUCAUUGAAGCUAUAGAGUCUCUGCGGUUGUGUGAGGGCGGUCAGGCUUUCUUCAAGUAUAUUGUCACCGGAGAUCCUCUUCCUGAGAUUCAGUGGCUCAAAGGCAGCUUCCAAAUUGAGCCAAGUGGGUCCUGUAUCAUUGUGAACAACCCAGACGGAUCAGGCUUUAUCAAUAUCAAGAGUGUCAAACAAGAGCACAGUGGUGUCUACACCUGCAAGGCCUGCAACCAACACGGGGAAGCAUCUUGUCCCGCAGAGCUGCUGGUAUUCAGGGAGACAGUUCAGGAAGAGCACACGUUAGUCAAGAAAACAAAAGGUCUGAAAAUAUCAAUGACUGAAGAAACCACAGAAUCCAGAUUAUAUCAGGAAAGAAGCCUAGCUGAUCAGAUGAUUUACACCAUUAGCACUGAAGACCGUCAGAUUAUUCCAAGUGAGGAGGUGGGAACUCUCAAAGAGCUCGAUAUUUCUGCUGCAACCCUUCAUCGAGAGCAGCUCACCCAUCAGGCAGCAGUGCUGCAGGCUCAUGAAAUACAGGAGAGGGUUUCUUUGGCUCCCACUCAUCCACCUCAGGUCUCAGCUGUUCCCAUGAAACAGCUUCACAUGGCAGCUUUCUUAUCUUCAGUCCAGGAGAGACAAAAGAUGACAGAGCAGCACUCUGAGCGGAUUCUCAGCCCUGAGGUCGUAGAGCUCGAGUUAGCCAAAGAGCAGCCACUGAAAAUCAUGUCAGCCACAUCUGAAGAGGUCUUCCCAUUCGCCACAAUAAGGGCCGGGGCCUCGACAGAUUGGGCCCCAGAGCAUGAGAAGACCUCGACCGAACCCAGGCAGCUCGUUAGCGGUCAUCAAGUAGAGUCCUUUCUGCCCAUCCACGAUGAAACAUCGUGCGUCACUCACAGGCCAGAGGUAGAGAGGAGUUUCAGAGUCACAGAGGGGCUAAAGAUUUUAUACUCCGCUCAGUCUGCAGUUCAGCUGCCAGUCCCAGAACGACACUCGGAGCCUCUGCCGGCUUUAGAUGCAGCCACUGAACCCUCGGUCGAGAAAGAGCAAUCUAAGCCGGUGUCGGCACCGGUGAGCGAACGAGGAGUGGCUUUGUUCAAGGAGCAGAGAUUUGAAAUACACAGACCGCAGGAGGAGAGCAUCACCCCAUGCAAAGACAUGGACUACAAGGCAGCCAUAACCUCUGAAGAGAAAUAUGAACUCCAGUGUGAACAGGCAGGACAGGUGCCAGGUAUUGCAUCUUUUGUGUGUCUGCAGUCUCAGCGAGAGGGAGAAAGACUCCUGAAUCUGCAAGUUAUCAGUGAUCAGGAUGUUUUACAGUCUGAGGGAUGGUUCAGCAGCGAAAAGCCCUCUGCAGAGCAGGCAGAAACAAGAAGGAGUCCAACUCUGUUGUAUUCUGUGACCGAAGACGAGCAAAGAACUGCAGUUUGCGAGGCAGCUUCAGAGUUUUCAGCAAAGACUGAUGUCACGUCCAUUCAGCCGAGCAAAGAGUUACCACAAACAAAAUACCUUCAGUCCACUCAUUGUUUAUCAGUUUUACCAAAGGAAGGCAUGCUUACCAUCACCAAGCCUGCUCAGCAUGUGGCAUUGCAGAAACAGGAGAAGGCUAGAAGGCAUGCUGCUACGUCAGAAGAGAGAGUGGAGGUCACAGCAGAUCACCAUAAAGAUCUUGAUGUGCCCAUGAUCGGGGUUCAGUCAAAUCUGCGAACUGAGCCCAGGCCUUCGAGUAUCGUCAUGGUCUGCUCCCAGCCCAUGCAGCUGCCGAAGGAGACGCCGUUCAUUACCAAUAUAAAGCAGCAGCGAGCAUUAGUCCAGAAAGAGGAUUACUGGAAUAUUGUGCAUUCUUUGAACAUCACAGAUACUCAGACUCUGGAGGAGGGUCAUACUGUUAGCCUCAAAACCGACGAGACAUUGAAGCCUAGGAUGAAAACUGAGCCUGCAAUCUCCAAAAAAGCUGUUUCUAUAGAGGAGAAAGCAGCAGCGACUGAAAGCUGUUCAGUUUUACAAGCCGCUGAGCAAGACUUUGCAGUCCCGAUCCAGGAGGGCCAGUCAGUCCGACAGUCUGUGUUGCUAGAAGAAAAGCAGGUCAUUAUGGGAGAGCAGUCGUGUGUGAUACAGAAACAUGAGGGCUCUACUGUCAGCACCGUGACACAGCCUGAAGCCGUUCUGUUUGUUCAUGAGUCUCAUGACACUCAAACUCUACCCAAAGAACUAAACUUUGUCAUUCAGAUUCCCAAACCGUCGAGUUCGAACAUACGGCAUCAACUCAGAGAUGCUCUUCAGUCUGCUGUGGCCAGGGACCAACCGGUGUUACUAGCCGACGUCGUAGGAAGGUUAGAAGCAGUUGACGUGCAGGAGGUAAAGGUUCAGAAAGAGCCCAAACGGGCCUCGCAUACGUAUCUGAUCACAACACCAGGUGCCCCCAUGGAGAUCACAUUGUCUUUUGAAGGUGCGUACCCUCAGACAGCUGACUUCAGAUCUGAACUCCAGGUAGCUCUGUAUGCUAUGGUUUUCCAUGAGCAGCAAAGUCUUACAUCAGAGCAACCAGGUACCAUGCAGAUUGACAAACCUCAGAAAGCGCUGGUCUGCUCAGAGCCCUCCAAAGAGAAGUGGUCAUCUGUGGUGGACACGUUGAUGGUGGCAGAGAGCGCAGCGGGGGUUCCUCCUGCUGUGUCUCAUUCUGCAGCCAUGAAAACUGAAGCCAGGGCUUCUUUCCAAAGCGCGACUGUUCACAGUCUGUCUGAAAUCCACGAGUUGACGCAGGUGAGCAGGAAGACAGUCAGGUCAGAGAGGGAUGUUCCUGCCGAACGAGGAGAGGACAUUUCUGUCCACAGAGAAACCAGAGAGGAGUUUCUUUCAGAAGCAGUUAUGAUCAGCGAGUCCUCCGACAGUCUGGUGGAUUAUCCUGUUGUCACUGUUUGUCUGGAAGAUGUUUGCAGUGAGGAAAAUGGCAAGGCCAUUUUUACUGCCACCAUAAAGUAUGUCACCAAAGUCAACUGGUUUUUCAAUGGUCAACUGGUGGAAUCUGGCAAAGAGUUCAAGUGUUCUAAAGACCACGACACAUACACCCUAGUUAUCAACGAAGUUUUCAAGGAGAAGCAUCAAGGAGAGUAUGUCUGUGAGGCUGAGAAUGAAGCUGGAAAGACUUCAACAUCUUCAAGACUCACUGUGGUGUCAAGAGUGAAACCUGUGUUCAGGCACAGAAUCGUCCCCGUGGAGAUCAACAUUGGCAAUCCUGCCAAGUUUGAAUGUGAAACCGAGGACGCUCCGAAUGUGAGCUUCAAGUGGUUCAAAGAUGGCCACCACAUCAAAGAGAGCGAUAAGUACAGGAUCAUCAGCCGAUUCAGCAAUUCCUCUCUGGAACUUCUGAGCCCAACCAAGGACGACAGUGGUGAAUACACCUGCAAGGCGUCCAAUCAGCACGGCAGUGAUGAAUGCUCCGCCUCUCUGAGCGUGACAGAGCAAUUCCCUCCUGCCUUUAUAACUAAGCCUGACCCUCAGACCAUGUUUGUUGGAAAGAGGGCAGUGAUACAGUGUGUGAUAACAGGAUCUGCUCCUCUGAAUGUUGUCUGGCUCAAAGACAACCAGGCAUUACCCAAAGAGCAGACAAACUACCAAACCUCUUGUGAAAACAAUAAGCACACUCUUUGGAUAACCAAGCUUGAGCCAUCUGACGGGGGCUGUUAUGUGUGCAAGGUGUCUAAUAACGUUGGGACAGCUGAGUGCAGCAUGGAGCUGCGUGUUAUUGAUAAGCCCAACUUUGUAAACCCCCUGGGUCCAGUUGCUGCUGUGGUUGGAGCUCCUCUGCACCUGGAGUGUCAGGUGGAUGAGGACACUGGAGUAACUGUCACCUGGACCAGAGAUGGUAGAAAGGUCCACCAGUCUCCAGACUGUAAGCUGUCUUUUGAGGAUAAGACAGUUACUCUUGAUAUCCUAAAGACCACACUGAAAGAUUGUGGAAAGUAUGUGUGCACCGUGACGAAUGAUGCUGGGAGUGCAGUUUGCUCCACUUCGGUGAAGGUACAAGAGCCACCAGUCUUUGUAAAGAGGCUGGAGGCCACCACAGUUUGGAAGCAAGGCAGCACCGCACGACUGCAGUGCACCGUCAAAGGAUCCCCCGAACUUCACACCAGCUGGUUCUUUAAUAACAGUGAGCUGUCUGUUGGCGGCAGAUAUGACAUGAGUCUGAAGGAUGGAGUCACGACUCUUGAGAUACAGAAUGUCAUGUUGAGUGAUAGUGGGAACUACACCUGUGAGGUCCUCAAUGAGUCCGGCUGUGAAAGCUGCAGCACUAAAGUCACAGUAAAAGAACCGCCAUCUUUCAGAAAGGAAUUACUCUCCAUAGAGGCAGUUAGAGGGUCUGUAGCUGUGUUGGAGUGUGAGAUUUCGGGCUCUGCACCAUUCGAGGUGACCUGGAAAAAGAAUAAGAAACGACUGUCCCCAGACAAGAAAUACAGAAUCGUAUCACAGGGAUCCUUGACCUCUCUGGAGAUCCACUCGUUUGAGAGCGCUGACGCUGGCGAAUAUGAAUGUGUUGUAUCAAAUGAGGUCGGAUCAAUAGCCUCAAAGUCAGUGGCUAAACAGAGAGAGCCACCUAUGUUCUCAAAGAGGAUUGACAGUGCUACAGCAGUGUUGGGGAAUACAGUGAAGCUACAGGGAACCCUAAAAGGCUCAGGUCCCAUUGCUGUUAAAUGGAUGAAAGACUCUGAGCUGCUAAGAGACGACGAUCCAAAUGUCAGAAUGACGUUCGAGAACAACAUCGUUAGCAUUUCCUUCUCAUCCGUUGAGAUCAAGCACGGCGGCAAGUACACUUGUCUCGCUGAAAACGAGGCAGGGCAGCAGAAAUGUGAAGCUGUCCUAUCAGUUCAAGAACCUGCUAGGAUCUUAGAGAAAGCAGCAUCCAUCAGUGUGACCGCAGGAGAUUCAGCCACACUGGGGUGUACGAUUUCUGGAAGCCCAGAUCUCAAAGUCAAAUGGUUUAAAGACGGCAAAGAAAUGAUCAGUGGCCGUAAAUAUAAAAUGACGGUGAAGGAGAACACUGCCAUCCUAAAGAUUCUCGCAGCAGAUAAAGGAGACACUUCAGAGUACAAGAUGGAGGUGUCCAAUAAAGUCGGAAAAGACCAGUGCACCUGCUCAGUCACUGUUAUAGAUCGUGCAGUUCCGCCUUCCUUCACCAAAACUCUAAAGAAAGUGGAUGGGAGCGUUGGUAGUAAUGUUACUUUGGAAUGCCGAGUCUCUGGAUCUCAGCCACUGGUUGUUUCUUGGUACAAAGACAAGAACGAAAUCCACAGUGGUGACAAAUAUAAGCUUGAUUACAGCGAGAGUACAGCCGCUGUGAUGAUAACUGACCUGGAGCAAAGCGACAGUGGAGUUUAUACAUGCCGGGCGUCUAAUGCUGCUGGGGAAAAAGAGACAAGUGGUGUUUUGUCCGUCAAAGAACCUCCAGUCUUCACGGUGAAACCUGAGUCCCAGGACGCUUCACCAGGAUCAAAUGUUGUCAUAAAAUCAACCUUUACAGGAUCAGCUCCUCUGGUGGUUAAAUGGUUCAGAGAGGAGAAAGAGAUUUUCACUGGGGGAAAGUGUUUCAUAAAGAAAGACGCCUCUUCAAGCUCCUUGGAGCUUCACUCUGUGAAACCCAAUGAUUCGGCUAAAUACACAUGCCAAGUAUCCAAUGAGGCUGGGAAGGUGGAUUGCACUGCAGUCCUCUUUGUAAAAGAAGCCCCAACAUUUACAAUGAAGCUUGAGCCUUCCCAGCUCCUGAAAACUGGACAGACUCUGAAGUUGUCUUGCAAAGUGCAGGGCACCCCUGUUAUUAGCAUCACAUGGUUUAAAAAUGGCUCCGAAAUCACUUCAGACCACAGACACAAAAUGUCCUUCGACAGCUCGAUAGCAGCUCUGGAGGUAGAGGACUGUUCUGUGGAGGACAGUGGAGAUUACGUUUGUGUGGGUUCCAGCGAGGCCGGCAGAGACCAGUGUAGCAGCUCAGUGACGGUGAAAGAGCCUCCAGUGUUUGUGAGGCCUUUCAAAUCAGCUGAGGUUGUGAAGGGAUCCGACAUUAUCUUUGAGGGAACCGUUUCAGGUUCCCCUCCAUUCGAAAUAAGUUGCUCGCUCAACGAUAAGCUGAUCAGAAUCGACAAAGAGCAUCAGAUCAGCGUUGAAAACGACAGAGUCGCUCUUCAGAUCUUAAACUGCGAGGCCAGAGAUGCUGGGACGUACAGCUGUACUGUCGCAAACGAUGUUGGGGAGACAUCUUGUUCUUGCCAAAUUUCACUCAAAGAACCACCGUCGUUUGUUCAGAGACUAGAGGAUAUGUCCUGCAUGGUGGGCUCUGAGAUCUCUAUGAAGUGCAUGUUGUCUGGAUCACUUCCCAUGACUUUCUCCUGGAUCAAGGACGGUCAUGAGCUCACAGAAGACGAGCAUGUUAAGAUGUCCUAUGAGAUCAAAAGUGCCGUGUUGAAUUUGAAAAACGCUCAGUUAUCACACGGCGGGAAAUAUGUCUGUGAGGCGCAGAACAAGGCGGGAACUCACAGAUGUGCUGCUGUGCUCAUAGUGACAGAGCCACCAAGUAUUUUAGAUCAUACACAGUCCAUCAGUGUGACCCGGGGCGACUCGGCCAGGCUGGAAUGCAGAUUCUCAGGCACCAAACCGCUGACAUUGAGAUGGAUGAAGGCGAGACAGGAGCUGACCUCAGGCCGGAGAUACAAGAUCCAGAGCACAGACCAGAGCUCCGUGCUCAAGAUUAUUAAGACAGAAACAAGCGAUAGUGGUGAAUACGUCUUCGAGGUUUCAAACAGUGCUGCGUGCAGGUCUUGUGAGGCAGCCGUUACUGUCCUAGAACCACCUAUGAUCCAGGAGAAGCCAGAUGUAGUCAGAGUGACUUGUGGAGAUCCAGUUAGUCUUGAGUGCAGGGUAGCUGGAGCUCCUCAUAUCAGUGUAAGAUGGACCAAAGACGGAAAAGAGCUCCAGUCGAGCAGAAAACAUAAUCUCCUCUAUGAAAACAACCUCAGUACUCUUAGCAUGCAGUCCUCUCAGCUUGAGGACAGCGGAGAGUACCUGUUUGAAGCCACAAACUCUGCUGGGACGUGCAGCUGUAAAGUCAUGCUGGUUGUUUUAGGAGAAGUGAUUCCUCCGAUGUUCAUUAAGAAAUUAAAAAACAUUCAAGCAGUUCUGGGUUCAGUGGUUACCAUGGAGUGCGAAGUGGCCAGUUCUCUUCCGGUGUCGGUUGAAUGGAGCAAAGGGAAGCAAAAGAUUACCAAGAGCUCCAAAUAUAAACUUCUGCACUUUGAAAACACUGUCUCGCUGGAGUUAAAACUGACUGACGGUGCUGAUACAGGAGAGUACACCUGUAAAGUUACCAACCAAGCAGGCAGUUGUGUGUGCAGUGGAGUUCUUACAGCUAAAGUGCCACCAAGAUUCGUAGCUGAGUCUGAGUCUCAGGCCGUUGUUCCAAAGUCUACUGUGCUCUUCAGAAGUGUUUUUGAGGGAACACCUCCAUUUACGGUGAAAUGGUUCAAGGAUGACGUGGAACUCAUCGCUGGGCCAUCAUGUACGAUUAGCGUGGAGAAAUAUUCUUCGUCUGUAGAGCUCCACUCAGCCGGGACUCUGCAGUCUGGGAUUUAUUCUUGCCAAGUUAGCAACGAAGCGGGAACAGUGAAAAGUACAGCAGAGUUGUUGGUGAAAGAACCUCCUGAGUUUGUGCUGAAACUUCCUCCCACUACCUUUGUGAAGCACGGUGAGGGACACUGUUUUGAAUGCACAGCCAGCAGCGCACACCCUCUGAACAUGUGCUGGUACAAAAAUGACCAAAAGAUAACUGACGGGAACAACUAUAAAAUUAUGUUUGUUGACUCGACUGCGUACCUCCAGCUGGGCACCACGAGGUUCGAGGAUAACGGAGUCUACACCUGUGAGGCUCGUAACGAUGCUGGCAGUGCGAGCUGCAGCACUGUUCUCACAGUACAAGAGUCCCCAUCCUUUAGUAAAACUCCAAACCCAGUAGAGGGCAUUAAAGGGAAAGAUGCCAGCCUACACUGUGAGGUGUCUGGCACUCCACCUCUCCAGGUUAACUGGUACAAAGACAGCAGGCCACUGAAGGAGAGCAGGAAAUAUAAAAUGGUCAGUGAGGAUAGCUCUGCCACGCUUCACAUCAUUAAACUGGAACAAGAUGAUGCCGGUCUUUACGAGUGCAAAGUGUCAAACAAUGUUGGAACUGGAUCCUGCCGCACUACCGUUAGCCUGAGAGAACCACCAGCAUUUAUCAAGAAACUGGUCGACCAGUCGGUGAGAGUUGGAGAGCCGCUGAUACUUACAGCUACAGUGACAGGCUCCGAACCCUUGACUGUGUCCUGGGUCCAGGACAAAGAUCACAUUCUCAGAGACGGUGACAACAGAAAGAUCACCUUUGAGAACAAUGUGGUCAACCUUGUAGUGGCCGAGGCCGACCCCAGCACGGCUGGCAAAUACAGCUGCCAGCUGAGGAAUGACUCUGGAGUUGUGGAGUCUGUGUCCCAAGUGACCGUUCUAGAACCGGCUGCUAUUGUGGAUAGCCCAGAGUCCUUGAACGUGAAAUCAGGGGAAAAUGCAGCUGUUGAAGUCACAGUAUCUGGCUCACCAGAACUGAAAACAAAGUGGUUCAAGGAUAACAAAGAGCUCUCUGCUGGUGCCAAGUAUCAGAUGUCUUUCACAAAGAAGGUUGUUGUCCUGAAGAUUCGGUCCGCUGAUAAAGCAGAUGCAGGAGAAUACAAGCUAGAGGUUACAAACCAUGUUGGCACAGCCUCGUGCAAAACUGAGCUCUCUGUCUCAGAUAAAUUGAUUCCACCGAGUUUCAUCAGGAAGCUGAGAGACACCCACCUUGUUGUGGGUAAGCCUGGUGAAAUGGAGUGUAAGGUCACUGGCUCUGCCCCUUUAACAACUUCCUGGUACCACAAUGGCCAGGAGAUCGAGAGUGGGCCAAACUAUGACAUCAGCUGCACUGAUAAUAACUGUAAACUGAGAGUUCCUACAAUCCAGAUGUCAGAUUCUGGCAAAUACACAUGUAAAGCUGUAAACGCUGCAGGAGCCAGUGAGACGAGUGCCUCGGUGAAUGUGACAGAACCUCCAUCUUUUGUGGAAGCGCCUGAAGCGAAGGAAACGUUACCCGGCAAAAACGCGUCUUUCUCGGCUAGAGUGAAGGGCAGCGCCCCUUUGAAAGUCAAAUGGUUCAGAGGAGCCAAGGAAAUGCAGCAUGGAAGGGGCUGCGAGAUUACCCUGAAGGAUGAUGUCGCCACCUUGGUGCUGCACAGAGUGGAAAGGUCCCAUGCAGGAGAGUACACCUGCCAGGUCAUUAAUGAUGCAGGGAAGGAAAGCUGCCCAGUUUGCCUGGUUGUGAAAGAACCAGUCCACUUUGUGAAGAAGCUGAGAAACGUUUCCUCUGAAAAGGGCAAGCCUCUGAAGCUUGAGGUCACAUUUGCUGGAACCCCCAUUGUAAAUGUUACCUGGAAAAAGGAUGGUGAACUUAUCUGGGCCUCACAUCAGUACAAUGUGAUCAGCACAGACACCUCCUGCAUCCUGGAGGUUCUCAGCUCUGACAGGGUCGAGGCAGCUGGUCGAUACUCUUGCGAAAUAGACAACGGAGUUGGAAGUGACAAAUGUGAAGCACUAGUGUCAAUUCUAGAACCACCAUAUUUUGUUGAAAAAAUGGAGCCGGUGGAGGUAACUGUGGGCGACGCAGUUACCCUGGAAUGCCGUAUUGCGGGAUCUUCUGACAUCUCCGUUGCUUGGUUUAAAGAUGAUGGAAAGCUGCGCAAGUCCAAUACUUGCUCAAUGAACUUCACAAAUGGUGUCGCCACUUUGACACUGAUCAAAACAACUAAGGUGGAUCAUGGCGAAUACACCUGCAAGGCAGAGAACCGGGCAGGUUCGGCCUCUGCCAGCUGUAAUGUGACAGUGAAAGAGCGUAAAGUCCCUCCAAAUUUCACCAAGAAGCCCUCAGAGUCCAUGGUGGAUUCUGUGGGUAAGACAGUGAAGAUGGAGAGUCGGGUGUCUGGUUCCCAGCCGCUGGCCGCCACCUGGUUCAAGGACAACAGUGAAAUCUGCAGCUCUGACAAAUAUGAUGUCAGCUUCAAGAACAACAUGGCUGUGCUGUGCAUCAGAGACUGCUCUGUCUCUGACAGCAGUGUGUACACCUGUGUGGCCUCCAACGAGGCUGGGAAAGCUUCGUGUCUGGUCUCUCUCACCAUCACGGAAUCUGGCCAGGCUCCAAAGUUUGACGUCCCUCUGGAACCUGUGACAGUGGGGGAGGGCGAGAAGUUGAGCCUCAAGUGCCACGUCAGUGGCUCACCUCCACUGACCAUCCAGUGGAUGAAGGACAGGAGGGAGCUGAAGUCCAGCGGAAACACCAGAAUCACAUUUGCUGGUGGGAUGGCCUGUCUGGAGGUCAGCCCAGUCUCAAAGACCGAUGCAGGGGAUUACCUCUGCAAGGCCAGCAAUGCUACCGGCAGUGACUUCUGCAAGUCCAGAGUCACUGUGAAAGACAAAGGAGCCAAGCCUGCCCCCACUGAGGCUGCCGCCCCAGCCACAGCUGCCCCAGUUAAAAGACUCGACAACCUUUUCUUUAUCGAGGAACCUAAAAACACUUCUGUCACAGAGAAGGCAACCGCAACCUUCAUCGCCAAGAUCGGAGGUGACCCAAUACCCAGUGUGAAGUGGAUGAAGGGCAAAUGGAGGCAGAUCACCCCCGGUGGUCGUAUCUCCAUCGAGCACAAGGGCCAGGAUGCCAAGAUGGAGAUCAGAGAGGUGACCAAGUCCGACUCCGGUGUCUACAGAUGUGUCGCCACCAACAAACAUGGAGAGAUCGAGUGCAGCGCUGAGAUGGAGGUCACCAAAAAGGAGGAAGGGGAGGGAAUCGGAGACAUUAGGACAAGGCUGAAGAAGACUCCAUCGAAGCAGAAGAGUCCAAAGAAGGAUGAAGAGAUCGAUAUUGUGGAGUUGCUGAGAGGUCACGACCCCAAAGACUACGAGAGGAUCCUGCGGGAGCACGGCAUCCACGACUACCGGGCCAUCCUGCAGGCCGUCGAGUUCCUGAAGAGGGAGAGGGAGAUGGAGACUGGAAAAGUGGAGGUGGAGCACGGUGGCCGGGUUGAAGAGGAGGACAUGGCCCGCCUCAUUCAGCAGCUGGAGGGACGCAUUUUGAACCUUCAGCCCGUCUCUGUUACGGAGGACAUCAGUGACCAGAUGACCACUGAGAACCAGAGCGCCACCUUUGAGUGUCAGAUCCGAAUCAACUACCCAGAGAUCACUCUCACCUGGUACAAAGGCACCCAGAAGCUGGACAACAGCGACAAGUACGACAUCAGCAACGUGGGCGACCGCCAUUAUCUAAAGAUCAAGAACUGCCAGGCCAAAGAUCAGGGCAACUACCGUGUGGUGUGUGGUCCUCACAUCUCCAACGCCAAGCUCACUGUCACAGGUAAGAUGUUAUAGAGUGUUUCCCGCCAGUCUGUUGCACCUGUCUGUAUGUCUGUAACGUGUCCUCGUGUCCCGCUCCUUUAUUUUAUUAUCAGGAAGUGGCUCCAAGACAGGUAAGCAGUUCAACUCGAGACUAACAAAACUCAAACUGACCUCUUUGAACCUGCUGGUUCGUUUAUGUGUUUAUUUCUGUGGUUUGUGAAUUUCUGUUUCCUGUUUGUGUUCUCUGAUCAAAUUCAGUUCACUAAAUGCAUCAGAAGCAUCGAGGUCAAUGAACGCCACUCUGCCACCUUUGAGUGCGAGUUGUCCUUCGACAACGCCACCGUCACAUGGUACAAAGACUCAUGGGAGCUUAAAGAGAGCCCAAAAUAUAACUUCAAGACGGAGGGUCGACGGCACUAUAUGACCAUCCGCAACGUAACCCCAAAGGACGAAGGCGUGUACUCAGUGAUCGCUCGUCUGGAGCCAAUGGGAGAAGCUCGAAGCACAGCUGAGCUUUACCUGUCCGGCAAAGACGUUGAGUUAGGAAAGGUUCCUCAGGACGUCCCAGACUCGUCAGUUCAUGUCCCAGAGGCAGCUUCGAUUGUUGUUAGAGUUCCUGAGGUUUUCAGGAGAUCGGAGAAACCCUCUGAGCCUGCAGCUCCUCCUCCAGCUCCAGUCAAAGAACUUCCAGUAUACACCAAACCAGAACCAGAACAAGAGAAAGAACUUGUUCCCAGAAAGGCCAUUUCUGAACCUUAUCGACCCGAGCCUACAGCAGAGCCACAAAUGGUUCCUCCUGAGUCUAAACUGGCACCUCAGAAACCGGCGGCACCUGUCCCGAAAGUGCCCAAAAUCAAGCCUGAACCUAAAGCGGCGAAAGUUGAACCUGAGAAGAAAACACCUGAAGCUCCUAAACAGAGAGUGUCUCCUCCAGAGGAGAAGAAACCAUCUGAACCAGUACCAAAGUCUUCACCUCCUGCUGCUCCUCCUCCAGAACCAAAGACAUCUGAGCCUCCCAGAAAACCACAUCUGUUGGCUGGUAAACCUGAGGCAGAAGAGCUGCGAUAUAUCUCUGAAACAGAACCCAGCCAACCAAAGAUGGUUCCAGAAAAACUUAACAAGGUUCUGGAAGAAACACAGAGGGUUCCUGAAGCACCAAAGACUCUUUCAGAAACACCAAAGAAGGUUGUGGAAAAAACAAAGGGAGCUCUUGAUGCCCCAGAGAACGUUCCAGAAACACCAAAGAUGGUUCCAGAAGAACCAAGAAAAGUUCCAGACACGCCAAAGAAGGUUCCAGAAGAACCAAGGAAAGUUCCAGACACACCAAAGAAUGUUCCAGAAGAACCAAAGAAAGUUCCAGACACACCAAAGAAUGUUCCAGAAGAACCAAAGAAAGUUCCAGACUCACCAAAGAAGGUUCCAGAAGAACCAAAGAAAGUUCCAGACACACCAAAGAAGGUUCCAGAAGAACCAAAGAAAGUUCCAGACACACCAAAGAAGGUUUCAGAAGAACCAAAGAAAGUUCCAGACACACCAAAGAAGGUUCCAGAAGAACCAAAGAAAGUUCCAGACACACCAAAGAAGGUUCCAGAAGAACCAAAGAAAGUUCCAGACACACCAAAGAAGGUUCCAGCAGCACACAAAAUGGUUACAGAACCACCAGCAGAGCUAGAGAGAAGUAAGGAGGAAGAGCAGGUCUUGUUGAAGCCUUUCACCAAAGUUGGAAAGCCUGAAGAAAAGCCAGAUAAAGCAUCCGAGGAAGAGAAGGAUAAGCCUGUGGACACAACGGUACCCACUCGAACGCCAAGAGAUGAAACUCCUAAAGGGCUGAAGGAACAGCACGAGAGAAAAGUGGAAAUGACUGAAACAUCUAAAAAUGAGGUUGGAGAACCUAAGAAGAAAGACGAGCCAGCAGUUCCACCCAGGAAGCCAAGUCUACCAGGAAAGACAGAAGUGGACAAAGAGAUCCCACAAAAACAAACAGAUCCCUUAAAGAAAGGCAUUGAACUCAGAAAGACUCCUGUGCCAAGAGUGGGUAAAGACAAGAUAGACGAAGAAAAGUCACUCAAAUCCAUCGAGCAACUGAAGAAGGUUGAGCUGAAAAAGACGCCAUCACCAAAAGUUGAUAAACCAGAUUCUAAGGAAGUGGAACACAUUCCCACUGAGAAGAAACCAAGUACUGAAAAAGUCAAGCAGAUUCCCAAAACUGUGUCGCCAAAAGACUCUAUUGAAGCCGUAACACUCAAAAAGGUCCCAAAGACGCUGUCACCAAAGGAGGCCUCAGAACACGAGAAGCCCGGGAAAGGACGGGUCCCCCUGGUGAAGGAGGUUUCUCCUGGAGCCGUGCAGAUGAAGAAGGUGCCCACCCAGCCAGAGGAGGAAGUGUUCGAAGAGGAGGCAGAAGAAAUUGAAGGCGAGGAAGAAGAGGAAGCCUGGGGCUGGGAGCUGGUUCCUCCGGAGGACUGGGAAGGUGAAGGGGUGGAUGGGGCGUUGGAGACUCCAGGCAUCCCUGGCGCCAAACGAGAUGGAAAACCAGCAGAGGAGCCACCAAAAGGCAGAGGCAGAGGAUUUGGUGCGAGACAAACCCCAUCACCUGGUGACGGUGGCAGAGGGCGGGGCCUGAGGCCCGGUGGUAAAGGCCCAUCGCCACCAGAGGAACCCUUUGGAGGAUUUAAGUUGAAAGCCGUCCCCCUGAAGUUCAUCAAGAAGCUCCAGGACAUCGUGCUGCAGGAGGCCGAGUCUAUCGGCUCAUCUGCCGUGUUUGAGUGUGAGGUCUCUCCGUCCACCGCCAUCACGUCGUGGAUGAAAGAUGGCAGCAACCUCCGCGAGGGCCCCAAGCACAAGUUCACCUCUGACGGCAAAGAUCGCAAGUUGAACAUUAUUGAUGUCCAACUGUCAGACACCGGUGAAUACACCUGUGUGGCCAAGAAUGCUGGCAAGGAGAUAACAUGCACAGCCAAGCUCAUUGUUGAAGAGCUGCCUGUUAAAUGGCUGAAAGAACUUGAGCCAGAGACAACAUGCAUGAAAGGUCAGCCGAUGUACCUGACCUGUGAGCUGAACAAAGAGAGAGAUGUGGUCUGGAAGCGUAAUGGCGCCAUUCUGAAGAAACAGGCUGGAAAAGUAGCCAUCAAUAUCAUUGGCAUGCAGCAUGCCGUGACCAUCCAGAACGCCACGGAUGACGACGCCGGCGAAUACACGUGUGAGGUAGUCGGACAGGAGGACGUCAAGACUACGACCAGUGUCAAAGUCAUUGAAAUCAUUAAGGACUGGCUGGUGAAGCCUCUUAGAGACCAGCAUGUGAAACCGAAGGCCAAGGCCACGUUCAAAUGUGAGCUGUUCAAGGACACUCCCAACUGGAAGUGGUUUAAAGGAGACAACGAGCUCACUCCCUCUGACAAGGUGGAAAUCAUCAAAGACGGACAGGACAUGACGCUCGCCAUCAACAACUGCCAGCCGGACGACGUCUCAGAUUAUACCAUUGAAGUCGAGGAUCGCAGAUAUACGGCCAAACUCACACUUGGAGAACGCGAGGCUGAGAUCCUGAAGCCUCUCGCCAGCGUGGAGGUGGUCGAGAAGGAGGAAGCCAACUUUGACACUGAAAUAUCUGAGGAGGACGUGGCCGGUGAAUGGAAACUGAGGGGCCAGGUGUUGAUGAGAACUCCGACGUGCGACAUUAAAGCUGAAGGCAGGAAACGUUUCCUCACGCUGAAAAACGUCCAGCUGGAUCAGGCUGGCGAGGUGUCGUAUCAGGCUCUGAACGCCGUCACCAGCGCCAUGCUGACCGUCAAAGAAAUCGAGAUGGGCUUUGUUGACCCGCUGAAGGACGUUUCUGUGCCUGAAAAGAAACAGGCCAAGUUUGAAUGCACCGUCACCAAGGAGGUGUCGAAGGUCAUGUGGUUCAAGGGGGUGGAGAUCGUCACCCCGAGCCCUAAAUAUGAAAUAAUUGACGACGGAAAGAAACACAUGCUGAUCAUAAACAGCUGUGAGUUUGACGAUGAGGCUCAGUACACGAUCGAAGUGCUGGGCCAGAAAUCGAGCGCUCAGCUGAUGGUGGAAGGCAUGAGGCUCAAAUUUGUGCAGCAGCUUCAGGACCAAACGGUGAAAGAAGGUAAAACGGCUUGCUUUGAGCUCGAGCUGACGCACGAGAAUGUGCCGGUGGUUUGGUACCGAAACGAUGUGAAACUCCACGUGAGCCGAACGGUGCUCGCACAUGUGGAAGGAAAGAAGCACACUCUAGAAAUGAGGAUGUUGUCUCUAAACGAUACCUGCCAGGUUAAGGCAGAGGCCAAAGGAAUUUACUCCAUGGCAAAACUGACGGUCAUAGAGGGCGACGCCGUCUUCGUGGUGAAGCUGCAGGAUUACACGGCCACAGAGAAAGACGAGGUGACUCUGGACUGUGAACUCAGCAAAGACGUCCCCGUCAUUUGGUAUCACAGCGAGAAAGAAAUCACCGCCUCGAAGAUGGUGAUCAUGAGAUCGGAGGGCACUCGCAGGUCUCUGAUCCUGAAGAAAGUGGAGCAGAGCGAUAAAGGCAAAUACGUAUGUGACUGUGGAACGGACAAGACGACGGCCAACAUCAACAUCGAAGCUCGUGACAUCAAGGUCGUUCGGCCGAUUUACGGCGUUGAGCUGUUUGAUGGAGAGACGGCUCGUUUCGAGGUGGAGAUCUCCGAGGAUGACGUCCACGGCCAGUGGAAGCUGAACGGAGAAGUCCUCAGUCCGUCCUCUGAUAUCGACAUCAUCGAGGAGGGAGGCAAACACACACUCAUCCUGUACAACUGUAAAGUGGCCAUGACAGGCGAGGUGGCGUACGCCGCCGCCAACGCCAAGUGUUCUGCUAACCUGAAGGUCAAAGAACUUCCACUGAACUUCCUCACGUCGCUGGGUGACGUUCAGGUGUACGAGAAGGACGAGGCGAGGUUCGAGGUCGAGCUGUCGAGACCCCCGAAGAGCUUCCGCUGGCUGAAAGGCUCUCAGGAGCUGCAGAGCGACGAGAAGUACGAGCUGAUCCAGGAAGCAAACAUGUACGCUCUGCUGAUCCGAUCGUCCGCCUACGAAGACGAGGCGAAGUACAUGUUUGAGGCAGAGGACAAGAGGACGACCGGAAAACUUGUCAUUCAAGGUAUCCGCUUGGAGUUCGUCAAACCGAUCAAGGACGUGACGGUGAAGGAGCGCGAAACAGCCGAGUUCAGCGUUGAACUCUCCCAUGACAAGAUCCCGGUGGCCUGGUACAAAAACGACAUCCGUCUGCACCCGAGCAAGGUGGUCCACAUGUCGGAUCAGGGAAAGAUCCACACGCUGGCCUUCAAGGAGGUCACCAUCGAUGACACGUCUAUGAUCAAAGUGGAGGCCAUGGACAAGACCGUGACCGCCAUGCUCACCGUCAUUGAGGGCGACCUGUAUUUCACCACCAAGCUGCAGAACUACACGGCCGUGGAGAAGGAUGAGGUGAAGCUGGUGUGUGAGCUCAGCAAGGCUGUCGCCGACGUCAAAUGGUUCAAGAACGGGACAGAGAUCACUCCCUCCAAGAACAUCGCCAUCAGCAGCGACGGCAAGAAGCGCAUCCUGACAGUGAGGAAGGCGGAGAAGGCCAACAUCGGAGAGUACACCUGCAACUGUGGCUCCGAUAAAACUACAGCCAUCCUCAACAUUGAAGAGCGGGACAUCAAGGUGGUCCGUCCACUGUACAGUGUCGAGGUCACAGAGACGGAAACAGCCAAGUUUGAGACGGAGAUUUCGGAGGAGGAUGUUCACGGGAACUGGAAGCUGAAGGGAGAAGCUCUGCAUCAGUCACCUGAUGUUGAGAUCAAGGAGGAAGGAACCCGACACAUGCUGAUCCUCUAUAACGUCCGUAUGGACAUGGCCGGAGGCGUCGACUUCUCAGCAGCCAACGCCAAAUCGAACGCUCAGCUCCGAGUCAAAGCUCGGUCCAUCGGGCUGCUGCAGCCUCUGAAGGAUGUGACGGUGACGGCCGGGGAGACGGCCACCUUCGAGUGCGAGCUGUCGUAUGAGGGCAUCGCGGUGGAGUGGUUCCUGGGAGGACAGAAGCUGGAGGCCAGUGACCGGGUGAAAACUCGGGUGGCGGGUCGAGCUCACACUCUGACCGUCAGAGACGUGAAGCUGUCAGAGGCCGGCGAGGUCAAACUGACCGCCAAAGACUUCCAGACUCAGGCUCAGCUCAUCAUCAGAGAGCCGCCAGUGGAGUUCACAAAGCCUCUGGAGGACCAGACGGUGGAGGAGGAAGCCACCGCCACGCUGGAGUGUGAAGUUUCCAGAGAGAACGCAGAGGUACGAUGGUUCAGAGAGGGACAGGAAAUCAGAAAGACCAAGAAGUAUGACAUCGUCGUCAAUGGACGCAAGAGAGCGCUGGUCAUCCACGACUGCUCUCCCGACGACACAAAGAUGUACACCUGUGACGCCAAAGAGUUCAAGACUUCCUGUUUCCUGGAGGUCACACCUCCUCACGUGGAGUUCACGAAGCCUCUGCAGGACGUGGAGGUCAGAGAGAAAGAAUCUGCUAAGUUUGAAUGUGAAGUGUCCCGCGAGUCCGCCAAGGUUCGCUGGUUCAAGGACGGCAGCGAGAUCAGGAAAGGAAAGAAGUACGAGAUCAUCGCUAAGGGAGUCCAGAGGAUCCUGAUCGUCCACAAGUCCGUAUUUGAUGAUGAGGCUGAAUACGAAUGUGACGCCAGGACCUCCAAGACCUCCGGCAUGCUCACUGUCAUUGAGGAGGCAGCCAGGUUCACCAAGAACCUGUCCAACGUGGAGGGAACAGAGACGGACAGCGUGAAGAUGAUCUGCGAGGUGUCAAAGGCAGGUGCCGAGGUCACGUGGUACCGAGGAGACGAGGAGCUACCGGAGGGCGGGCGCUAUGAGCAGGUCAUGGACGGGCGCAAGAGGAUCCUGAUCAUCCAGGACCUCAGGAUGGAGGAUGCUGGAGAGUACAAUUGCAGGCUGAGUCCCAGCGUCAAGACGUCGGCCACGCUCAAACUCAACGAACUCGCAGCUGAGUUCAUCGCCCGCCCUCAGAACCAGGAGGCGGUGGAGGGCGAGAAGGCCGAGUUCGCCUGCUCCGUCUCCAAAGAAACCUAUGAGGUGAAAUGGUUCAGAGGUGACAAGGAGGUCGAAGACGGAGACAAAUAUACCAUCAUCAGCGAAGGAAAGAGAAGAGCUCUUAUUGUGAAAAACUGUGAGCUGAAGGAUGAGGGAGGCUACGUUGCCCACAUUGGCAGCGUUAAAGCCUCGGCCGAUCUGUAUGUGAUUGAAAAACUAAGGAUCAUCACGCCAAUCAAAGACACAGAGGUGAAGGAGGGAAGUGAGAUCGUGUUCAACUGCGAGACGAACACAGAAGGAGCGAAGGCCAAGUGGCUGAAGAACGAGGAGACCAUAUUUGAAAGCAGCAAGUACAUGAUGGCUCAGAGGGACAACGUCUUCUCUCUGAGGAUCAGAGACGCCCAGAAGGCCGACGAGGCCAGCUACACCAUCAGCCUGACCAAUCAGAGAGCAGAGCACGCCAAGUGCACCGCCAGCGCUAAAGUUGCAGAGGAGAAGUUGAAAUUCAUGGAUCCCAUCGAGGACAUCGAGACUCAGGAGAAGAAGACCAUCAGCUUCGUUUGUAAGGUGAACCGGCCCGAGGUGACCGUGCGGUGGAUGAAAGCCGGCCAGGAGGUGACGCUCAGCAAACGUAUCGUCUACAGAGCCGACGGCCUCAAACACACCCUGACCGUCAAGGACUGCGUGAUGGACGACGAGGGCGAGUACACCGCCGUGGUUGGAGACGACAAGUGCGCGGCCGAACUCGUCAUCAGCGAGGCGCCGACGGAUUUCACGGCGCAGCUCAAAGACCAGACCAUCACUGAGUUCGAGGAUGCCGAGUUCGCCUGCAAGCUGAGCAAGGAGAAGGCCGUGGUGAAGUGGUACAGGAACGGACGCGAGAUCAGAGAAGGACCCAGAUAUCACAUGGAAAAAGAAGGCAAGACAUGCAGACUGAUCAUCAAGGUGUGCAGACCUGAUGAUGAAUGUGAAUAUGCCUGUGGUGUGGAUGAGAUGAGGACCAGAGCCAGGCUUUUUGUUGAAGAAACCCCGGUGGAAAUCAUCAGACCUCCUCAGGACAUGUUCGAACCUCCAGGCUCAGACGUCGUGUUUGAGGUGGAGCUCAACAAGGACAGAGUGGAGGUGAAGUGGAUGAGGAACAACAUGAUCAUCGUCCAGGGAGACAAAUACCAGAUGAUCAGCGAGGGUAAAAUCCACAGGCUGCAGGUCUGUGAGAUCAGACCUCGAGACCAGGGAGAGUACAGGAUUGUGGCCAAAGACAAGGAUGCUAGAGCCAAGCUGGAGCUGGCAGCUGCUCCAAAGAUCAAAACUACCGACCAGAAUCUGGUGACGGACGCCGGUAAGCCCUUCGUCAUGAGCGUGCCCUACGACGCCUACCCUCGCGCCGAUGCAGAGUGGUUCUUUGAGGGCGCCAGCCUGCCCGUCCAGAACAUUGAUACCUCCGCCGACAAGACCGAGUACCGCCUUAAGAGCCCCACUAAGGAGGACCAGGGUCGGUACAAGGUGGCAAUCAAGAACAAGCACGGCGAGGGAGAGGCGUUCAUUAACCUGGAUGUGAUUGAUGUCCCUGGACCCGUCAAGAACCUAAGAGUGGUUGACACCGCUGAUGGUGAGGUCAGUUUGGCCUGGGAGGAACCUGAGAGCGAUGGCGGAAGCAAGAUUGUCGCCUACGUGGUGGAGAGACGCGAUGUUAAGCGUAAGACUUGGACGUUGGCUACGGACCGCGCUGAUACUCCAGAGUACUGUGUAAGCGGCCUCCAGAAGGACUCCAUGUACCUGUUCAGAGUCUGCGCCAGAAACCGAGUUGGCAGCGGACCCAUCGUUGCCACUGAGGAAGCUGUCCAGGCCAAGAACAAAUUUGAUGUUCCGGAUGCACCGGAGAAUGUUGCGGUUGGCACAGUGAACAAGUUCGGUGCCACCGUCGUUUGGGAGCCUCCCAAGUUCGACGGCGGCUCUGAGAUCACCGCCUAUGUGAUCGAGCUCCGCGACAGGACCUCCGUGAAGUGGGAGGCGGCCAUGGUCUGCGGCGCCAAUGACCGCUCGGCCGCGCUGAAUGACGUGGUUGAGAACAAGGAGUACAUCUUCAGAGUCCGAGCCGAGAACAAAGCUGGCAUCGGCAGGCCCAGCGCCGCCACCAACCCCGUCAAGAUAAUGGACCCCAUUGAGAGACCAAGCCCACCUCUGAACCCAAACUUCAGCGACCAAAUCAAGACGGCAGUCACACUGACCUGGGAGACGCCCACCAGCAACGGCGGCAGCAUGAUCACCGGCUACAUUAUUGAGAAAUGUGAUGACGGCUCUGACAAGUGGCUCCGCUGCAACGCCAGACUGUGUCCUGACCUGUCCUACCGGGUGUCUGGUCUGAAACCUGGUCAGAAGUACCUCUACAGAAUCUGUGCUGAGAAUGCCGCCGGUGUCUCCGAUCCAGCUGAGCAAGUCGGACCGUUGCUCGCAGAUGACCCUCAUGUUGGUCCGACCUUUGACCUGAGUGCUUUCAGGAACGGCCUGGAGGUCAUCGUCCCUCAGCCUCUCACCAUCAGAGUCCCCAUCACCGGAUACCCAACUCCUGUUGCCAAGUGGACCUUUGGAGAGAAAGAGCUGACCACCACGGAUGAGCGCGUCUCCAUGGUGACGAAGCCCACGUACACGGAGCUGACGGUCAUGCCGAGCGUCCGUCCGGACAAAGGCACUUACACCCUGCAGCUGGAGAACGACGUCUCGUCUGUCUCCGGAGAGAUCGAAGUCAAUGUCAUUGCAUGCCCCAGCGCUCCUAAAGACUUCAAGGUGGCCGAGGUAACCCGACACCACGUCCACCUGAUGUGGGAGGCUCCCGAGCACGACGGAGGAAGUCCAGUCAGCCACUACCAGAUCGAGAAGAGAGAAGUCUCCCGCAAGACCUGGGCCAAGGUGGCUACUGGAGUCCUGGACCUGGAGCACACAGUAACAGAUGUGAUUGAAGGAAAGGAGUAUCUGUUCAGCGUCACCGCCUGCAACAAGUGUGGACCCGGAGAGCCGGCAUAUAUUGACGAGCCCGUCAACAUCUCCUCUCCUGCCACUGUACCUGAUCCUCCUGAAAACCUUAAGUGGCGCGAUAAGUGCGCCAAGAGCAUCUUCCUGUCCUGGGAGCCUCCAAAGUACGACGGCGGUGCCUCUAUCAAAGGCUAUGUGGUGGACAAGUGUCAGCGCGGUACCGAUAAGUGGGAACCUUGCGGUGACCCGAUCCCUGAGCUGAAGUUCCAGGUGACCAACUUGAUUGAGGGCCAGUGGUAUGCCUACAGAGUCAGAGCUUUCAACAAACUGGGAGCCAGCCGACCGUGCCGAGCCACCGAUGAGAUCCAGGCUGUCGAUGCCAGAGAACCUCCAGAGAUCCAACUGGAUGUGAAACUGCUGGCCGGUCUGACCGCCAGGGCUGGUACCAAGAUCGAGCUUCCCGCCGAUGUCAAAGGAAAACCAGAUCCCCGCGUGAAAUGGACAAAGGCCGACUUGGUCUUGCGGGCAGAUGACCGCAUUACCAUCGACACCGAGCCGGGACACUCCAAGCUGUCCAUUGCCAACACUACAAGAGGAGACACCGCCACUUACAUCAUCGAGGCAGUCAACGCCUGUGGACGUGCCACCGCCACUAUUGAUGUCAACAUUCUUGACAAACCCGGCCCUCCAGCUGCCUUCGACAUCUCCGAGAUCACCAAUGAGUCAUGUUCCCUGGCAUGGAACCCCCCCAGGGACGACGGCGGUUCGCCCAUCACCAACUACAUCGUGGAGAGUCGGCAGACUGACAAAGAGGAGUGGGUGAAGCUGUCAGCCACAGUGAAACACACCACUUUCAAGGCCUGCAAGCUCACGGCUAUGAAGGAGUACAUCUUCCGGGUCAGCGCUGAGAACCAGUACGGCAUCGGCGCGCCUGCAGAGCAUGCACCAAUCAUUGCGAAGUAUUCCUUCGAUCCUCCUGGUCCUCCAACCAGAGUCACUCCUUCUGACGUUGCCAAGGACGCUGUGACUCUGACCUGGUUUGAGCCGGAUGAGGAUGGUGGCAGUCCCAUCACUGGAUACUGGGUUGAGAAGUUCGACCCAGAGAGCGACAAGUGGAUCAGAUGCAACAAACUGCCCAUCAAGGACACGACCUUCAGGGUGAAGGGACUCCCCACCAAGAAGAAGUACAGCUUCCGUGUUCUGGCCGAGAAUCUGGCCGGACCUGGAAAACCGAGUGUGGAGACUGAUCCCAUCCUCAUCAAAGAUCCCAUCGAUCCUCCAUGGGCUCCUGGUAAACCUGUCAUCAGGGACAUUGGCAAGACCUCGGCUCUGCUGGCAUGGACCAGACCAGAGCACGACGGCGGAGCAAAGAUUGAAGGCUACAUCAUUGAGUUCCAGAAGACCGGAAGUGAGGAGUGGGUCCGCAUCGCAGAGGACGUUCCUCAGACUGAGCAUCAGCUGCAGGGUCUUAUGGAGAAGCAGGAGUACGCCUUCCGGGUCAAGGCUGUCAACAAAGCUGGCGAGAGCGAACCCAGCGAGCCUAGUGACCCUGUGGUCUGCAAGGAGAGACUCUACCCUCCAUCCGCACCCCAGUGGCUAGAGGUGACCAACAUCACCAAGAUCAACGCCGAUCUGAAGUGGCAGGCUCCCAGCAGUGACGGAGGCUCACCCAUCACCAACUACGUGGUAGAGAAGAGGGAUGUGAGGCGGAAGACUUGGCAGGCUGUCGACACCACCGUCAAGGAGCUGAAGUACACAGUCACUCCUCUUAACGAGGGGUCGCUCUAUGUGUUCCGUGUCGCCGCAGAGAACGCGGUGGGAAUGGGCGAAUUCUGUGAGCUGGAGGACGCUGUGCUCGCUAAAGACACAUUCACAACUCCUGGACCUCCUUAUGCCCUGACGGUGGUCGAAGUCACCAAGAGACACGUGGAGCUGAAAUGGGAAGCUCCCAAGAGCAACGGUGGAAGACCGAUAACCAAGUACGUGAUUGAGAAGAAAGAGAAGGUGGGAACUCGCUGGCUGAAGUGCUGCAAGACUCCAGACAAACAGACCCAGUUCAAGGUGAUAGACGUGGACGAAGGGUCUGAGGUACAGUUCCAGGUCAGAGCUGAGAAUGAGGCCGGAGUCGGAGACCCAAGUGAACCCACUGAGAUCCUCACCAUCGAAGAUCCCACCAGCGCUCCAUCUCCUCCUCUGGAAGUGGCCAUCCCCGACACUAGCAGGGAGCACAUCAACGUCACCUGGAAGCCUCCAACCAAAGACGGUGGCUGCCCAAUCACAGGCUACCACGUGGAGGUGGCCGAGGCUCGUCCUGAGCUGAAGUGGCUCAGGGUCAACCACAGGCCCAUUAAGGAGCUGACAUUCAGGAUUGAUGACGGAAUCAAACCGGAGAAAAAGUAUGUCAUCAGAGUCCGUGCCAUCAACUCUGUUGGCGUGAGUGAUCCGUCCGAGAUCUCCGACAAGGUCUUCACCAAGGAUCCCGACUGUGCUCCAUCCAUGGAUUUGGAAGCACAGGACGUGGUUGUGAUCGAGGGCGAGAAGCUGCACUUGAACGUCCCCUACAGGGCUAUCCCAACACCCAAGAUGGUUUGGCAGAAGGACACGGUGGAGUGUAAGGCUGAUGACCGGCUCUCCAUGACCGUGGAGAUGAAUAGCGCUCACCUGGAGCUGCUCAAGUGCACACGUGCCGAUGCCGGUGCCUAUGCCAUCACCCUGGAGAACAGUCUGGGAUCCACCACUGGGACCAUCAAUGUCAAAGUCAUUGGACUCCCUGGUCAAUGUAAAGACAUCACCUCCAGUGAUGCCACCAAGAACUCCUGCAAGAUCAGCUGGGAGGCUCCAGAGGAUGACGGCGGCACCCCGAUCAUCAGCUACACCCUGGAGCGCCGUGAGGCCUCCAAAAAGACCUACAUGCCCGUCAUGUCAGGAGAGAAUGUUGUGACCUGCUCCGUCAAAGACCUUUAUGUCAACUGCGAGUACUACUUCAGAGUGAAGGCGGUCAACAAGGUCGGAGCUGGGGAGUAUCUGGAGCUACGCAACCCGGUCAUCACAGAGGAAGUCAAACAGAAACCAGACCCACCAAUCCAGGUGGAGGCUCACGAUCCAACGUCCAAGUCCAUCACUGUCACCUGGAAGGCUCCGGACAACGACGGUGGCUGUCCCAUCCAGGGUUACAUUGUGGAGAAGAUCGAAAAGGAUGGUGACCGCUACGAGAGGGUCACCCCGAGCCUCGUCCCUGGUUUCUCCUACGUGGUAACGGGCCUGAAGGAGGACAUGGAGUACCAGUUCAGGGUCCGAGCUGAGAAUGCUGCCGGAGUCAGUGAGCCAUCACGCAGCACACAGCCCAUCAAGGCUGCAGACCCCAUUGAAAAACCAAAGGUCACCCUCCAUGCCCGUGUGCAGUCUGGUGUGUGCAUUAAGAAGGGCGAGGAGAUCCGAAUUGACGCCUUCAUCUCCGGCUCCCCGUAUCCUAAGGUAACCUGGCUGAGGAACAACGAGGACGUCACCAAAGAGCCAACCAAAAAGGUUGUCCCUGUGGUCAAGAAGAAAAAGACCAAGGCCAAGGUUCCCGAACCAGAGGUGGAGUUUGUGACUCCGCUGCGUGAGCGUCUGGGUCUCGAUCAGACCAAGAAGGGUCAGGCUGUUGUGAUGAUCCGGGAUGCUGUCAGAGCUGACCAUGGAAACUUCACCAUCCAGGUGGAGAAUACUCAUGGUGUUGCCACCGCAUCCUGUGUUGUCAACGUCCUUGACAAACCCGGCGCUCCAAUCAACUUCACUUUCGACGAGAUCAGGAACACCUCAGUCAUCUGUAACUGGGAGCCCCCCGAGGACGAUGGCGGCAGCGAGAUCCUGAACUACAUCCUGGAGAAGAAGGACAACAAGAACGACGAGAUCGGCUGGAUCACCAUCACAUCGACCCUGAAGGGCACCAGCUUCCCCGUCACCAAACUCAUCGAAGGGAAGGAGUACAUCUUCAGAGUCACUGCUGAGAACAAGUUCGGCUGCGGGCCGCCUUGUAUCUCCGACCCACUGGUCGCCAAAAACCAGUUUGAUCCUCCAGAUGCUCCCAACACCCCCAGAGUCCACGAGGUGACGGCAAGCAGCGCCCACAUCUCCUGGCAUGAGCCGAAGGAUAACGGCAGUCCGAUCCUGGGCUACUGGAUCGAGAGAAAGGAGGUGAACAGCAAACACUGGACCCGAGUCAACCGCGCCCUCCUGAACUCUCUGGAGGUGAAGGUCUCUGGCCUGAUGGAGGGACUCACCUACAUCUUCAGAGUGUGUGCCGAGAACCUGGCCGGGCCCGGGCCCUUCAGCGAGCCCACCGACCGCAUUGUUGCCAUGGAUGCCAUUCUGCCUCCUGGCCCCCCCACCCCAUGGAUCGUGGACACUGGGAAAGACCUCGUCAUCGUGGCCUGGAAGCCCCCUCUGUACAAUGGCGGAGGAGACAUCCUGGGAUACCAUGUUGAGAAGGUUCUGGCCGGAGAGAAGGAGUGGACUCGCAGCACAGAGUUCAGGUGUAAAGAGCUGACGUACACUGUGACUGGUCUGACCGAGGGAGCAGAUUAUUACAUCCGUGUCAUCGCUGUCAACGACGCCGGUCCUGGAGCUCCCGGUGUGACCGAGCCUGUCACCGUCAAAGAGCCUGAGGAAACUCCCGCUGUGGACUUUGACGCCUCUGUGAAGAACGGUGUGAUCAUCAAGGCCGGCGAGUCACUGAAGCUUCCCGCCGUGGUGACUGGCCGACCCCAGCCCGAAGUCAAAUGGGCCAAAGACGAAGCCGAAAUCGACAAGGAGCGGAUGAUUGUGGAGACGGAGGGCAAGAGCAGCACUCUGUUCAUCAAGAAGGCCAUGAGGGCAGAUCACGGGAAGUACCGGAUCUCUGGCACCAACAGCAGUGGCACCAAGACCGCUGAGACCAGAGUGGAUGUUAUGGACGUCCCCGGACCAGUGGUCGACCUGAAGACAGUCAUGGUUACCAAGAAAAACAUCACCCUCACCUGGUCGGACCCCGUGGACAACGGCGGCAGCGACAUCAUCGGCUAUGAGGUGCUAAGGAAGGACGCCAAGAUGAAACUUUUCCGUCAGCCCAUCGAGACGGCAUCCUGCAAGUGCGACAUCCAGGGCCUGCUGGCCGGUGAGGAGUACGACUUCAGGGUCAUUGCCAGGAACAAGUACGGUGACGGAGCUCCAGCUGACCUGGGACCCAUCCUGGCUGAGGAUCCCAAAGGUACUCCGUCUGCUCCUGAAAAGCUGCACUACACUGACAGAAGCAAGAACACCAUCACCCUGGCCUGGCAGCCGCCUCGCACCGAUGGUGGCAGCCCCAUCAGAGGCUACUAUGUUGAGAAGAUGAGGUCCGACAGCACCGAGUUUGAUGUGGCAAACCGAAAGAUCUUCACAGAGUGUUGCGGGACCAUCGAGAACCUGUCAGAGAACCAGGAGUACCAGUUCCGCGUCAAAGCCGUGAACGAGGUCGGGGACGGAGAUCCCUCCAAGCCGAUCAACGCCAAGAUCCAGGACGACGAAAUUGCUCCAGUUAUUACGAUCCUGAAGUUCUUCAAGAGCAACGCCAUUAUUGUGAAGAAAGGCUCGGCCAUCGACAUCCCGGCGGAGGUGAAGGGACUUCCUCUGCCGACACUUCAGUGGAUGAAGGACGACGUGGCGAUUGAGAAGCCUGAUGAAGAGAAGAUGACAAUGGAGACUGAGGAGGUGAACCGGACAACUCUGAGGACUAAAAUUGCCAUCCCAGAAACCGUCAGGCAGGACAAAGGCAACUACAAGCUGGUGGCUGAAAACUGCUACGGCAAAGCUCAGCAUGUCAUCCGGGUCGAGAUCCUCGACCGCCCUCUUCCUCCAAGGAACAUUGUUGUCUCAGACAUCAAAGCGGACUCGUGCUAUCUGACCUGGGAUGCCCCGGAGGACAACGGAGGCAGCGAGAUCACCAACUACAUUGUGGAGCGAAGGGACGCCAGCAAGAAGAAGUCUGACUUUGAAGUUCUCACCACGAACCUCAUUGACAGGAGAUAUGGGGUCUACAAACUGAACUUGAACGGUACCUACCAGUUCAGGAUCAAAGCUGAGAACAAGUACGGCACGAGCGAUGGCUGCGAUUCAGAGAAAGUCCAGCUCAGGGAUCCGUUCGGCCUCCCCGGGCCUCCACGUAACCCCAAAAUAAUCGCCACUACGGCAACCACCAUGACCUUGACCUGGGAUCCUCCUUUAGACAACGGCGGCUCCACUAUCCAGGGAUACUGGCUGGAGAAGAGGGAGCGCGGCGCCGUGUACUGGGGUCGCGUCAACCGAGCUCCAGUCACCAAACCCGCAGUGAAGGGUCUGCAGUAUACUGUGCUGAGGCUCAUUGAAGGAACCGAGUACCAGUUCAGGAUUGCAGCCUGCAACGCCGCAGGAGUCGGGCCCCCCAGCGAGGCCUCUGAGUGUCGCUUUGCGGUGGAUCCAUGUAACCCUCCGAGCCCACCUGGAGCUGUUGAGGUUAAAGACAAGACCAAGAGCAGCAUCACACUCACCUGGAGCCCACCUGACAAAGACGGUGGCAGCCCUAUCAAGGGUUACAUCGUUGAGGUCCACGAGGAGGGUUCUCCUGAUUGGAGGAGGGUGAAUCCUGCCGAAAAGCUCCACCCGUCCACUGAAAUCACCGUCCCAGACCUGAAGGAGGGCAAGAAGUGCAAGUUCAGGAUCUAUGCCGUGAAUGCCGCCGGAAACUCAGAGCCCGCCAAAACGGCUGACAUCCUGGUCCAGGAUAUCCUGAUUGAGCCGGCCGUCACUCUGGACGUGAGCGCUCACGACCUGCUGAACUGCAGAGCAGGAACCACCAUCAGGAUUCCCGCCACCAUCACCGGACGACCCGUUCCAAAGGUCACAUGGACCUUUGACGGAACCGCUGAGACCGAGAAGAAGAACGAGCUCCACACGCUGCCCAUCGACUCCGAGAUUCACUCCACGGACACGACCUCUGUGAUCGUGAUUCCGGAGAGCAAACUGAACCACAGCGGCCGAUACAUCAUCAACGCAGAGAGUCCCGCCGGACACAAGGUGGUCAAAGUCAGAGUCAACGUGCUUGACCUGCCCGGACCCCCAAGAGACCUUAAAAUCAGCGAUGUGACCAGGGGAACUUGCCGACUCACCUGGAAACCUCCAGAAUGCGACGGAGGAGAAAGAGUGAAGAGCUACUUCAUUGAAAAGAAGACGGUGGAGGGCAAAGCCUGGACCAAAGUGAACCCGGCCUGUGCUGCUCAGUCUCUCGUGGUUCCAGACCUGAUCUACGGUCAGGAGUACCUGUUCCGCAUCCGGGCGGAGAACCGCUUUGGGUUCAGCCCGUUCAUCGAGACUCUCCAGAGUACCAAAGCCAGAGAUCCGAUCCAUCCUCCCGAUCCUCCAACGAGGCUGAAGAUCCAGAGCGUGAGGAAGGGCACCGUAACUUUGACCUGGAAGGCUCCAAAGAAUGACGGCGGUUCACCCGUUACCCACUACAGCGUCGAUCUCCUCUGCUGGGACGCCAGUGGUACCCAGAAAGAGUCCUGGAGGAGGUGUAAUAGGAGAGACGUGGACACCACGAGGUUCAAGGUGGAGGACCUGACUGAGGGAGAUGAGUACGAGUUCAGAGUGGUAGCGUACAACGAAGCCGGAGCCAGCAGACCUUCAACCACAGCUGGACCCGUCACCAUCCAGGACCAGACCUGCGCUCCGUCCAUUGAACUGAAGGAGUUCAUGGAGGUCGAGCAGGGCUCCGACAUCAGCAUUGUGGCAAAGAUCCGCGGCUGUCCGUUCCCCACACUCACCUGGUACAAGGCUCCGCCUCACAAAUCUGACAACAAGGUGGAAGUUCAGUACGACGAGCACAUCAACAAGAUCGUGUCCGACGACAGCUGCACGCUGCUCAUCCAGCAGGGCAAACGUCCAGACACCGGCCUCUACACGCUGGUGGCGUCCAACAGCCUCGGCAAGGCCUCCAUGGAGAUGAGGCUCAACGUGCUCGGCCGGCCUGGUCCUCCCUCCGCUCCCAUUAAGUUUGAGGAGAUCGGAGCCGAGAAGAUCACGCUAUCCUGGCUGCCGCCGAAGGAUGACGGCGGCUCCAAAGUCACAAACUACGUCAUCUGGAGGCGUGUUGCCAACAGGAAGACCUGGGUUCCCGUCACCAACGAGCCCAAAGAGCGGGUCUGGACAGUGGAAAACCUGAUGGCUGGACAUGAGUACGUGUUCCGGAUCAUGGCGCAGAACAAGUAUGGAGUUGGAGAGCCGCUGGACAGCGAGCCUGAGGUCGCCCGAAACCUCUACACCGUCCCUGGUCAGUGUGAGAAGCCGACGGUCACCAACGUCACCAUGGACUCAAUGACCGUUAACUGGGAGGAGCCUGAGGACGACGGUGGCACCCCGAUCACCGGCUACUGGCUGGAACGGAAAGAGACCACGGGCAAACGCUGGGUGCGUGUCACCCGCGACCCCAUUCGUCCCAUGGGCAUGGGCGAAUCAUUUGUGGUGAGCGGACUCAUUGAGGGUUCCCAGUACCUUUUCAGAGUCUCCGCCAUCAACGCCUCAGGACCUGGACUCGCCAGUGCUCCCACAGACCCCAUCUUCGCCAGAGACCCAAUCUCCCCACCCUCUCCUCCGACCCCAAAGGUUUCUGAUUGGACGCGGUCCACAGUGGACCUUGAGUGGAUCGCUCCUCUGAAGGACGGAGGCUCCAAGAUCCUCGGCUACUGGGUGGAGUACAAGGAGGAGGGCACCGAGGCCUGGGUCAAGGCCAAGGAGACCGAAAUCCGUGGCACCCGGUUUGUGAUCACUGGUCUGAAGACUGGCGGUCAGUACAAGUUCAGGGUGAUUGCCUUCAAUGUUGCCGGUAAUGGCGAGCCAGGAGAAGUCCCGGAGGUGCUUGAGGUCAACGACAGAACCAUUGCUCCUGAGGUCGACCUGGACGCCUCAGUAAAGGAGAGGAUGGUGAUCCACGCCGGCGGCGUGAUCCGUAUCAUCGCUUACGUUUCUGGCCAGCCGUCCCCUGAGGUCACCUGGAGCAGAGAUGGAGCUGCGCUGCCUCCUGAGGCUAAAGUGGAGACGACGGCCAUCAGCUCGUCUCUGGUCAUCAAACCCUGUGUUAGGAGACACCUUGGCGUCUACACGCUGACUGCUAAGAAUGCUGGAGGGGAGAAGAAGAAGAACGUCACUGUGGAAGUUCUGGACGUCCCUGGGCCUGUUGGCAUCCCCCUCACCGCUGAGAAUCUGAGCAGCGACUCCUGCAAGCUCAACUGGUUCUUCCCAGAGAAUGAUGGUGGUUCCCCCAUCAGCAACUACAUCAUCGAGAAGCGCGAGGCCGAGCGUAAGGCCUGGACCUCGCUGUCCUUCACCGCCAGCAGACAGAACGCUGUGGCUCGUGGGCUAACCACCGGAAAAUCCUACUUCUUCAGAGUGGCAGCCGAGAACGCUAUCGGCGUUGGACCCUUUGUGGAGACCGCUGCCGAGGUUAUCAUCAAGGAACCAAUGAGUGUGCCUGACCGCCCUGAGGAGCUCGAGGUCACCAAGGUCACCAAGGAUUUGAUCAGUGUCACCUGGAAGGCGCCCAAGUUUGAUGGUGGUUCAGAGAUCACUAUGUACAUCCUGGAAGCACGUAUGAUCGGCAAAGACAAGUACACCAGACUGACGAAGGAGAAGCUGAUGGAGAGGAAGUACACCUAUGAUGGCCUGAGAGAGGGUGACACCUACGAGUUCAGGGUCAUCGCAGUCAAUGAGGUUGGACCCAGCAAGCCGUCAUUCUGCACCAAGCCAAUCACCUGCAAGGAUGAACUGGAGCCACCAACCAUUGAGCUGGACUUCCGUGAUAAAAUAAUCAUUCGUGUGGGUGAGAGCUGCCUGCUACAGGGCCGCUACACCGGCAAACCUUCUCCAUCCAUCUCGUGGUACCGAGACGACGAGGAGCUGAAGGCUGACAAACACAUUAUGUUCAAGAACACACUGACCACCAUGUCGCUCGGCCUGAUGAAAGCACAGCGCGAGCACAGUGGCAAAUACAUAGUGGUGGUGGAAAACAGUACUGGAUCCAGGAAGGGAGUCUGCAACCUCACCGUUGUGGACCGUCCAUCUCCUCCCAUUGGUCCAGUGGUCUUUGACGAGGUGCACAGGGAGUACAUGGUAAUCUCCUGGAAACCUCCUCUUGACAGUGGUGGCGUCGAUGUCUCCAACUACAUCAUCGAGAAGAGAGACACCAACAGAGACAUGUGGACCACAGUGACUUCCGCCACCACCAAGACCACAUGCAAGAUCCCCAAGCUAACGGAGGGCAGGGAAUACAUCAUGAGGAUCUCUGCUGAGAACAUGUACGGCAUCAGUGACCCUCUGGAGUCUGAAGAGAUGAGAGCCAAAGAUCUCUUCAGAGUCCCCGAGGCCCCUGAGAUGCCGACGGUCAGGGAGGUGUAUGCCACCAACGCUCUGGUGCUGUGGAAUCGGCCUCGCGAUGGCGGAAAGCCCAUCACCAACUACAUCCUGGAAAAGAAGGAGCCCACAGCCAAGAGGUGGUCCAGAGUCACUAGAGAGCCACUGUACCCAGCCACUCAGUACAGAGUCCAGGACCUGGUGGAGGGCUGCGAGUACGAGUUCAGAGUGAUGGCUGAGAAUGAGCUUGGAACUGGAGACCCCAGCGUGCCCUCCAAACCCAUCCUCGCAAAAGACCCCAUCGUGCGUCCCAGCCCUCCAGUGACCCCCGAGGCCUACGAUAAGACCAAGGACUCAGUCAGCCUGAAGUGGAAGUUGCCCCGCCACGAUGGAAAAGGACGGAUUUUUGGUUACCUUGUUGAGUACCAGAAGCCAGGAGCUGUGGAGUGGACUCAGGCCAACGAGACCCCAGAGCAGUGCCCCGACCUCCACUAUGUGGUGACAGGCCUGACCGAUGGACAGGAAUACAACUUCAGGAUCUUCACUGUUAAUGCUGCCGGCAAAUCUGACCCUGCCUACGUCAAACAGUCCAUUAAAGUCCAUGACAGACUGGAGGAGCCAGAGUUGCUCUUGGACGCCAACAUGGCACGUGACCACCUGGCCAUGCUGGGCACUGACAUCACCCUGAGCGCCACCAUUAAGGGUGUACCAACACCCACCGUCAGCUGGAAGAAGAAUGAUGGUGACAUUCCUUCUCACAUCACUGUUGCUGUCACAGCCACUGGCAGCAAAGUCUUCAUUCCCAAGUCGGUCCGCCCAGACUCUGGCAACUACACCAUCACAGUGGAGAACGCUGCUGGAAAGAAAUCAGCAACUGUUGCCGUGCUUGUUCUGAACAAGCCUUCUCCUCCUAGAGACCUGGUAAUCUCCGAGGUGACCAGUGAAUCCGCCUAUCUGACCUGGAAGGCUCCUGAGGACAAUGGCGGUGCCGUCAUCUCCCACUACGUUGUGCAGAAGAAGGAUGUGGCUGCCGAGCAGUGGGUGCCCGUCUCUGCAGCAAAUAAGAAGCUGAGUCUGAUGGCCAUGUACCUGAUGGAAGGAAUCCAGUACCUGUUCAGAGUGGCUGCUGAGAACCAGUUCGGCAGGAGCGACUAUGUGAUGACCAAGACGCCUAUCAAGGCUAUCGACCCUCUCUAUCCUCCUGGCCCACCCAAGAACCUGCACCACACCGACGCAGACAAGACAGAGGUGUGGUUGGCAUGGGAGUGGCCCGAUCGCACAGGUGGAAGUGAAAUCACUGGCUUCAUUGUGGAGCACCAGGAAGAGGGCCAGAGUGACUGGGUCACCUUCAAGACAGUCAGCAACAACCACACCCAUGUCACUGGUCUGGAGGAGGGCAAGACUUACCGCUUUAGGGUCAAGGCUCAGAACGCCAUUGGAGUGAGCCGUCCUGACACCAGUGUCCCUGUCACCUGCCAGGAGAAGACAUUGCCACCAACGAUUGAAGUUGAUGUGAAGCUUAUUGAGGGUCUUGUUGUCAAAUCUGGCAGUACUAUUGUCCUUCCAGCCAAGAUGACAGGCAUCCCCAUUCCCACUGCCAAAUGGAUGACUGAUGACAAGGAGAUCACAUCUGAGGGUCGCUAUCUCAUUGAGACUGCUGGAUCCUCCACAAUCCUCAGUAUCCCUCAGUGCCAGAGAGGAGACACAGGAGAGUACAUCCUCACCGUGGCCAAUCCUGCAGGUAGCAAGACCGUUGCCUUGCAUGUCACUGUGCUGGAUCUUCCAGGUCCACCCAUUGGACCUAUAAACAUCUUGGAGGUCACCCCUGAUUACAUGAUGAUCCAAUGGAGGACACCCAAGGAUGAUGGUGGCACGCCCAUCACCAACUAUGUGGUGGAAAAGAAGGAUGUGAAGAAGCCGUGGGAACCCUGGUCUGUCGUUAGCUCAAGCGGCACCAGUACCAAGGCCAAGGUGUCGAGGUUGGAGAAGGGUCGUGAGUACAUUGUCCGUGUCCGUGCAGAAAACAAGAUUGGCAUUGGUGCAGGGCUUGAGAGUCCUCCCACUAUUGCCAAGCACAUGUUCAACCCGCCUGGACCACCAGGUCUACCCGAGUGCUCUGAUAUCACAGAGAAUGCUGUGACAGUGGAAUGGACCCUGCCUGAGUAUGAUGGAGGCAGUCCCAUUAGUGGCUAUGUGAUUGAACGCAGAGAGAUGACAGGCAAGUGGAUCCGUGUCAACAAAACUCCUGUAUUGGACCUCAGAUACAGAGUCUCAGGCCUGUUUGAAGGCAACAGCUAUGAGUUUAGAGUGUUUGCAGAGAACAUUGCUGGUAUUAGUGAGCCAUCUCCCACCUCGGACCCCAUGAAGGCCACUCGCGCCAUCACCAAACCCGGACCCCCUGGCAAUCCUAAACUGAAGGACUGGAGCAAGUCCUAUGCUGACAUCUGCUGGACCAAGCCUACAAGAGAUGGAGGCAGUCCCAUCCUGGGCUAUGUGGUUGAGGCUCAGAAGUCAGGAACUGCCCAGUGGAACAGAAUUAACAAGGACCUCAUCAAAAUGUGUGCCUACAGAGUACCAGGCCUCAUUGAAGGAAUGGAGUACAGAUUCCGCAUCAGAGCCACCAACAAGGUUGGAGACAGUGAGCCCAGGGAGCUAGCUGAAACUGUCUUAGCAAAGGACAUCCUUGUGCCUCCUGAGGUUGUUGUUGAUGUGUCCUGCCGUGACUCUCUGACAGUCAGGGCAGGUCAGAUCAUAAGUUUGAUUACCAGGGUGAAGGGCAGACCAGAUCCAGAGAUCACAUGGACCAAGGAUGCCAGAGCGUUGUCCCGGGACAAGCGCACCGAGAUUAACAACAACUACCCUCUGUGUGAACUGGUCAUCAGUGAUGCAGUCAGGUCAGACUAUGGUAAAUAUGCCAUUGUCGCCAAGAACAGUAGUGGUCAGGCACAGGCCACCAUUCUUGUCAAUGUCCUGGACACACCAGGAGCUUGUCAGAACCUGAAAGUAGCUUAUGUGACCAAGAACUCCUGCAUGGUGUCUUGGGAGAACCCUGAGGACAACGGAGGCACUGAGAUCACUCAGUACAUUAUUGAGUGCCGUCAACCCAGCCAGAGAGGAUGGACAGUGGUUUCCAGCGACUGCACCAAGCGCCUGAUAAAGGCCCCUCUUACUGAAGGCUGUGAGUACUUCUUCCGUGUCAGCGCAGAGAACAAGAUUGGUGCUGGUCCAUCCACUGAGACCAAGACACCUGUGCUGGCAGUUGAUCCCAUUGAGAAGCCUGGUGAACCCAUUGACUUCCACAUCUCUGAGAUCGGCAAGACCUUCUGUUUCCUGAAGUGGAAGAAGCCAGACUAUGAUGGUGGUAGCCGUAACCUUGGUUAUCAUGUUGAAAAGAAGCCAAAGGAGGCUGAGGAGUGGGAGAGGCUUCACAAGGGUGCCAUCAAGGAGACUUACUUCAUGGCUGACAGGUGCAUUGAAAACCAGAUCUACCAGUUCAGAGUUCAGACUAAGAACGAGGGAGGUGAGAGCAACUGGGUGACCACAGCUGAAGUCUUGGUUAAGGAACAGCUUGUGGAGCCUGAAAUCAAGAUUAAACUGGAUGGAACACUCGUGGUCAAGGCAGGAGACUCAAUUCCUAUCGAAGCAACAGUUAAGGGCAAACCUCAGCCUGAUGUCAGAUGGACCAAAGAUGAGAGCACAGAAGAGAUAAAGAAGAGCCCCAGGCUUCAGAUUGAAACUGGUGCUGACUUCUCGAAGCUGCUGCUCACCGGUGCCAGGCGCACAGACAGUGGCAAAUACGUUGUUACUGCCUCCAAUAAUGCUGGAACCUGCUCUGCUCACGCUAAGGUCAAUGUCUUGGAUAGACCCGGACCCAUCAGGGAUCUAAAGGUGUCUGGUAUAACCAUCGACAGGUGCCAUCUAGCCUGGGAAGUCCCAGAAGAUGAUGGCGGCUGUGAUAUCUACAAUUACAUUAUUGAGAAAUGUGAAACCAAGAGGGGAGUCUGGUCGGUCCACUCCAAUGCUGUCAUCACCAAUAAUGCUAAAGUCACACGUCUUAUUGAGGGUAAUGAAUAUAUCUUCAGAGUUCGUGCUGAGAAUAAGAUGGGUCCUGGCCCUGCCGUGCAGAGUGAAGCCAUUGUCGCUGGCACCCAGUUCAGUGUACCUGACGCUCCUGAGGCGCCAGAGGUCACCAAGAUCUCGAAGGAGGAGAUGACAGUGCAGUGGUCAGAGCCAGAGAAAGAUGGCGGAAAGCCAAUCACAGGUUAUCUGUUGGAGAAGAGGGAAGAGCAUGCCAUUAGGUGGUCUCCUGUCAACAAGGAUCCAAUCCCUGCAACUCGUUUCACGGUCACUGGACUCCUGCCCCUCCACGACUACCAGUACAGAGUAAAGGCUGUCAAUGAAAUUGGAAUAGGCAACCCGAGCAAGCCUUCACGUGCCAUCACUGCCAAGGACGCAGUUGAGCCUCCUGCAUCUCCUACCAACUUGAAGGUCAUGGACAGCACCAAAUCCACUGUCACCCUGGCCUGGACAAAGCCUGUAUCAGAUGGUGGAGCUCCCAUCAUUGGCUACGUUGUAGAGAUGAGGGCACAGGGAAGCGCCAAGAAAGGAGACGAUGGUUGGAAGAGGUGCAAUGUGGCAGCUCAGCUGGUCGUGUGCGAGUUCACAGUCUCAAGUCUGGACGAGAAGCUUGUGUAUGAAUUCAGAGUGUCAGCUCAGAACCAGGUGGGCAUGAGCCUGCCAUGUGACCUGGAGGGUGCUGUGAUCCCCAAAGAGAUCCUGGAGGCACCAGAGAUUGACUUGGAUGCCAACCUGAAACAGGGAUUGACAGUGAGAGCUGGCUGUCCCAUCAGACUGUGUGCUACCAUCAGAGGUAGACCACCUCCUAAAGUCACUUGGAGGAGAAUGGGCAUUGACAACGUCGUCAGGAAGGGAAAAGUCGACAUAAUCGACACCAUGACCUUCCUGGUCAUCCCUGAUAGCACCCGUGAUGACUCUGGCAAAUACUGCCUGACUCUACAGAGUCCUGCCGGAGAGAAGGCUGUGUUUGUCAAUGUUAAGGUUCUGGACACUCCGGGGCCUGUGAUGAAUCUGGAGGCUACCGACAUCAAACAGACAUCAGCCAUGCUGUCCUGGAGUCCUCCAGAGAAUGAUGGUGGCAGCGAGGUCACUCACUAUAUUGUUGAGAAGCGCGAAAUCGACCGCAAGACUUGGGCAACUGUCAAGGCUGAAGUUGAGAAGGAUAAGAUUCCCUUCAAAGUCAGCGGUCUAAUGCCAGGCACAGAGUACUACUUCAGAGUCACAGCUGUCAAUGAGUACGGGUCUGGAGUUCCCAGAGUGUCACCCACUUCCUACCUAGCCUCCGAUCCUGUCAGCAAGCCUGAUCCUUGUGAGAAAAUCGAGGUUCUGGAGAUAACUAAGAACAGUGCAACAGUCGGCUGGGUGAAGCCUGCGAGGGAUGGUGGUGCCAAGAUCGAUGGUUACGUAAUUGAAUACAUUGAGGUCAAACCUCCACCAGAACCUCCUGCACCUGUAGAGGUUUAGGGAGAGGAAGCUCCUCCACCAGCCCCACCCCCUCCCGUGGUGGAGGAAGAAGAGGAGGCAGAACCUGAAAAGGAAGUAUGGAAUGCCUACACUACAGUGAAAGGUUUGACAAUCAGCAUCAGUGGCCUGAAGGAGAGCAAGCUGUACAAGUUCAGAGUGGCUGCCAAGAACAUCAUGGGCAUGAGCUCAUUCACCGAGACCAGGCAGCCAGUCAAGAUCAAGGAACAGAUGUUGGAGCCAAAGAUUGUUAUGGCAGAGACAGUGAGCGCCAGAGCCGGAGCCAAACUCAGAGUCGAAGCACUGGUGUCGGGAAAACCCGCCCCAACCUGCAAGUGGAUGCGUGGUGAGGAUGCAGUGGUCCCAUCCAGUCGUCUGGCUGUGCACCAGUCUGGCAACCUGUCUGUACUGAUCAUCAAAGACGUGUCAAGGACUGACAGUGGAGAAUACAGCCUGGUGGCUGAGAACAGCUCUGCAAAGGCCGUGCAGGCCCUGAAGAUUGUAAUCAGAGACAUCCCUGGUCCUCCUGAGGGCCCCGUAGAGAUAAGCGACAUUGACUCUGAUGCCUGCUCCCUGUCCUGGAACAAACCGCUGGAGGACGGAGGCAGCAACAUCACCAACUACGUGGUGGAAAAAUGCGAUGUGAGUAGAGGUGACUGGGUGACAGCCGUCUCUUCCAGCCUGAAGACGAGUUGCAGGCUGGGAAAGCUCAUCCCCGGGAAGGAGUAUGUCUUCCGUAUCCGUGCUGAGAACCGCUUUGGCGUGUCAGACCCCAUUCAGUCUGACAGGAUGGUCGCCAAGUUCCCCUUCGAUGUUCCUAGUGAGCCCCUUAACUGCCGCAUCAACAAGACCAACAAGGACUGUAUGUUCGUAGCCUGGGAUAAGCCUGAGAGUGACGGCGGAAGUCCCAUCACAGGUUACUAUAUAGAGCGUAAGGAAAGGAACAGCCUGCUGUGGGUGAAGGCCAAUGACACUGUUGUCCGCACCACUGAGUACCCCUGUGCCGGCCUGAUCGAGGGCCUGGAAUACACUUUCCGAGUGUCUGCCAUCAACCGUGCUGGCCAGGGCAAACCAAGCAUCAAGACUGACUUCAUCACUGCCCGAACACCUGUUGACACGCCGGGAAAACCUGAGAUCCUGGACGUGACUAAAAACUCUGUCACCCUGGUUUGGACCCGUCCCAAGAACGACGGUGGUAGCAAGAUCAUUGGCUACUACGUUGAAGCCAUGCGAGUGCCAGGAGACAUCUGGAUACGCUGCAACACCAGCAGCCAGAACGUACCAAGGGAGGAAUAUACAGUGACUGGCCUGGAAAGAGACCUGCAGUACCAGUUCAGAGUCAUUGCCAAAACGGCUGUCAACAUCAGCAAACCCUCUGAGCCCACAGACCCUGUCCUGGUCUGUGCUGAGAAUGUUCCUCCAAGGGUGGAGCUUAAUGCCAGGAUGCAGAAGGGUUUGAAGGUGAAAGCCGGAACCACAAUCCAGCUGGAGGCUGAAGUUUUUGGUAAGCCUAUGCCCAGAGUGACCUGGAAGAGAGGUGAUGAUAGCCUUAAGUCAGGUGAAGGCCAGGUCAUCAGCCAGCAGAGGCAUCACUUCCAGCUGGAGAUGACAGCAGUUACCAAGGAGCACACAGGAACAUACACCAUCUUGGCCGAGAACGCCAGUGGGUCCAAGUCCGCCGAAGUCCAGGUCAACGUCCUGGAUGUGCCUGGCCCUCCUGCCAGUGCCAAAUACAUAGACGUUUUUGCCACCAAUAUCAAGAUGUCUUGGGAGCCUCCUCUGAAGGAUGGUGGCGCCUCCAUCAGCAACUACAUUGUGGACAAGCGUGAGACCAGCAGAGCCAACUGGGCCCAGGUCUCCGCCAAGCUCAAGGGGGGUGUCCUUGAGCUCAAUGUGGAGAAACUGAUCGAGGGUCAUGAGUACCAGUUCAGAAUCCGCGCUGAGAACAUGUGGGGAGUUGGAGAUCCACUCAUCACCAACCCUGUCAUUGCAAAGAACCCAUUCACUGUACCUGGCCCCUGCGAAGCCCCAGUGAUUACUAACGUGACCAAGGAUCAAAUGACUGUGAGCUGGAAGGAGCCUACAGAUGAUGGAAAGUCCACUAUACUGGGAUACAUGCUGGAAAAGAAAGAGACCAAGGAGAUGAACUGGACCAAGGUGAACAGAAAGCCCAUGUCGGAGAGGACCCUGGACGUUACGGGCCUCACAGAGGGAGUCGAGUAUGAGUUCAGAGUCAGUGCCCUCAAUGUGGCAGGGCUUGGCAAACCAAGUGAACCCUCUGCUGGUUCCACCGCAAGGAAUCCCAUCACUCCUCCUGGACCUGUCGUGAAUCCCAGUGUGACAGACACCACCCACAGCACCAUCAGCCUCACCUGGGCUGCUCCCGCCAACGACGGUGGAAGCCCUGUCAUCGGAUACUUGGUUGAGUGCAAGAGGACAGACACCACAGACUGGAUCCGCUGCAACGUCCCCAGGAACCUGCAGGAGACCAACUACAUCAUCCAGAACCUUAUUCACAAGGCGGAGUACCAGUGCCGCAUCACUGCUGUCAACAAGGUCGGCUUCAGUGAGCCAGCUGAAGUACCCGGCAAGCAUGUUGCCAAGGACGUCAUUGUUGCUCCCGAGGCAGAGCUGAGUGCAGAGCUGAAGGAGGGCCUGGAGCUGCAAGCUGGUGCCACCAUGAGGCUGCAGGCUAUCAUCAAGGGCCGUCCAACUCCCAAGAUCACCUGGGCAAAGAUGAACACAAACAUCAAAGACCGCCAGGGCAUUGUCAUCAAAUCCACCAACACUGACACUUUGGUGAUAGUGGAGAAGGUCACCAGAUAUGAUGCUGGCAAAUACAUUCUGAGCCUGGACAGCUUGGCCGGCAUGAAGAUGUACACCAUUGUUGUUAAGGUUCUUGAUACCCCUGGACCACCAGUCAACCUGAUGGUGAAGGACACAUCCAAGGACAGCGCUUCAAUUUACUGGGACGCUCCUCUGAUUGACGGAGGCUAUGAAGUCACCCACUACAUUGUGGAGAAGCGUGAUACUGAGAGGAAGGCCUGGUCCAUCGUCUCCAACAACUGCACCAAGACAGCAUUCAAGGUGCCAGACCUGGAUGCUGGACGAUCCUACUGCUUCCGUGUAUCUGCAGUUAACCAGCUUGGUGCUGGAGAGUGUUGUGAGACAGCCGACUCAGUCCGAGCAUCUGAGGAGCCUGGGCCUGUCAUGGACUUCAAGACCCUGCUGGUUACCAGGGACUCUUGCACCUUAAGCUGGAAAAAACCCCUCACAGAUGGUGGCAGCCGCAUCAUCUGCUACGUGCUGGAGGUUCUCAAUGGUGACGACAAGUACAAGGAGCUAAUGAGGUCGAAAAACAUGCAGUACAGUGCUAAGGAUCUGGUGGAGGGCAGAGAGUACACCUAUAGGGUCAAGGCUGUGAAUGACUCAGGAGAGAGCUCUGCCAAGGAGCUGACGGCAGUUGCCAAGGACCAGAUCAUUCACCCUAGCUGUGACUUGAGGGAGCUGCCCAACAUGUGCUACAUUGCCAAGGAGGGCAGCACCGUCCGUCUGAAGAUCCCGAUCAUUGGCAAACCUAUACCCAAGGUCUCCUGGAAGAAGGGAGAUGAUGAAGACCUGACAGACACUGGCAGAGUGUGUGCAGAAUCAUCUUCAGUCAACACCACUCUCCUGAUCAGGGACUGCCAGAGGAGUGAUGCUUCUAAAUACACCAUCACCCUCAGGAACAGCGCUGGAAGCAAAGAGUCCACAAUUUUCAUAAGGGUGGUGGGUAAACCUGGCAUCCCUGUUGGACCCAUUAAGUUCAAAGAUGUUACUGCUGAUGGUGCUACACUGAAGUGGGGUGUUCCUAAGGAUGACGGGGGCUCAGAGAUUACAAACUAUAUCCUGGAAAAGAGGGACUCCAUCACCAACAUGUGGGUGACUGUGUCCUCCACUGUUGAGACCAACACCAUGAGGGUAACUGGUCUCCAUGAGGGCACAGAGUACACCUUCAGAGUCUGUGCUGAGAACAAGUACGGUGUUGGAGAGGGACUCAAGUCUGAACCCAUCAUCGCUAAACAUCCAUUCAAUGUUCCCGACGCUCCUCCUCCACCUCAGAUCAUGAGCAUGCGCCAUGACUCCGCUUAUCUGGCCUGGUCUGACCCCAGAAAGACUGGAGGAUCUCCCAUCACAGGCUACCAUGUUGAAUUCAAGGAGAGGAACAGUAUGUUGUGGAAGAGGGCGAGCCCAACUGCCUUGAAAAUGAAGGAACACAAGGUAACUGGGCUGACUGAAGGUCUGGAGUACGAGUUCAGAGUCAUGGCAAUCAACUUGGCUGGCAUAGGCAAACCAAGCCCUCCCACCGAUCCACAGGUGGCCCUGGAUCCCAUUGAUGCACCUGGUAAACCCGAUGUGGUCAGCAUCACCAGAAGCACAGUGACCCUCCAGUGGACAGAGCCACAGUUCGAUGGUGGCCAUAGACUGACUGGCUACAUUAUUGAGAAACGCGAUCUGCCUUCUAAAAUCUGGAUGAAGGCCAACAAUGUGAACGUUGUGGACCCUGCAUUCACUGUAACCAAUCUGCAAGAGGGCUGCAAAUAUGAAUUCAGAAUCAGGGCAAAGAAUGCCGCGGGCGCUCUCAGCCCACCCUCUGAGCAGACAGAUACCAUUAUCUGCAGAGAUGAAUAUGCUGCACCAACCAUUAUUAUUGACGCUCAGGUGAAGGAGGGUCUUACCGUCCGAGCUGGGGAUACUAUUGUCAUCACUGCUACAAGCAUUUUAGGCAAACCUGCGCCAACCUCAUGUUGGUCAAAGGGAGGAAAGUAUUUUAAACCCUCUGAUCUUGUUGAUAUUGAGACCACAGCAACUUCAUCCACUCUGUCCAUCAAGUAUGCUGGUAGGAAGGACACUGGGGACUACGUCAUCACAGCCAGCAACCCCUUUGGUGUAAAGGAGGAAACCGUCAAGGUCACAGUUCUGGAUGUUCCUGGCUCUCCUGGACCCAUUGAAUGCAGUGGUGUUUCCUCUGAAAAGGUCACUCUUACCUGGACAGCUCCCACUGAGGAUGGAGGCUCUCCAGUCAAGUAUUACACCCUGGAGAAAAGAGAGACCAGCCGUCUGCUCUGGACUGUCCUGGAAGAGAAGGUCAUCGACUGUCACUAUGUGGCCAACAAGCUCAUUCAGGGCAAUGAGUACUUCUUCAGAGUCUCUGCUGUUAACCAGUACGGUGUCAGUGAGCCAUCUCACUCUGAAGCAGUCAAGAUGGUCGACAGAUUUGGUCCUCCUGGUCCACCAUCUAAACCAGAGGUUGAGAAAGUUGAUGGACAUUCAGCCACUGUGACCUGGAGGAGACCAGCUGAGGAUGGAGGAAGUGACAUCAUAGGUUACUGUGUUGAAAAGAAGGAGAAAAAGGGUAUGAGAUGGGUCAGGGCAUCCAAAAAAUCAAUUUCUGAGCUGAGCCACGAAGUUACCGGUCUCACAGAGGGCAUCGAGUAUGAGUUCCGCAUUCUCGCUGAGAAUAAAGCUGGCUUUGGGGAGCCCAGUGAACCAUCUAUGCCUGUCAGAACAAUAGUUGUUGCCUAUGUGCCUGGACCUCCAGUCAACCCAAGAGUCACAGACACAACCAAGACCACUGCCACUCUAAACUGGGGAAAACCUCUUGAUAAUGGUGGACUUGAAGUUACUGGAUAUGUGAUAGAGCACAAGAAAGAAGGAACAGAAGAAUGGGUUAAGGACACCCCUUCCUCUCCACUUAGAAUCACAGAGUUUGUUGUUCCCGGGCUAGAAAGCGGUGCAAAAUACCAUUUCAGAAUUAGUGCUGUGAAUGCUAAGGGAGCAGGUGAACCUGCUGAAACUCAGGAAUUGGUUGAGAUAGUGGAGCGAGCAGCUGAACCUGAUUUGGAGCUGGAUGUUGAGCUAAGAAGAACCCUUGUCGUGAGGGCUGGCUGCUCCAUUCGCCUCUUUGUGCCAAUCAAGGGACGUCCUACACCCACAGUCACCUGGACCAAGGAAGGUGGUCCUGUUUCACGUGCAGUCAUUGACAGCACAGAGUCAUUUACGAUGCUGAUCAUCCCUGAGAGUUCAAGGAUCGAUGCAGGCAAAUAUGAGCUUAACCUUGAAAACUCUGCUGGAAAAAAGAGUGCCUCUAUACAAGUGAGAGUUCUAGAUUCACCUGGACCUCCACUUAACCUAAAACCAGUCAAGAUUGACAAGGAAAGCAUUACUCUUCAGUGGGAGAUACCUCUCAUCGAUGGAGGAGCCAAGAUCACAAACUACAUCAUUGAGAAGAGAGAAUCAACUCGGAAAGCUUUUGCCACAGCUAUUACAAAUUGCCCGACCACUUCAGUCAGGAUUGGUGAGCUGGGUGAAGGCUGUGAGUAUUACUUCAGAGUGUCUGCUGAGAACGAGUAUGGCAUUGGUGAGGCGGUUGAAACUGCUGAUCCAAUUCGUGCAUCCCAGGCACCAACUCCUCCAGAAAGUAUCAUUCCUACCGAUAUCACCAAGAAUUCUGUGAGCCUGGCUUGGACUAAACCCAAACAUGAUGGUGGAAGCAGAAUUACAGGAUAUGUCCUUGAGGCCCAGAAAAAAGGAACUGAUCAGUGGGCACAUGUAACAACAGUCAAGAACAUGGAUUUCACAGUGAAAAAUCUCAAUGAGAAUGAGGAGUAUAUUUUCCAUGUAAUGGCUGUCAACCACUCAGGUAGAAGCGCUCCACGUGAGAGCAAACCCAUUGUUGUCAAGGAUUCGACUUCCUUGCCUGAAUUUGACCUCCGUGGCGUAUGUCAGAAGACUGUUAUUGCCAAGGCAGGAGAUGACAUCAAGGUUGAAAUUCCGGUUAUGGGACGUCCUAGACCAACUGUCUCUUGGCAAAAGGAUGGUGCAGCCCUGAAGCUCACACAGAGAACAAAUGUGGAAACUACUGCUGCUACUGUUAUCCUCAGCAUCAGUGAAUGCACCAGAGCCGACAGUGGUGUAUACACCAUGACAGGAAAGAACAUUGUUGGUUCUGUAACAGACAACAUCUUUGUCAAAGUACAUGAUGUACCUGGGCCACCCAAGGGACCUGUUAAGAUUGUUGAGAUAUCUCGUACCUUCUGCAUCUUUGCAUGGGAAACUCCUGAGAAUGAUGGAGGUGUUCCUAUCAAUAAUUACGUGGUUGAGAUCAGAGACACCACUUCUCAAACAUGGACAGAGCUGUCUUCCACUGUCAUCCGUACCAUGUUCAAAGCCAUACGUUUGACCACUGGAUCUGAGUACCAGUUCAGAGUAAAGGCUAAAAACAGAUAUGGUGUUGGACCACCCAUCACAUCAGAGGCAGUGGUGGCUGCCUAUCCAUUCAAAGUCCCUGGACCUCCUGGUACUCCUGGUGUUGUUGCAUUUACCAAGGACUCGAUAACAAUCGGCUGGAAUGAGCCUGUGUCUGAUGGGGGAAAUGAAGUCAUUGGUUAUCAUGUUGAGAGGAAAGAAAGAAGCAGCAUCAUGUGGCAUAAGAUCAGCAAGGGUCUUGUGAAAGGAAACAUCUUUAAAUCCACUGGUCUUGAAGAUGGAGUUGCCUAUGAGUUCCGUGUUGCGGCUGAAAACAUGGCCGGAGUGGGUAAGCCCAGCAAGGCCUCAGAAGCAAUACUAGCCUUGGACCCUGUUGACCCACCAGGUCAGCCUGUGCCAAUAUUUGUCAACAAGAAUGUCAUCACUAUUCAGUGGACAAAGCCUGAGUACGAUGGUGGCUUCAAAAUCACAGGCUACACAGUGGAGAAGAGAGAACUGCCUACUGGUCGUUGGAUCAGAGCCAACUUCACUAAUAUCAUUGAGACGGCAUUCACUGUCAGUGGACUAACUCAAGAUGCCUCAUAUGAGUUCCGUGUCAUAGCCAGAAACUCAGCAGGUGCAGUGAGUGUGCCCUCUGAACCCUCAGACCCAAUUAUCUGCAAAGAUGACAUUAUUGAGCCACGCAUUAUGGUUGAUGCUAUUUUUAAGGAUGUUGUUCUACUGAAGGCAGGAGAGUCCUUCAAACUUGAUGCUGACAUUGCUGGUCAACCGACCCCAUCUAUGGUUUGGACCAAGAAUGGAAAGGAGGUUGAGAACACAAUGAAACUGGAGGUAAGGUUCACAGAACUGACAACCACUCUGACCAACAAGGACUCUGUCAGAUCAGAUGGAGGAGAAUUUGUUUUGACUGCCACAAACAUUGGUGGAUUUGCAAAGCACAUCUUUAAUGUUAAGGUGCUCGACAGACCUGGACCACCACUUGGACCCCUUAAGGUGUCUAAUGUCACAGCUGACAACUGUGUGCUCACGUGGGCUCCACCUGCAGAUGAUGGUGGUGCCAAGAUUGAAGGAUAUGUGAUUGAGAAGCGGGAGUCAAGCAGACUGGUUUGGACCAAUGUGGUUUCAGACCUUCAACUUACACAAUACAAGGUGACUAAGCUGCUCAAAGGAAAUGAAUACAUCUUCAGAGUUAUGGCAGUAAACAAAUAUGGACUUGGGGAAUCUCUUGAUUCAGAACCCACGAUUGCAGACAACCCAUAUGUGGCUCCAGAUCCUCCAGAGAAUCCUGAGGUGACAGCUAUCACUAAAGAUUCAAUGGUUGUUAUGUGGCAAGCACCCAAGAGCGAUGGUGGAACUCCCAUCACCAACUACAAUGUUGAAAGGAAAGACAAAAUAGGCCUCCGCUGGGUCAAAUGCAACAAGAGGAAGGUCAAAGAUCUACAAUUUAAGGCAACAGGCCUUGUUGUUGGACAUGAAUAUGAAUUCAGAAUAAUUGCUGAGAAUGCUGCUGGAGUGAGUGCACCAAGUGCCACUAGUCCAUUCUACAAGGCCACUGAUGGACUGUACAAGCCAGGGGCUCCAUGUAACCCCAGAAUUUUGGACACAACCAAGACCUCAAUUACUGUGGCGUGGAACAAACCUGUAUAUGAUGGUGGCUCUGAAAUCACUGGCUACAUUGUUGAGACCUGCAUCCCAUCUGAAAAGGAGGAAGAGGAGGAAUGGACCAUUGUGACACCCAAAGAAGGACUCCUUGCCACCUCUUUCACCAUUAUUAACUUGAAGGAGAACCAGGAGUACAAGAUAAACAUCUCUGCUGUAAACAGUGAAGGAGUUGGAGAGGCAGCAUUGGUACCUGACAAUCCCAAAGCAGAGGACAGGCUCCUCCCACCUGAGAUGGAUUUAGAUGCUGAGCUCCGCAAAGUUGUCACUCUUAGAGCUUGCUGCUCACUAAGGCUGUUUGUGCCUAUCAGAGGCAGACCAGCUCCUCAGGCUAAAUGGACCAAAGGAGAUGGUGACCGUAUUGAGAGGGCAACCAUUGACAGCACAACAUCAUACACAUCACUUGUAAUUGAAAAUGUCAACAGAUUUGACAGUGGAAAAUAUAAUCUUACAAUUGAAAACACCUCAGGCUCUAAGACAGUUUCAGUCCAAGUCAGGGUGCUUGAUACACCAAGUGCCCCACAGAAUCUUAAGAUUAGUGCUGUAACAAAGGAAGCUGUUACUCUGACUUGGGACCCACCAGUGAAUGAUGGAGGAGUAAAGAUUAAAAACUACAUCGUUGAAAAACGUGAGUCCACAAGGAAGGCAUAUGCCACAGUCAACGCAAACUGCCAUCACACCACCUUCACAGUUGACCAGCUCCUGGAAGGAUGCAACUACUACUUCAGAGUUUUGGCUGAGAAUGAAUAUGGCAUUGGCAUUCCCAUUGAGACUGGUGAAUCAGUUAAAGUGUCUGAGAAACCACAGCCACCUGGCAAAAUAACUCUUAAGGAUGUUACUAAGACCAGUGUCACCCUCUCUUGGGAGAAGCCAGAGCAUGAUGGUGGUAGCAGAGUUGGUUGUUAUGUUGUUGAGAUCCAGCCUAAGGGUGUUGAUAAGUGGACCCAGGCUGUGAUCGUAAAGGAAACAGAAGCUACUAUUAGUGGACUCAAUGCAGGCGAAGAAUACAUGUUCCGCGUAGCAGCAAGAAAUGAGAAGGGAACAAGUGACCCACGUCAGAUUGGUGUGCCUGUGAUUGUUAAAGAUCUUGUGAUUGCACCUGUUGCAAAAAUGCUCUUCAACACAUUCAGUGUGUUGGCAGGAGAAGACCUGACAGUGGAGGUUCCAUAUGUUGCACGUCCCAAAGCAGCUAUCUCCUGGAUAAAAGAUGGUCAGCCUCUGAAGAGAACUACCAGGGUAAACUUUGUUGCAACAGACUCAAUUCUGACCCUCAGUGUAAAGGAGGCGACUAAAGAUGAUGUUGGGCAGUACCGUAUUACUCUUAGCAACACGGCAGGAGAGACAACAGCAGACAUUGGCAUCGUUGUCCUUGAUAAACCAGGUCAGCCCGGUGGUCCAGUUAAGGUGGAAGAGGUCACAUCUGACAGUGUAACCAUCUCCUGGAAUCCACCAGAGUAUGAUGGUGGGUGCACAAUCAAAAACUACAUUGUGGAAAAGAGGGACACAUCCACAACUACCUGGAUGAUUGUAUCUCCUAACCUUGCAAGGACCAAAAUCAAGGCAGGCAGGUUGAAGACUGGCUCUGAAUAUCAGUUUAGAAUCACAGCAGAAAACAGAUAUGGAAAAGGCCCAGCUCUCUCAUCAGAAUGUAUUGUGGCUCAAUACCCUUACAAGCUCCCAGGACCUCCAGGAACCCCAUCCAUUGCAGCCUGCACCAAGGACAGCAUGGUGAUUGCCUGGAAUGAACCUGUGAAUGAUGGUGGAAGCACCAUCUUGGGCUACCAUCUUGAACGCAAAGAGAGAAACAGCAUCCUGUGGGUAAAACUUAACAAGUCUCUUAUUACUGACCAAACCUUCAAGACCACUGGUUUGGAACCAGGAAUGGAGUAUGAAUACAGAGUUUAUGCUGAAAACAUUGUUGGAACCGGCAAAGUGAGCAAAGUGUCUGAGGGACAUGUUGCUAGAGAUCCUUGUGAUCCUCCUGGCACCCCAGAGGCAACAAAGAUUGCUAAGGAUUCUGUCACCAUUGUUUGGACCAAACCUGAGUAUGAUGGUGGUGCAAAGGUUACAGGCUAUGUUGUGGAAAAGAAGGAGCUUCCAGAAGGUCGUUGGCUGAAGGCUAACUUCACUAAUGUCAUUGAAACAGAGUAUGUUGCAACUGGACUUGUGCAGGACAACCAGUAUGAGUUCCGUGUCAUUGCCAGGAACGCUGCUGGUGUUUUCAGUAUUCCCUCUUACAGCACUGGUCCUAUCACUGCCAGGGAUGAGAUUGAACCACCACGCAUCAGCAUAGACCCAGAGUACACACAGACUAUUGUGGUUAAUUCUGGAGACAAUUUCAAGAUUGAUGGAGAUGUUCAUGGCAAACCAUUGCCCUCUAUCCACUGGAUGAAGGGAGAGCAGGAGCUGAACAACACGAUUCAUAGAGAGAUUAAGAACACACCCACCAAAGCUUGCAUAUCUGUCAAGGAAGCUAAACUUUCCGAUGGAGGCCAGUACACUCUGCUGUUGAAAAAUCCAGGAGGAGAAAAGGCUGUACAGGUCAAUGUGGUUGUUCUAGAUAAACCUGAAGAACCGCAGGGACCUCUUAUUGUUACAGGAAUAACCAAAGACAGAUGCUGCCUUGCAUGGAAACCACCACUACAAGAUGGUGGCAGCAAGAUCUCUCAUUACGUUGUAGAGAGAAGAGAGACAAGCAGACUCGUCUGGACUGUUGUUGAUCCAAAAGUGGAAAAUAUUUGUUUAAAGGUUACUAAGCUCCUCGAGGGAAAUGAGUACAUCUUCAGAGUCCAUGCUGUCAAUCAAUUUGGAGUGGGUGCACCACUUGAGUCUGCUCCUGUCAUAAUCAAAGAUCCAUUUGUGCCCCCUGGAACACCCAAGAGCUUGGAAGUUUCAGACAUUAAAAAGGAUUCAAUGGUGCUCACCUGGGAGGCUCCAUCUGAAGAUGGAGGAAGUCCCAUCACUGGCUACAUAAUUGAGAAACAUGACAAAGAAGGUGUAAGAUGGAUCAGAUGCAAUAGACAAACAGUCACUGACUUGACCUUCAAGGUUACUGGACUCCUGGAAAGCCAUAGCUACGAAUUCAGAGUUGCAGCUGAGAAUGCUGUCAGUGUUGGUGAGCCAAGCCUCCCAACUGUCUUCUACAAAGCUCUUGAUCCCAUCUUCAGGCCUGGUCCACCACACAAUCCAAGAGUUACUGACACAACAAAAACAUCAGUAUUCUUGUCUUGGGGCAAGCCUGUUUGUGAUGGAGGCUGUGAGAUACAAGGAUACAUCAUUGAAUGCUGCACUACCACAGAGCCAGUAGCGCCAGCUGAGGCCCCUGCUGAAGCCCCAGCUGCAGUAGCUGCCACUGAUGCACCUGCUGAGGAAUGGAUAAUGUGCACACCACCAACAGGGGUCAAAAAGACCAAGUUUGAAGUUGCAAACUUGAAAGAAAACCAGGCAUACAGGUUUAGAGUAUGUGCUGUUAACAAAGUUGGAGUUGGUGAGCAUGCUGAUGUCUCUGGAGCUGUUGUUGCCCAGGACAAGGUAGAAGAACCAGACCUUGACAUUGACCCUGAACUGAGAAAGAUUGUGUCCAUCAAAGCUGGAGCAUCCCUUAGACUGUUUAUCCCCAUCAAAGGAAGGCCCAGUCCUACUGUAAAGUGGAACAAAGAUGAAGCUGCACUUAAAGAAACUGCUCAAGUUGAGGUGACCAGUAGUUACACAUCCCUUGUAAUCGACAAGAUGGGCAGAAAUGACAGUGGAAAAUACACUGUCACUGUAGAGAACUCCAGUGGAACCAAAUCUGCAUUUGUUGUUGUCCGGGUUCUUGAUACACCUAGUGCUCCUGUUAACCUGAAAGUGAAAGAAAUUACAAACCAGUCGGUGACACUUGCAUGGGAACCACCUCUUUUAGAUGGUGGGUCCAAGAUCAAGAACUACACUGUUGAAAAGAGAGAAAGCACACGCAAAACAUAUGCAGCUGUUGUGACAAAUUGUCAUGCUCUUUCAUGGAAGAUCGAACCGCUCCAGGAGGGUUGCAGUUACUACUUCCGGGUGCUUGCUGAGAAUGCACAUGGUGUUGGCCUGCCUGCAGCAACUGUUGAUCCUCUUAAGGUCUCAGAGGUGCCCCAGCCUCCAAAGAACCUGAUUGUUACAGACCAAACUAAAACAAGCAUCUCUUUGGCCUGGGAGAAGCCAGAGUACGAUGGUGGUAGCAGAGUCAUGCAGUACCUACUCGAGGUGCAGCUUAAGGGCCAGGAUAAGUGGUCUGGUGUUAACACAUUCAAGACAAUGGAGGCUACUGUUUCCAAUCUGAACCCAGGAGAGGAGUAUCUGUUUAGAGUCACAGCAAUCAAUGAUAAGGGAAAGAGUGACCCCAAAGUCCUUGCUGGUCCAGUGAUGACAAAGGACUUAGUCUUUGAGCCAGAUGUACGACCAGCAUUUAGCAACUACAGUGUCCAUGUGGGCAAAGAUAUGAACAUUGACAUUCCCAUCUUUGGUCGUCCUAAACCAACAGUCUCAUGGACUAAAGAUGGAGCUCCUUUGAAGUUCACUACCAGAGUUAACAUCCUCAACACCCCAACACAUACAACACUGAGCAUUAAGGAGGCAGCAGGUGAUGAUGGUGGCAUGUACAGUAUAAAUGUUGCUAAUUCAGCUGGAAAGAAGGACACAACUGUUGAAGUAAUUGUACUUGACAAACCUGGCCCUCCAUCUGGCCCUGUGAGGUUCGAUGAAAUCACAACACAGAGUGUCACUAUUUCAUGGGACCCACCAAAACACAAUGGUGGCUGCCAGAUUUCAAAUUACAUUGUACAGAAGAGAGAUACUACUACAACAACAUGGGAAAAUAUCAGCAUAAACUGUGCCAGAACCACCAUCAAAGUGCCUAGACUGAAGACUGGAGCUGAGUACCAGUUCAGGAUCAUUGCUCAGAACCGCUAUGGCAAAAGUCAUGGUCUGGAUUCAUCUGCCGUGGUUGCUCAGUACCCAUACAGAGAGCCAGGUCCACCAGGCACUCCUUUCAUCUCCUCUCUCUCCAGGGACCACCAGAUUGUUGAGUGGCAUGAGCCUGUCACAGAUGGAGGAAGCCCUGUUCUUGGGUACCAUCUUGAAAGGAAAGAGAGGAAUAGUAUUCUCUGGGUCAAAAUCAACAAGACACUUAUUCACGAGACUAGUCUCAAGAGUCAUCCAUUGGAUGAGGGUGUCGAAUACGAAUACAGGGUUUAUGCUGAAAAUAUUGUUGGCAUUGGCAGGUGCAGUAAGGUCUCAGAGGGCUGCGUUGCCCGUGACCCAUGUGAUCCUCCUGGCCCACCAGAGGCCAUCCAUGUGACCAAAGAUACCAUCGUCAUUCAGUGGACUAAACCAGAGUAUGAUGGUGGCAGUAAUAUAACUGGCUAUACUGUGGAGAAGCGUGAUCUGCCAGAGGGCAGGUGGGUAAGGGCCAACUUCACUAAUGUGAUUGAGACCCAGUUCACUGUCACUGGUCUGACUGAAAAUGCACAGUAUGACUUUAGAGUCAUUGCUAAAAAUGCUGUUGGCACUAUCAGUAAGCCAUCCUACAACAGUGGACCAAUCACUGCCAGUGAUAAGGUGGAGGCACCCAAAUUCUCCAUUGACCCUGCAUUCACCAAGGUCAUUAUCAUAAAUGCUGGAGAGACAUUCAAGCUAGAUGCUGAUGUCCGUGGCAAGCCAUUGCCGACAAUCAAGUGGUUCAAGGAUGAAAAACCAAUCGAGAAUACACUCAGACUAGAGAUCAAAAACACAGAACACCAUGCAAUGAUUGUCAUUAAGGACUGUGUUAGAAUUGAUGGUGGAAUUUACACCCUCCAGCUGACAAAUGUGGCUGGCAGUGAAACUGUUCCUUUCAAGGUUGUGGUCCUGGACAGGCCCAGCCCAUGUGAUGGACCCCUCCACAUCACUGGGGUAGCUGAAGAUAGAUGCACACUCGUAUGGCGAGCCCCUCUACAUGAUGGAGGCAGUCCUAUUAAACACUACAUCAUAGAGAGAAGGGAGACCAGCCGUCUAGCUUGGACUGUUGUGUGUAACCACUGUGACACCACAUGCUACAAAGUCACCAAAUUAUUGGAAGGCAAUGAGUACAUGUUCCGUGUGAUGGCAGUUAACAGUUAUGGUGUCAGUGAGCCACUGGAGUCUACCGGAGUUAUCAUGAAAACUCCAUUUGUUCCUCCUGGACCACCUCACAUUGAGGAUGUAUCCAACAUUGCCCACGAUGGCAUGACGAUCACUUGGUCAGCCCCUGAAACUGAUGGCGGUAGUGAGAUUACCAAUUACAAUAUUGAAAAGAAGGACAGAAAUGGAAUCAAAUGGACUAGAUGCAACAGACAGAAGGUCACUGACCUCUCUUUCAGAGUUACAGGCCUAACCACCGGCCAUGAAUAUGAGUUCAGAGUGGCUGCUGAGAAUGUAGUUGGAGUGGGAGAGCCAAGCCUUCCAAGUUCAUACUACAAGGCCUCUGAUCCCAAGUACAAACCUGGUGCACCAGCAUAUGUGAAUGUGAUCGACUCCACAAAGACUUCUAUUACAGUGUCAUGGGGCAAGCCUCUGUCUGAUGGUGGCAGUACCAUUCAAGGAUACAUUGUUGAAGUCUGCAAGGCAGAGGAGGAGGAAUGGACCAUGGUUACUCCCCCCACUGGCCUGCGUGUCAACAAAUAUGAAAUUACUAGACUUACCGAGGGCCUGGAGUACAAGAUCCGGGUGUGUGCUCUGAACAAACUGGGAGUUGGUGAACCAGUAUCUCUCUCUGGAACAGCUAAACCAGAGGAAAGGGUCGACCCACCACAGAUCCACCUUGACUCUGAGCUGAGGAAGGGCAUCACUGUGAAAGCUGGUGGAUCUGUUCGGAUCCAUAUUCCAUUCAAGGGCAGGCCAACACCUGAGAUUAAAUGGACUAAGGAUGAAGGAGACCUGACUGAAAAGGUGGUGGUUGAGAAAGCUCUCAACUUCACUCAGCUUUCCAUCGACUCAUGUGACAGGAGUGACUCAGGAAAAUACACCCUGAGCCUGACAAAUAGCAGUGGCUCUGUGUCUGAGUUUGUUGCUGUUAAAAUCCUGGACACACCCGGGGCCCCACAGAACCUUGUGGUUAAAGAUGUCAAAAAGGAUUCUAUCACUCUUGUAUGGGAUGCCCCACUGAUUGAUGGAGGUUCCAAAAUCAAGAACUAUGUAAUUGACAAACGUGAAUCAAUCAGAAAAGCUUAUGCAAAUGUGUCCACAAAAUGCACCAAGACAACGUUCAAAGUUGAGAACCUGAUUGAAGGCGCUAUGUACUACUUCAGAGUAAUGGCUGAGAAUGAAUAUGGAAUUGGCCAGGCUGUUGAAACAAAGACGGCUUCCAAGGCCUCUGAGGUACCACUGCCUGUUGGAAAAGUCUCACUCACAGAUGUUACCAAAACCAGUGCCUCACUGGCCUGGGAGAAACCUGAUCAUGAUGGAGGCAGUAGAAUUGGUGGCUACCUAAUUGAGAUGCAGCCCAAGGGUACAGAUAAAUGGGGAGUUGCAACAAAUACGAAGACAUGUGAGGGCACUGUCACAGGCCUUACAGCUGGAACAGAAUACCUCUUCCGUAUCAUUGCAUACAAUGAGAAGGGUAAGAGUGAGCCCAAGGCACUUGCUGCACCAGUUGUUGCCAGUGACAUGACAGUGGAGCCAAGCAUUAACAUGCAAUUCAACACAUACAGUGUAUUAGCUGGAAAAGACCUCAAGUUGGAGUUCCCUGUGCUUGGCAGGCCCAGACCUAAAGUCAGUUGGACCAGGGAUGGUCAGCCUUUGAAGGUGACAUCCAGAGUCAAUGUGGUAAACACUCCAACAACAACUGGAAUUCAAAUUACUGAAGCAUGCAAGGAGGAUUUUGGCAAAUACACCAUUACAGCAACCAACACUGCUGGCACAGUCACUGAGGAUGUGGCUGUCAUUAUCCUUGACAAACCUGGACCACCGACGGGUCCAGUCAAGAUUGUUGAAGUGAGCAACACAUUUGUCCAUCUCUCCUGGGAGCCCCCAUCAUAUACGGGUGGAUGCCAGGUAAAGAACUAUAUUGUGGAGAAGAGAGACACCACCACCACAACAUGGCAGUCAGUCACCACACAGCUUGCCAGAACUGCUUUCAAGGUCACCAAGCUCAAGACUGGUGCCGAAUACCAGUUCAGAAUCAUAGCUGAAAACAGGUAUGGAAAGGGUGUGCCUCUGGACUCUAAGACCAUUGUUGUGCAGUACCCAUACAGACCACCAGGGCCUCCAGGAACUCCAUAUGUCAAAUUUGCAACAAAGGAAAUGAUGAUCAUUGAAUGGAAUGAGCCAGUCAAUGAUGGUGGAAGUACAGUCAUUGGUUACCAUCUAGAAAGCAAAGAGAGAAGCAGCAUCCUGUGGAACAAACUGAACAAGACUCUGAUCACUGAUACUCAGUUCAAGAUCUGUAAUCUUGAGGAGGGUAUUGGAUAUGAAUUCAGAGUCUAUGCUGAAAAUAUUGUUGGUAUUGGUAGAUGCAGUAAAGUGUCUGAGUCCUUUGUUGCUCGUGAUCCAUGUGACCCUCCUGGUGCUCCCGAAGCAGUAUCUAUUUCUAAGAACCUUAUCAAGAUUCAAUGGACCAAGCCUCAGUAUGAUGGUGGCAGCAAAGUGAAUGGAUAUAUUGUGGAAAGGAAGGAUCUUUGCUCCCCUGAUGGGCGCUGGGUGAGAGCUAACUUCACUAAUAUAAUUGAGACUGAGUAUAUUGUCACUGGUCUGACAGAGAAUGAGCAAUAUGAAUUCAGAGUUAUUGCCAGAAAUGCAGCUGGAGUCUUCAGCGAGCCAUCCGACAGCUCUGGACCCAUUACUUCUACCGAUGAAAUUGAGCCACCAAGGGCCUCAAUGGAUCCUAAAUACAAAGAUGUUAUUGUUAUCAAUGCUGGAGAACACUUGCUUCUUGACGCAGACAUCUAUGGAAAACCAAUACCUGAUGUUGUCUGGCUAAAAGAGGGCAAGGAAAUGGACAAAGCUCUCCGCAUUGAAGUGAAAACUACACAGAAACGUGCAGCCAUAACUAUCAAGGAUGUAACCAAGCUUGACAGUGGCCACUAUGACCUUGUCCUGAAGAAUCUAGGUGGUACAAAAACCUUCCCUAUCACUGUCAAAGUCCUUGAUAAACCAGGUCCACCCACUGGACCCAUGAAGGUGACAGGAAUCAUGGCUGACAGGUGCAUCCUUUCCUGGUCUGAGCCAACUCUGGAUGGUGGAGCUAGUAUCACUCACUAUGUCUUGGAGAAGAGAGAGACCAGCAGAUUGUCCUGGACUGUGGCUGCACCAAAUGUAAAGGGUCUGUACAACAAACUAAGAAAUUUGCUCCCUGGAAAUGAAUACAUUUUCAGAGUCAGGGCAGUCAAUAAAUAUGGCAUUGGUGAUUAUCUGGAGAGUGAACCUAUCAUUGCACGCAAUCCUUACAAGCCACCUAGUGCUCCUGGAACUCCAGAAGCAAGUCAGAUCACAAAAGACUCUAUGGUUCUGUCAUGGACCGCUCCAGAACAGACUGGUGGUGCUGACAUUGAAGGCUACCACCUUGAAAAACGCGAUAAAGAUAGUGUAAGGUGGACAAAAUGCAACAGACAAAAGCUUGUUGACACUCACUUCAAGGUCACGGGUCUGAUGACAGACCACUUCUAUGAGUUCCGUGUUGCUGCUGAUAAUGAGGCUGGAAUAGGAGACCUCAGUGAAUUGUCCCUAUUCUACAGAGCAUGUGAUGCCACAACACCACCUGGACCUCCACACCAUCCAAAGGUAACAGACUACACAAAGUCUUCUGUGUCUCUUUCCUGGGGCAAACCUGACUUUGAUGGUGGUGCCUACAUCAAGGGAUACAUUGUUGAAAUGAGGGAGUAUACACCAGUGCCUGAAGUGACAGAGGAGGCAGAAGUAGCACCAACAGUAGAGACACCAGUUGAAAAAGAAUGGACUAUGUGCACUCCACCCACUGGCAUUCAAGUCACUAAACUCACUAUCACAGACUUGAAGGAAGGUGGAGAGUACCAGUUCCGUGUCUGUGCUAUCAACUCCGAGGGAGUGGGGGAGGCUGCUAAUGUCCAUAGUACUGUGGUUACUUCUGACAGGGUAGAAGCACCAGAGAUUGAGUUGGAUGCAGAUCUCAGAAAGGUGGUAUCUGUUCGUGCUGGUGGAACUCUGCGUCUCUUUGUCACCAUCAGGGGAAGGCCUGAGCCUGCUGUUAAAUGGGAGAAGGUUGAGGGAACUCUCACAGAACGUGCUGCAAUUGACACUACCAGUUCAUACACCAUGCUUGUAAUUGACAAUGUUAAUCGCUUUGACAGUGGCAAAUAUUCACUAACACUGGAGAAUAGCAGUGGUGCAAAAUCUGCUACUGUUGCAGUGAGAAUCUUGGAUACACCAAGUGCACCACAAAACUUUGCUGUAAAGGAGCUCAAGAAGGAUUCCGUGACUCUUGCCUGGGACACUCCCCUCACUGACGGUGGUUCUAAAAUUACAAACUACAUUGUAGAGAAGAGAGAGUCUGUCAGGAAGGCCUAUACUACUGUUACCAGCAACUGCACAACCAACUAUUUCAAGAUUGAAGAGCUGCCUGAGGGUGGCAUUUUCUUCUUCAGAGUUUUUGCUGUUAAUGAAUAUGGCCAAGGACAAAUGGUUGAAACCAAAGAAGUCAAAGUGUCUGAGGUACCUCUGCCACCAAACAAAGUCACCCUUGUAGAUUUGACAAAGAACAGCGUGUCAUUGGCAUGGGACAAACCUGCUCAUGAUGGUGGAAGCAAAGUAAUGUGCUAUAAUGUAGAGUUCAAGCCCAAAAAUGGAGAUAAAUGGGGCACCGCAUGCACAGUUAAGGUGCUUGAAGCAACUAUUCCUAAUCUUUCACCUAAUGAAGCCUAUUUAUUCAGAAUUGUUGCAAUCAAUGAGAAGGGAAAGAGUGAGCCAAAGGAUCUUGGUUUGCCUGUGGUUGCAAAGGAUGUUGCAAUUGAACCAUCUACCAACUUGCUGUUUACCACAUACAGUGUGAAGGCUGGAGAUGACCUCACUCUUGAGGUUCCAGUAAGAGGCAGGCCAAAGCCUGUUGUAUCUUGGAAGAAGGAUGGCCUUCCUUUGAAGCAAACAUCAUCAGUGACUAUCUUAAACACUGCAACCUCAUCCAAAAUUAUCAUCAAAGAGGCUAGCAGAGAACAUGUCGGCAAGUAUGAGAUCACGCUGGCUAACACAGCAGGAACUGUCACAACAGAUAUUGGAGUUGUCGUUCUUGAUAAACCAGGUCCACCUAAAGGUAUCAAAGUAGAUGCUGUGACCUCAGACAGCAUCACAUUGUCCUGGUCUCCACCAGAUUAUGAUGGUGGCUGCUCCAUCAGUAACUAUAUUGUGGAGAAAAGAGACACAAACACACAGGAAUGGCAGAUGGUAGCUGGUAAUGUUGCCAGAACAUCUUUCAAGGCUGGCCGCUUAACACAUGGAGCAGAGUACCAAUUCCGUAUUUAUGCAGUCAACCGUUAUGGAAAGAGUACAUAUCUGGAUUCAACUGGAAUCACUGCUCAGUAUAACUUCAAACAACCUGGACCUCCUUCCACGCCUAUAGUGAAGUUGGCCACCAAGUCUUACAUGUUGGUGACUUGGAAUGAGCCAGUCAAUGAUGGUGGUAGUCCUGUUGUGGGUUAUCAUCUGGAGAGGAAGGAACGUUCUAGCAUUCUUUGGACAAAGAUGAACAGAGGAAUGAUCAAAGAUACAGAAUACAAAGUUAAUGGAAUUGAAGAGGGCAUGAUAUAUGAAUACCGUGUCUAUGCUGAAAAUAUUGCUGGUAUCGGUAAAUGUAGCAAGGCCUGUGAAGGUGUAGCAGCCAGAGAUCCAUGUGACCCUCCAGGCACACCUGUGGUCAGCGCUGUUACCAGAACAUCUGUCUCCUUGUCUUGGGAUAAACCAGAGUAUGAUGGUGGAGCCAAGGUUUCUGGCUACAUCAUUGAGCGCAGAGACCUUCCUGAAGGACGCUGGACAAGGUGCAACUUCACUAAUGUGCCUGAGACCCACUAUGAUGUGACAGGCCUUACAGAAAACAACCAAUAUGACUUCCGUGUCAUUGCUAAGAAUGCAGCUGGACUGUUCAGUGAGCCAUCUGAUAACACUGGCCCCAUCACUGUCAAGGAUGAUGUGGAUCCACCACGCAUCAUGAUGGAUGUCAAGUUUAGAGAGACAGUGUUUGUGAAAGCAGGAGAAACUCUGAAGAUUAAUGCUGACCUUGCUGGACGUCCCGCCCCUGUUAUUUCCUGGACCAAGGAUGGCAAAGAAAUUGAGCUGAGAGCCAGAAUCCAGAUUGUUUCAACAGAUACCAGCACUUUUGUCAUUGUGAAGGAUUGCAUCAGAAGAGACUCUGGACAGUAUGCCCUGACAGCACAGAAUAUUGCUGGAAAAGUUACCAUGCCAAUAAACUGUGUGAUUCUAGAUAAGCCAGGACCCUCAGCAGGACCUCUGCAGAUCACAGGUCUCACAGCUGAGGAAUGCACUCUGUCAUGGGGUCCUCCCCAGGAGGCCGGUGGUGCUGAAAUCACCCAUUAUGUUGUUGAGAAACGUGAGACCAGCCGCUUGGCAUGGACAUUGGUGAAGGGAGACAUCACCAAGACAUACUUCAAAGUCACAGGACUGCUCAAGGGCAAUGAAUAUAUCUUCAGGGUUUUGGCUGUCAACAAACAUGGACUUGGUGAGGCUCUGGAGAGUGAUGCUGUAAAAAUUACAGAUCCAUACACUUUUGCCACUGCUCCAACUAGUGUUGAUGUCACCACUAUAACUGGAGAUUCAAUGACCCUUACCUGGUGCAAGCCAGCCAGCGAUGGAGGCAGCCCCAUCACUGGAUAUGUGAUUGAGCGCCGUGAGAAGACAGGUAUGCGCUGGGUCCGUGUGAACAGAGAUCCUGUUGUUGAAUGUACUGCAGUAGCAAACAAAUUGCGCAAGGGUUGUGAAUAUGACUUCAGAGUCUAUGCUGAAAAUGCUGCUGGUGUCAGUCCUCCAAGUGAACCCUCUGCAUCAUUCAGAACAGUAGAUCCUCUAGUUGUUCCUUCUCGCCCAACCAAGCCAAAGAUUUUCAGUUCAACCAAGGACAGCGUGUCCAUUGUCUGGAAACCACCAACAGAUGAUGGUGGUACUCCCAUCCUUGGAUAUAGUGUAGAAUACAGAGCUGAAGAACUAGCAAGAUGGAUUGAGGUUAUCCCUCUUACCAAGAGCUUAGAGUUCACAAUCACUGGACUAAAGACAAAUGCAGAAUAUGAAUUCUGUGUCAAGGCAGUAAACAAAGUUGGUAGCAGUGUGCGUAGCCCUUAUUCAGAAGCAGCAGCAGCACUGGACAGAACUGCAGAGCCAUCAUUUGAUGUUGACCUUGAGAUGCGUAAAGUACAUAUUGUCAAGCAUGGCACAGCAUUUACUCUCAAUGUACCAUUCAAGGGCAAACCUGUGCCAUCAGUGGCAUGGGCCAAGGAGGGCGUUGAUCUCAAGGUCAGAGGAACCAUUGAAUCAACAGAAUCCAGUACUUCACUGACAAUUGAGAAGUCGACUAGAAAUGACUCUGGAGAGUACAGUGUAACCAUUGAAUCACCACUGGGAAAAGCAACAUUGCCCAUGGUUGUCAAGGUGCUCGACUCUCCUGGACCCCCUGUCAAUGUUAUAGUCUCAGCAGUGACUAGGGAUUCUGCAACCCUCACUUGGGAAGCUCCAGAGAAUGAUGGUGGUGACGCAGUAAAGGCCUACCAUGUUGAAAAACGGGAGGCCAGUAAGAAGGCCUGGGUGUCUGUGACCAGCAACUGCCACGCAAUGACUUACAGGGUGGAAGACUUGCAGGAGGGAGCCAUUUAUUACUUCAGAGUUAUUGGAGAAAACGAGCAUGGAGUUGGUGUCCCUCAAGAAGCCAAGGGUGGAACAAAGAUUACAGAGGUACCAAGUCCACCAAUGAAACUUGGAGUUGCAAAUGUUACCAAGGACAGCAUUACGAUUGCCUGGACAAGACCAGAAUAUGAUGGCGGUAGCAGAGUCAUUGGUUACGUUAUUGAUGCUGUGGAGAAGGGACAGACCAAGUGGGUGAAGUGUGCCACUGUGAGGACCAUGAUGCACACGAUCAAGAGCCUGAGGGAGGGUGCUGAGUACUUCUUCAGAGUUCGUGCUGAGAACCAUGCUGGACUCAGUGAACCAAAGGAGAUGAUUGUACCGGUUAUUGUCAAGGAAAUACAUGAGGCUCCAGAGUUUGACCUAACGAACUACCCGAAGAAUACAGUUUAUGUGAGAGCGGGAUCCAACCUAACCUUUGAGAUUCCUCUCACCGGCAAGCCCAUGCCUAAAGUGACUAUAUCCAAGAACAAUGUUGUCAUCAAGGGAUCGAAGAGGUUGCUAACAGAAGUAACUCCAGACAGUUUAAUCAUCACCCUAAAUGAGAGUAUUUCAAGUGAUGCUUGCAAGUAUGAAGUCACUGCCUCAAAUGUGGGAGGCACCACCAAGAUCUUCAUUAUUUUUGUUGUGCUGGACAGACCUGGACCUCCUGUUGGUCCAGUUGAGAUUGGAGAGGUUGGAGAGACCACAGUAUGUCUGAAAUGGGCUCCCCCAGAGUACGAUGGUGGCAGUCCUGUUACCAACUACAUUGUACUAAAACGUGAAACUAGCACUCCUACCUGGGCAGAAGUGUCUACUAGCAUUGCCAGAAACUCAAUCAAGGUGACUAAGUUGACCAAGGGAGAGGAGUAUCAGUUCAGAAUCAAGGCUGAGAAUCGUUAUGGUGUCAGCGACCACAUUGACAGCAAGCCAGUCAUGAUAAAGCUUCCAUACACCAUCCCCGGACCUCCAUCCACACCAUGGCUCGGCUUUGUGUCUAGAGAGAGUCUGACAGUCUGCUGGAAUGAACCCGUCAAUGAUGGUGGAAACCCUGUAAUUGGAUACCAUCUCCAGAUGAAGGAGAGGAGUAGCAUCCUCUGGCAGAAGGUCAAUAAGACAGCAAUCUCAGGAAACCAAUGGCGCGUUACCAACAUCUGCCCUGGCCUCAUCUAUGAAUUCAAAGUGGCAGCUGAAAAUGCCGCCGGUAUUGGAAAGAUGAGCAAGACCUCUGAGGAGGUGCUUGCCAUUGAUGCUUGUGAGCCCCCAGCAAAUGUCCGCAUCACAGAAGUCACCAAAAACUCAGUCAGCCUGGCCUGGCUGAGGCCUCCAUAUGAUGGUGGCAGCAAGAUUACCGGCUACAGUGUGGAGAGGAGAGAAGCUGCCAGUGGCAGAUGGGUGAAGGCCAACUUCACAAACAUCAUUGAGCUGGGCUUCACUGUAUCUGGACUGAACCAGGAUGAGUCGUAUGAGUUCAGAGUUUAUGCCAAGAAUGCUGUUGGGUCUGUCAGUAACCCAUCUCUCAUUGCUGGCCCAGUCACUUGUGUCGAUGCAUGUGGUGCCCCUGCCAUUGACCUUCCUCCAGAGUAUCUAGAUGUGGUUCAGUACAAGGCUGGUGCUUCACUUAAGCUCAGAGUUGGAAUCAUUGCCAAGCCUCUGCCAAACAUAGAGUGGCUGAAGGAUGGAAAAGAGCUGGUUGCAACCUCUUCCAUGUCUGUUGAAAACACAACUGACUCUUCUGCUGUUCUGAUCAAGGAUGCAGCUCGCCUUCACACAGGCUCAUAUGAGAUCAGGAUCAAGAAUGUUCUGGGCUCAGCAUCUGCAACCAUCAGGAUUGAAAUCCUAGACAAACCUGGACCCCCAGCUGGCACCAUUAACUUCAACUCCAUCACAGCAGACAAGAUCAUCUUUAGCUGGCAGCCUGUGCCUGAGUCUGACCAGGGAGGUUCCAAGGUGACCCACUACAUUGUUGAGAGGCGUGAAACCAGCCGAGUGGUCUGGUCGACAGUUUCAGACAAGCACGAGCAGGAACACAUAAGUGUUGGCAAGCUGGUGCGAGGAAACGAGUAUGUGUUCCGUGUAAUGGGUGUUAACAAGUACGGAAUUGGAGAGUCACUGGAGUCUGAGCCUGUCAUCUCUAAGAAUGCCUUUGUAACUCCUGGGCAGCCUCAUACUCCUGAGGUGAAUACCAUCACCAAGUCCACCAUGGUGGUAGAAUGGGACAAGCCAGGCGUAGACGGAGGUAGCACCGUGACAGGCUACUACCUGGAGAGACGUGACAAGAAGAGCUUGCGCUGGAUCAGAGUUUACAAAGACCCUGUCACUGAUAUCAAACAGACCGUCUAUCAUCUGACAGAAGGAAAUGAAUACCAAUAUCGUGUCUGUGCCAUUAACAAGGCUGGAGAGGGACCGUUCUCUGAUGUAUCAGACUACUAUAAGGCUGCUGACCCAGUUGAUCCACCAGAUGAGCCUUGCAAGCUGAAGGUGGUGGACUCCACCAAGACAUCCAUCACCUUGGGCUGGUCCAAGCCAGAAUGGGAUGGAGGCAGUGAGGUCACCAGCUACAUGGUGGAGAAGCUUGUUGAGGGAGAGGAAGAAUGGGCUAUGAUUACCUCCAAGGGAGAGGUCAAGACAACAGAGUACAUAGUUCACGACUUAAAACCAGAUGUCAAUUACUUCUUCAGAGUCUCUGCUGUCAACUGCGCUGGCCAUGGAGAGCCUCUGGAGAUGACUGAGCCUGUGCAGGCUAAGGACAUUCUGGAGGAGGCCCAGAUUGACUCAGAUGUGGCCAUGAGAACUCACUACAUUGUGAAGGCUGGCAAGGAUGUGGAGCUGUCUGUUCCUCUAAAGGGCAGACCUGCUCCCACUGCUUCCUGGAGCAAGGGAGAAGAGUGCAUUGAUCGUGAUCCCAAAUAUGAGUUCCACCACUCAGACACUACCACAGUCCUCGUUAUACGUGAGGUCACCAGGCUUGACACUGGAAAGUACACAGUAAAGAUAGAGAAUGGUGUAGGAGAGCCCAAGACGUUGACCCUGUCUGUGAAGGUCCAGGAUACUCCAGCUCAGUGCAGGAAUUUGGUCCUGAAGGACGUGACCCGUGGAAAGGUUACCCUAUGCUGGGAGCCUCCCCUCCUUGACGGUGGUGCUGAGAUCACGAACUACAUUGUUGAGAAGAGAGACUCCUCCAAGAGAUCCUAUUCUGCAGUGACAAACAAAUGCACAGACACCACGUAUACCAUUGAAGAUCUCUCAGAGAAGACAUCCUUCUUCUUCCGGGUGUUAGCAGAGAAUGAGAACGGUGUUGGUGAUCCAUGUGAAACACUUGAGCCUGUGAAGGCUACAGAGACUCCAGGACCAGUCAAGGAGGUUUCUAUGAAGGAUUCAUCCAAGAGUUCUGUCACUCUGCAGUGGCUGAAGCCGGAUUAUGAUGGUGGCAGCAUCAUCUCUGACUACAUCAUUGAGAAGAAGCUCAAGGAUGAGGAAUGGUCAUUGGGAGGAACCAGCAGACAGUGCGAGUUUGAGGUUAAGAAGCUCAAGGAGCACUCAGAUGUGUUCUUUAGAGUUGCUGCCAGAAACGAGAAGGGGCAGGGUGACUUUGUUGAGACCGGGCCUAUCAAGGUCAUUGACUACAUUAUAACACCUGAGGCAAGCCUUGCAGAGUAUCCAGAUGGCAGCAUAAGUGUUCGCCUGGGUCACAACGUGCAUAUCGAGCUGCCAUACAAAGGUAAACCCAAACCUUCUGUUCUGUGGCUGAAGGACAACCUGCCUCUGAAGGAGAGUGACCAAGUCCGCUUCAAGAAGACAGAAAACAAAGCCACUUUAAUGAUUAAGAAUGUGAAGAAGGAGAAUGAAGGUAAAUACACCCUAACCCUUGACAAUAAGGUCAACAGGAGAUCCUUCCACAUCUAUGUCAUCACACUUGGACCACCAUCAAAGCCUGUUGGACCCAUCCGCCUGGACGAAGUUAGAGCAGAGAGUAUCAUGAUCUCCUGGGAUGAGCCUAACGACAAUGGUGGUGGAGACAUCACCUGCUACACUGUGGAGAAGCGUGACACCUCCCAAACUGACUGGAAGAUGGCCUGCUCCAGUGUACAGGAUACUCAGUUCAAGGUCCCCAACCUGAUCAAGGGUGCCCAGUACCAGUUCAGAGUGUGUGCUGAGAACAGAUAUGGUGUCAGUGAGUCUCUGGUCUCCCAGAUGGUCAUUGCAAAGCACCAGUUCAGGCCUCCAGGCCCACCGGGCAAGCCUGUUGUGUACAAUGUUACCAACGAUGGAAUGACCAUCCAGUGGGACCAGCCCAUCUAUGAUGGUGGUACCCCCAUCCAGGGUUUCCACGUGGAGAAGAAGGAAAAGAACAGCAUCAUGUGGCAAAAGGUGAACACUGUGGUGAUCAAAGAAACAGAGUACAGGAUUUUGGGACUCAUUGAAGGCCUCGAGUACUCCUUCAGAGUCUACGCCCAGAAUGAUGCCGGCUUCAGUCGAAUGAGUGAUGAGAGCAAGCCAACUAUGGCCGUUAGUCCUGUUGAUCCUCCUGGACAGCCUGACUACACUGAUGUGACUAGCGACUCAGUGACACUGAAAUGGGAUGCACCCAAACGUGAUGGUGGUAGCAAGAUUGCUGGCUACAACAUUGAGAAACGUCAAGGACAAGGCCGCUGGUUCAAGGCCAACUUGACCGAUGUACAUGACUGCCAGUACACUGUCACUGGGUUGGCAACAAAUGAACGCUAUGAGUUCAGGGUGAUUGCCAGAAAUGCCAUUGGUGUUGUCAGUCCUCCCUCCAACUCCUCCGGCUUGAUUGCAGUCAGAAGUGAGAAUGCUUCUCCAAAUAUUGAGUUUGGCCCAGAGUACUUUGAGGGUUUGACAGUCAAGGCAGGAGACAACAUCAGGCUGAAGGUGACCAUCACUGGACGCCCUGUUCCCAAGGUUGUCUGGUACAGAGAUGGUGUGGAGAUUACCAAAAAGAUGAUGGACAUUAUCAACGUAGCUGGAUCCAGCACCCUGUUUGUCAGGGAUGCUGAUCGUACACACCGUGGCCUCUAUACUGUGGAGGCUACCAAUGGAUCUGGAAGCAAGAAAGAGAACAUCCUUGUUCAAGUCCAAGACACACCUGGGGAGCCAGUAGGACCCGUCACUUUCAGCCACAUCUCAGAGGGCAAAUGCACUCUGUCUUGGAACCCACCAGAGAACGAUGGCUGCUCCGAGAUUUCGCAUUUCAUCAUUGAGAAGCGUGAGACCUCCAAGAUCUCCUGGGCCUUAGUUUCUGACGAAUGUAAGGAGUGCACUUUCAAUGCAACAAAGCUCAUCAAGACCAAUGAGUACCAGUUCAGAGUCUCUGCUGUUAACAAGUUUGGAGUUGGCAGACCUCUGGAAUCCAGCCCCAUCAUUGCACAGCUGCAAUACACUACUCCUGAUGCGCCAGGCACUCCUGAUGCUACUGAGGUGACAGGAGAGAGCAUCACAUUGUCCUGGACUCCUCCAACAUCUGACGGUGGAAACCCUGUUCAGUAUUACAUCCUGGAGAAACGAGAAAAGAAAACUGUCCGGUUCUACAAGGUGAUUACCAAGAAGCCCAUUGUUGAAUGUGCUCAUAGGGUGCUCCACCUGACAGAGGAUAUGGAAUACGAGUUCCGUGUGAUGGCUGUGAAUGACGCUGGUGUUGGAGCUCCUAGCAACAUCUCUAUGCCAAUCAAAGCUGCAGAGCCAAAGGAUAUUCCUUGUGCUCCAUCUGUGAUCUGUGUGUCGGACUCCACUAACACCACCAUCAGCCUGGAAUGGACCAAGCCUGUGGAUGAUGGAGGCAUGGACAUCCUUGGCUACAUCAUUGAGAUGGUGAAGGGAGAAGAGACAGAAUGGAAGAGAGUAAAUGAGCAGCUGGUUACAGAAACAAGUUACGUUGUAACGGGUCUACAGACAGGAGCUGAGUACAAGUUCCGUGUAGCAGCUGUCAAUCAUGUAGGCAGAGGUGAGGACAAGGAAUGCUCAGAGCCUGCCCAGGCUGUAGACAGGCUAACACCACCGCAGGUGGAUAUUGAUGCCACCUUCAAGCAGACGCACAUUGUCAAGGCUGGAGGAUCAGUGUGCCUGGGCAUCUACUUCAGAGGAAAGCCAAUUCCCACUGCCACGUGGGUGAGGGAAGAAGGACAGCUGAGUAGCAUGUCAGAGAUCACAACUACAGAUGGCUACAGUUCUCUAAGCAUUGAAAACUGCUCGAGAAAUGAUACAGGCAAAUACACUGUUAACUUGGAGAACACUAGUGGCAGCAAGGCCAUUGUAUUCACUGUCAAGGUGAUUGACACUCCUGGACCUCCUCAGGCUGUUGUCUUCAAGGAGGUAAGCAGAGGCUCUGUGACACUUACGUGGGAGCCUCCUUUAAAUGACGGUGGAGCCCGAAUCCAUCACUAUGUUGUUGAGAGACGCGAGGCUAGCCGACGCACUUGGCAGGAGUCUGGUGGUAAGUGCACGCAGCACAUCCUGAAGAUCCAGGACCUGCUGGAGGGCGUGCCAUACUUCUUCAGGGUCUCUGCCGAGAAUCAGCAUGGGAUGGGUGAGGCGUUUGAGCUGACUGAUCCUGUCAUUGCCACAGCAGAGCCAGCAUCUCCAAAGAGAUUGGACGUCCUGGACACCACAGACAACUCUGUGUCACUGGGCUGGCUGAAACCAGAGCAUGAUGGCGGUAGCCGAAUCCAGUGUUAUGUCAUUGAAGCUAAGCCAAAGGGUACAGACAAAUGGAUGGUGGUUGGCAACACCAAGAAUCUCAACUAUGUGAUUGAAAAGCUCAACAAGGGUGAUGAGUAUGACUUCUGUGUGAAGGCUAAGAAUGAAUCUGGCUACAGCAAGCCAAGGGAAACUCUGGCUCCUGUACUGGUCAAAGAGCCUCACAUUGACCCUGCUGCUGACCUUAGCGAGAUCACCAACCAGCUAGUCACAAGCAGGUCUGGCAGUACUUUCACCAUCGACGUUCCCAUCAGUGGUAGACCUCCUCCUAAGGUCACUUGGAAGCUGGAGGAGAUGAGGCUGAAGAGCUCAGACAGAGUCUCCAUCAAAGUAACCAAGGACAGAACCAGCAUCUCAGUCAAGGAGGCCAUGAGAGGAGAUGGUGGUAAAUAUUACCUGACUCUGGAGAAUGUGGCAGGAACAAGGACCUUCACCAUUGACGUUAAUGUCACAGGUAGACCCAGUCCUCCAACUGGACCCAUUGAAAUCUCAUCCAUCACCUCUGAGUCAUGUGUCCUUAACUGGCAACCACCGGAGGAUGAUGGUGGCACUGACAUCACAAACUACAUUGUGGAGAAGCGUGAAUCUGGCUCCACCGCCUGGCAGCUGAUCAACUCCAGCGUAAAACGCACAUCUCUCCACGUCAGUCACCUGACCAAGUACAUGCAGUACACAUUCAGGGUCUCUGCUGAGAAUAGAUUUGGCGUCAGCAAGCACACAGAGUCUGAGACUAUUGUCGCAGAGCAUCCUUUCACACCUCCUGGCCCACCAACAAAGCCUUCAGUCUUCAAUGUCUCUGCUAACACAAUGACCAUGAAAUGGGAGGAGCCAUAUCAUGAUGGUGGAAGCAAGGUGACUGGCUACUGGAUUGAGAAAAAGGAGAGGAAUAAUAUUUUGUGGGUGAGAGAGAACAAGAUCCCUUGCUUUGAGUGCUAUUACAAGGUGGAGGGUCUGGUCGAAGGCUUGGAAUACCAGUUCAGGGUUUAUGCCAUGAACAGUGCCGGACUGAGCAAAGCCAGUGAGGCCUCCAAGGGAGCUGUUGCUCAAAACCCAGUUGAUCCACCAAGUAAGCCAGAAGUCACAAAUGUUACAAGAACCACCGUCUCCCUCAAAUGGUCAGCUCCACUGAAUGAUGGUGGCAGUCCUAUCGUGGGCUACAUCAUUGAGCGUAAACCAUACACUUUGGCCGGUGAGGGCCGCUGGCUCAAGUGCAACUACACCAAUGUUACAGACACUUUCUACACUGUUACUGCCUUGGGAGAGGGGGAGCCUUAUGAGUUCAGAGUCAUCGCCAAGAAUGCCAACCAGGUCUUCAGCAAGCCCUCAGAGUCCACUGGCUCUGUGCAGUGCAAGACUGACUUUGAGCCUCCAAAAGCCCUGCUAGAUAGUAAACUCCUGUCCGAAACUGUGAUGGUCAGAGCUGGUUCAGACCUGGUUCUGGAUGCUGCAGUGGGAGGCAGGCCUGACCCCAAAGCUUCCUGGUCCAAGGGCAACAGGGAGCUGGAGUUGUGUGAAAAGUACCACCUGCAGUACACCCCAAACAAGGCCAUGGCCAUCAUCAAGUUCUGUGACAGAGAUGACACAGGAAAGUACAUCCUCACGGUCAGGAACGUAAGCGGAACCAAGACUGCUGAGGUCAAUGUCAAAGUGCUUGAUACCCCCGGUGUAUGUGAAGGUGGCAUUGAGAUCAGCAAGAUCACAGAGGAGUCAUGCACACUGAGCUGGAAGCCUCCUCUUGAGGACGGAGGUGACGAGGUCUCCCACUACAUUGUGGAGAGGCGUGACACCAACAGACUCAACUGGGUCAUCAUGCAUGCAGAGUGCAAGGAGUUGACCUGCAACAUCACCAGGCUGUUCAAGAACACAGAGUACCUGUUCAGAGUCCGGGGAGUCAACAAGUAUGGAGCCGGAGUCCACCUCCAGUCAGAGCCUAUGGUUGCCAGAAACACUUUCACGGUGCCAACUCCUCCUGGUGCUCCAGAGAUCCUUGUUUCAGGAAAGGAUUUCGCCACUAUCGAGUGGCUAAAGCCAGAGAGUGAUGGUGGCAGCCCAUUAAUCCACUACCUGGUAGAGAGGCGUGAGAGAAAGAGUGCCCGCUGGGUGAAGGUGAACAGGGAUGGAGCUCACCUGGACACCACAAUGAAGGUGUCCGGUUUGACUGAAGGCAACAUCUACCAGUUCAGAGUGACAGCCAUCAACAAGGCUGGAGAGAGUGAAGCCAGUGAGGUUUCUCUGUAUGUUGUCUGCAGAGUUCCAACAUGCACGCCUGCUCCUCCUUCUAUCCCACGUAUCACUGACACCCACGCUGACAGCAUCAGCCUGGCCUGGUCCCGCCCUGUGGAGGACGGAGGAGCUGAUGUGAUGGGCUACAUCCUGGAGAUGCAGGAAGCUGGAGCAGAAGAAUGGAAGAAGGCCCAUGAAAAGACCCUGCGUGGUACAGAGUAUGUGGUUACUGGACUUUCUACAAGCAAGAAGUACUGCUUCAGAGUGGCUGGCAUCAACAUCAAUGGUACAGGAGACUUUAGUGAACCAUGUGCUGAGACUGAGCCAGUGGAGAGAAUUGAAACUCCUGACUUUGAGCUCCAUGAUGACCUGAAGAAGACCAUCUGCCUGCGUGCUGGUGGCUCCCUCCGCCUCUUCGUGAAAGUCACCGGUCGUCCCACUCCUGCCCUCACUUGGAGUAAGCCUGGUGUUGACCUCCACAACAGAGGAUUCAUUGAAGUUACCAACACGUCCACCACACUCAUCAUUGAUAAGGUCCACCGGUACGACGCUGGCAAAUACACCCUUGUGGCUGAGAACUUGGCUGGGAAACAGGAAGUGAGCAUUCUGGUCAAGGUCUACGAUACUCCUGGACCAACUGGACCAAUAAAGAUCAAAGAGCUGACCAAGGAGUCUGUUACCAUCUCUUGGGAAGCCCCAACUGUGGAUGGCGGUGCUCCUGUCAACCACUACAUUAUUGAGAGGCGUGAGGCCUCUAUGAGAGCCUACAAGACCGUUACCUCCAAGUGCAGUAAGACAUCCUACAAGAUCGAUGGCCUGAUAGAGGGCAUGCUCUAUUACUUCCGGGUCCUCCCCGAGAACAUCUAUGGUAUCGGUGAGCCCUGCGAGACUCCUGAUGUCAUCCUGGUUUGUGAGGUGCCUCUGCCACCACACAAGCUGGAGGUGAUCGACAUCACCAAGAGCACCGUCACCUUGGGCUGGGAGAAGCCCGAGCACGAUGGUGGCAGCAGACUGACAGGCUACAUCAUCGAAGCCUGCAGGUUUGGUACUGACAAGUGGAUGAAGGUGGCCACACUGAAGACCACAGACUUCGAGCACACCAUUGAAAAGCUGAAUGAGAGCGAGCAGUACUUGUUCAGAAUCAGAGCAAUCAACAGCAGAGGAGCCAGCGAGCCCAAAGAACUUGUUACAGCCGUCACUGUACAGGAGCAGAGAGUAAUGCCUAUGGUGGACUUCUCCAGUAUUCCUCAGAAGGCUGUCAAUGUCUUGGCCGGCAAGACUCUGGAGCUGGACCUGCCCAUCAUCGGCAGGCCUCCCCCUGUCUGCUCCUGGUAUUUCAAUGAUAACAAGAUUAAAAUCACAGACCGUGUCAAGCUCAAGAGCACCGGCAAGUUCUCCAAACUGACGAUGUCUGACACCACCAUCGAUGACACUGGAGACUACACCCUGGAGGUGAAGAACACCGUUGGUGUAAUCAGAGAGGUCAUCAAGGUCAUCAUCCUCUCUAAACCCGAUGAACCAAAGGGACCCAUCAGACUUGAUGAGAUUGAUGCCACCACCGUCACCUGUAGCUGGGAUCCUCCAGUCAGAGAUGGCGGUGCUCCUAUCAGUGGUUACAUGGUGGAGCAGCGUGAUGCUCACAGACCUGGCUGGGUGCCUGUCUGUGACUCUGUUAGCCGACCAACCUUCAAGUUUGAGAACCUGAUUGAGGGAGAUGAGUAUGUCUUCCGUGCAGCUGCCAUUAAUCGUUAUGGCACUGGAGAGUUUCUGCAGUCGGAGAUCGUCACCUGCAGGAGCUUGAACAAUGUACCUGGACCUCCUGGCCGUCCAACUGUCUUCGAUGUGUCUCGUGAUGGCAUGACUGUGGCCUGGAAUCCACCAGAUGAAGACGGUGGCCUUGAGGUUUCUGGAUACAUUAUCGAGCGCAAAGAAGUCAGGUCUGACAGAUGGGUGCGUGCCAACAAGAACCCCAUCACCAUGACCCGAUACAGGUCGACAGAGCUGAUCGAGGGCCUGGAGUAUGAACACAGAAUUACCGCCAUUAAUGCCAGAGGACUGAGCAAACCAAGCCUGCCAUCCAAACCAGCAGUGGCAACAGAUCCCAUCGAUCCACCUGGCUGUCCUCAGAACCCGAGGAUCACCGAUACUACCAAGUCCUCUGUGUCACUGGCUUGGAGUCCUCCCGACGAUGAGGGAGAUGCAAGGGUGGACGGUUACCUGAUUGAGAUGCAGAAGGUGGGCACCAUGGCCUGGAUCAAGUGCAACACCACACCAUCUCUAAUCUGCGAGUACACGUUGACUAACAUGCAACAAGGAGAGGAGUUGAAAUUCCGUGUGUUGGCCUGCAAUGCUGGUGGCUCUGGAGAGCCUGCUGAAGUGCCUGGAACUGUCACUGUGACAGAGAUGCUUGAAUCCCCUGACUAUGAGCUGGAGCUCAAACACAAAGAUGUCUAUGUGGUCCGCCAGGGAGGAGUGGUUAGGCUCUCUGUUCCCAUCAAGGGUAAACCUCAACCAACCUGCAAGUGGUUGAAGGAUGGUGACGCAGUUUCCGCUAAGGCCAUGAUUGCAUCCACAGAGGACGCCAGCGAGCUAGUGAUCAAGGGAGCCGAGAGGAGUGACUCUGGCAUGUACAACCUCCUGCUGGAAAAUAAGGUUGGCAAGAAAAAAGCCCAAAUCAAGGUGAAGGUCAUUGGCCGUCCAAGUGCUCCAGAAGGACCAAUGGUCUUUGAGGAGAUCCAGGCCAACUCUGUCAAGCUGUCCUGGAAGGUGCCCACAGACGAUGGUGGCUCAGAGAUCCUGGGUUACAUUGUAGAAAGACGUGAGGCAGCCAGAAACGCCUGGUACACCGUGGACUCCAGAGUGACUGACACUCAACUGGUUGUCAAGGGCCUAAAGGAAGGAACAGAGUACCACUUCAAGGUUACGGCUGAAAACUCCUUUGGUAUCAGCUCUUCUCUGAAGUCAGAACAGCCACUGGUGCCCAAGAUUCCUCUUUGUUCCCCUGAGCCUUCAAGCACCCCACCAGAGAUUAUGGACAUCACGAAGAGCUCUGUGGCAUUGGCCUGGUCCAGACCAAAGGAUGACGGUGGUUCUGCCAUCACUGGCUACUUUGUUGAGUACAAGGUGGUGUCAGCUGAGAUGUGGUCCCGCCAUCAGACCAAGAUCUCCUCCACCAUGUUUACUCUGUCUGGACUUACCCCUGAUGCAGACUACCAGUUCCGCAUUGUUGCUGUCAACAACAUCGGCGAGAGCGAGGCUGGUCCUAUGUCUGACCCAGUCACAUGCAAGGAUCCAUUUGACAAGCCAAGCCAACCAGGAGAGAUUGACACAGUGAACGUGACAAACAACUUCAUCACCAUCCGCUGGCAAGCUCCAGAGUGUGAUGGUGGAAAGGAGGUCCUGGGCUAUUGGGUGGAGUACAGGAAGUCCAUCGAAAGCACCUGGAAGAAGAGCAACAAGCAAAGGCUGAAGGAAAAGGAGAUAACUGUGCCUGGACUGGCUGAAGCCACAGAGUACGAGUUUAGAGUGUUUGCUGAGAAUGAGACAGGAAUGAGUAGACCUCGUAGGACUGCCACAUGCAUCAAGACCAAACUGAGUGUUGAAACUAAACCAAGCCUGAGAAAAGAAAUGGAUGAAGUAACUGCCAAGCUUGGCCAGCCUGCUGUCAUGAAGUGCCAAAUUAUUGGCAGACCUGUCCCUGACAUCAAAUGGUAUCAUGCCGGCAAGGAGAUUGUUGAGUCCCGCAAGUACGAGAUGAGCUCUGAUGGCCGCAACCACUCCCUGUCCAUCAUGACCGACCAGCAGGAGGAUGAGGGAGAGUACACUUGCAAGGCCAUCAAUGAUGCCGGUGAAGCUGAGACCACAGGCAUCCUGGUGUUGGAGGCUGCUUCAGCCUUCCAUCCUGAUUACCCUCUGAAGGAAACGUACUACGCUGGCUUGGGAAGCACUCUGCGCAUCCAUGCCGUCUACAUUGGCCGUCCCGAGCCAAAGAUCAUGUGGCUUCAUGGGGCAAAGACCCUGGAGAACACAGAGGACAUCAGCAUUGAGAACACUGAGCACUACACACACCUAAUCAUCAAGAACGUGCAACGUAGAGUCCAUGGAGGCAAAUACAGGAUAAGACUGCACAACCACUUUGGCAGGGCUGACACAGCAUUCAAUGUUGAAAUUUAUGACAAACCUGACAUGCCUCAGGGUCCGAUUGUGCUGGAUGCCCUCCUCAAGAACUCCGUCAUCAUCAGCUGGAAACCUCCUAAGGAUGACGGAGGCUGCAUGAUCACCAACUAUAUCGUAGAGAAACGUGAGGACAAGGAGGGCACAGAGUGGGAACUGGUGUCAUCAUCCAUCAAUGGGAUAUCUUGCCGUGUGCCUAACCUCAUCGAUAGCGCUGGAUACUUCUUCCGUGUGUACGCCCAGAAUCGCUAUGGCAACAGUGAACCACUGGAGCUCACUUCACCUAUCCUUAUCAAGAGCCAACUGGAGAAACCAUCACCACCUCUCUCUCCAGUUGUUUCUGGAAUCACCAAGGACUCUUGUGUGGUUUCCUGGAAGCCUCCACUCAGUGAUGGUGGCUCCAAGAUCAAGAGCUAUUGCCUUGAGAUGAAGCACAAGAAGGACAAGAAGGAAUGGAGUGAAUGGACUCCAGUGACCACAGACGAGAUCAAACAGACAGUGUUCUCUGUCAAGCGUCUGACCGAGGGCAUCGAGUGCAUCUUCCGUGUGAAGUGCGAGAACCUCGGAGGACAGAGUGACUACAGUGAGGAAACUGCUCCCAUUGUUCCAGCCACAGCUGUUGAGAUCCGUGCUCCUGCCUUUAAAGAAGAGCUGAGGAACAUGAGUGUCAAGUACAAGAGCAAUGCUACCCUUGUCUGCAAGAUCACAGGACAGCCUAAGCCUGUGAUUAAAUGGUUCAGACGAGGAAAGGAAAUCCACUCUGAUGGAAAGAAGAUCAAGAUCCAGGAAUUCAAGGGAGGUUAUCACCAGCUGGUCAUCACUGAGACUGAUGAGGAAGACUCCACUGUAUACCAGAUCAGGGCCACCAACCAGGGAGGCUCCAUUUGUGCUACAGUCUCUCUGGAUGUUGAAAUUCCUGCCAAGAUCCAUCUGCCAAAGAACCUAAAGGACAAGGAAGCCAUCCCUGCCCUGCGUGGAGAAGUAGUCAAUAUCAAGAUUCCUUUUGGUGGCAAACCAGAUCCUGUCAUCACAUGGCAGAAGGGACAAGAUCUUAUUGACAGCAAUGGCCACUACCAGGUCAUCGUCACCAGAUCAUUCACUUCUUUGGUGUUCCCCAAUGGAGUGGAGAAGAAAGAUGCUGGUUUCUACAUCGUCUGUGCUAAGAACAGAUUUGGCAUUGACCAGCAGACGGUUGAACUGGAUGUAGCUGACGUGCCUGAUCCUCCACGUGGUGUCAAAGCCAGUGGUGUCUCGAGAGACUCAGUCACACUGAACUGGGUGGCCCCAGCAAAUGAUGGCGGCAGCAAGGUCAUCAGCUACAUCAUUGAGAAGUGCCCCACCACGGCUGAGAGAUGGCAGCGUGUUGCCCAGUCCCGUGACACCCACUACACCGUUAUAAAUCUGUUUGGAGGAACCAGUUAUCAGUUCAGAGUCAUUGCUGAGAACAAGUUUGGACAGAGUGCUCCAUCUGAGACCAGUGGACCUGUCAUGACCAAGGAGGACAAAUCAAGAGUUCUGCUCUAUGAUAGGGAGGUUGAUGAUACUGGACAUGUACCCAGGGGCAAGGCUCAACACUCCGAUGCCAAGAAUUUGCACAACAAAUAUGCCAUUGCAGAGGAACUUAGUAGAGGCCAGUUUGGCAUUGUUCACCGCUGUGUUGACAUAAGCUCUGAGAAGACCUACAUGGCUAAAUUCGUCAAAGUGAGAGGCGCUGAUCAAGCAAUAGUUAAGAAGGAAAUUGCAACACUGAAUCUGGCCAAACACACGAACUACCUGCUCCUCCAUGAGUCUUUCGACAGCCCUGAAGAGCUGGUGAUGAUCUAUGACUUCAUCUCUGGCGCUGACAUCUUUGAGCGCCUCAACACAGCUGAGUUUGAGCUCAAUGAGCUUGAAAUUGUCAAUUACAUCAGGCAAAUUUGCUCAGCUCUUGAGUUCCUGCAUGGUCAGAGCUAUGGACACUUUGAUAUCAGACCUGAGAACAUUGUGUACACAACUAGAACCAGCUCUAAUGUGAAGGUUAUUGAGUUGGGCCAGUCCAGACACCUGACUCCUGGAGAACAAAUCAAGAUCCAGUAUACCACUGCAGAGUAUGCAGCCCCUGAGAUCCACCAAUGUGACAUGGUUAGCAGUGUCACUGACAUGUGGUCGGUUGGUGUCCUUGCAUAUGUCCUCCUCAGUGGACUUAAUCCAUUCACAGCAGAAACCAACCAACAAAUGAUUGACAACAUCUCCAAUGCGGCCUACAGCUAUGAUGACGAGUCCUUCAAGCAGGUCAGUGUUGAGGCAUUAGACUUCACAGACCGUCUAAUGACAAAGGAACGGAAGCACCGAAUGACUGCUGCUGAGGCCUUGGCGCAUCCUUGGCUGACCAAGCCUACAGAGGAGAUCAGCACCAGAGCAAUCCCAACCAACAGGCAUAAGAGAUACUAUCAAACAAUGGUGAGGAAAGAGUGGAAUACUGUGGUUUCUGCAGCCCGUGUGGCCAGUGGCGGCUCCAUCAGGUCCCAGCGUGGUGUCUUUGUCGCCAAGGUGAAGAUUGCUCCCUUUGAAAAUGGUCCUGUUGGAGGACAGAUUGGCCAUGCCGUGGUGAAUGAGGGAGACAAUGUGAAAUUCAUCUGCAACAUCGACAACUAUGAUAGCACUACAGAAGUGACAUGGUACUGUGGGGUCAGGCAACUUGAAGCUGGUGACAAAUAUGAAAUUGAAUAUGAGGACGGCCUAGCUGUAAUCACCAUCAACAAAGUAACAAGAGCAGAUGAUGGCACUUACAGAUGCAAGAUUGUGAAUGAGUAUGGUGAGGACAGUGCCUACGCAGAACUGUUUAUCAACAGUGUGAGAUCUUACCGCGACUUCUUCACCACUCGUGUAGUCAAGAAAACAAAGCGCAGAGUUGACACCACCAGAAUGCUUCAAAAGCCACCAGAGUUCACCCUUCCACUGGUUAACCGUACAGCCUACAUUGGUGAGGAUUUGCGCUUUGGCGUCACCAUCACUGUUCACCCUGAGCCUCGUGUCAUCUGGCACAAAUCUGGACAGAAGCUCAUCCCUGGACAUGAUGACAGGAAAUACACCUUCAUAAGUGACAAGGGCCUUUACCAGCUGAUUAUCCACAACCUUGAUGAAUCGGACGAUGCUGAGUACAGUGUUGUGGCCCGCAACAGGUACGGCGAUGACAGCUGCAAGGCUCGUCUUACCGUUGUUCCUCGACCUAAACCAGCAGACCUCACUCUGAGGCCAAUGUUCAAACGUUUGCUUGCAAACGUUGAGUGUAGGGAGGGCCAGAAUGUGCGCUUUGAGAUAAGAGUAUCUGGUCACCCCACAUUGAAGUGGGAGAAGGAUGGCACGCCUUUAGCCUUUGGACCAUCUAUUGAGGUUGUCCAUGAGGGUCUGGAUUAUUUCAUCCUUCAUGUGAGAGACACUCUCCCUGAGGACUCUGGUGUGUACAGAGUUACUGCAACCAACACUGCGGGAUCUGCCAGCUGCCAGGCAACGCUCAAGGUAGAACGUGUCACUCAUGUAAAGAAGGAAUAUGAAACCAGUGAAAAGGAAAAGGAAAAGGUAGCUGGAAAGGAGGAAUUAGACAAAAAAGUGAGGCUGUCUCAGAUUUUGGCUGGCACUGUGGUUACAGCUCUACCACCCGCAGCAGUGCAAGCUGUCAGGGAAGCAGCCACCAUGUUUAAACCUGCUGUGACUACUAAGAAGGGUGAGAAGACUGAAGCUGAGAUACAGAAAGAAAAAGAGGAGAGGAAGAAGCGGGCAGAUGAGAAGAGGCUGCGUAUGCCGUAUGUCGUCCCCACUCCUCGUGUCAUUAACCCAGCUGUUCUUGAGGAGGAUGUGGAAAUAAAACAUUUCAAGCCACUCUCUGACAUGAAAUGGUACAAGAAGCUGCGGGAUCAGUAUGAGUUCCCUGAGCCAAUGGAGAAGAUUCAGCAGAAGAGGAUGAAGCGCAUCCGCCUCUCUAGGUGGGAGCAGUUUUAUGAGGUACCUAUCAGGAUCAAGGACCAAUAUAAACCAAAGUGGCGAAUCUCAUCCAUGACUCAGGAUGACUUGGAGACAGUGAGGCCUGCAAGGCACCGCACUCCCUCUCCUGAGAUGGAGGCCUAUCACCGGAUCAGGAGGAGGUCCUUGGGUGACCUGUCAGAUGAGGAGCUGCUGCUGCCUGUGAAUGAUUACCUGUCAAUGAAGAGAACUGAGGAGGAGAGGCUUCGUCUGGAGGAAGAACUGGAGCUUGGCUACUCUGCUUCUCCACCUAGGUAUAGCCCAGUUCGCUUUGAGCUGUCUGCCCUGCGUCCCUCCUCUCCCAGAAGAGUCUACGGUGAUGAUGAAGAGGAGGAAGACAUUCAUAGAUAUGACUCCUACAGAAUCCCAUCUAAAUAUGAGGCUGGUCCAAGUUUUGUCGACCUCCGCCAGCGUCACGACAAAGUCACAUACAAAGCUCCAAGACAGAAGCAGAGGGUGUAUGAAGAGAGAGAAGAUCAGGAGCUGCUGCGUCCACACACAACUGCCCAGAGAAUCUCCUCUUACAAGAGUGAACUCAAACGCAUGGAAUUUGAGGAGAAGACUCGAACCUUGAAAAAGGAAACAACUAUCACUACUGUUGCCUCAAUCUCUGAAGGCACUGAAUCUGAACACCUGACAGGUUUUACCUCAGAAUAUAUUCCUAGACCCAUCAAGAAGCUCCCAAUACCUGAACCUGAGAGGAGAUCUCCUACUCCAGGAAAAGCUGUCAAGACAGAAGUGACCCUUCCAAAGGUUGACUUUGCAUCCAGGUAUGAGGAGAGAAAGCAGGCUAUCAGAUCAGAGAGAAGAUCAGUGGAGAGGAAGGUUGAGGUGGUGACACAGGCUCCCUUCAGCCUUGACCAUGCCCCACGCAUCACCAUCAGGAUGAGAUCUCAUCGUGUACCCUAUGGCUCCAGCACGAGGUUCACCUUGAAUGUCCAGGCCAAACCAGAGCCUGAGGUCAAGUGGUUCCACAAUGGGAAAGAGAUUCACCAGAGUAACAAACUUCACAUGACCAACAUUAGUGGGGUUCUGACUCUCCAGAUUAUCAACUGCGUGACUGAAGACUCUGGCACUUACCGUGUGGUCUGCAGGAAUGCCAAAGGAGAGACUUCUGACUAUGCUACACUGGAUGUAGCCGGAGCAGAAUAUGCUGCCUUCUCUUCACUUCGCAAAGAUGAGGAGCCUCCAUCCUCUCAACUGCCUGAGAUGACCAGAACAGAGGUGUAUCAUGUCUCUUCCUCUAAAACAACAGUGCAGGAAACUGUGACUAAAACUGUGAAAGAGUCCACCACUGUUGUUGAGAAGCCAAGGAAGAAACCUGGUGUUCCUGCCAAAAUCCUGACCAAGCCACAGUCCCUGACUGUAGAGGAGGGAGAUCUCGUCAGAUUUGAGUGUGAUGUGGAUGGCGAGCCAGCACCUUCUAUCACCUGGCUGCACGAAGGAGGAGUUGUUGGUUCCUCUGCCCGUCACCACAUUGUCUCUUCUCAGUACAACUCCCAAUUUGAGAUCUCUGCUGUUGAGAAGUCGGAUGAAGGCAGCUACUCUGUUCUGGUGGAAAAUGCUGGAGGCAAACAAGAGGCCCAUUUCACUCUGACCAUCCGCAAGUCUGAGUCCAAGGAGAAGGUAGUCGCACCACCCAGAGUCACCUCUCCAGAGGCUAAGUCCCCUCUUGCCAAGUCCCCUGAACCAGUCAAGUCUCCUCAGAGAGUCAAAUCCCCUGAGCCAAUCAAGUCACCUCAAAGAGUAAAGUCUCCAGUCUCACCAAAAUCCCCAACACCAAAAUCCCCAACACCAAAAUCUCCAACACCAAAAUCUCCAACUCCCAAAUCCCCAACUCCAUCUGAGAAGGAACGAGUGACUUCUCCAAUUAAAUCACCAAAGAGAGUGAUGUCACCUACACUUGAAAAGAAGCCAUCCUUCUCUGUCGGGCUGAGUGACGUCACUGCCGCCUCUGACUCUAUCGUCAGGCUCUCAGUGAAGGUGACAGGAGAGCCCAAACCAGCAAUCUCGUGGAUAAAGGAUAGAAAGGCUCUGACUCAGGGUGGGAAGUAUGAAAUCUUCGAGGAGUAUGGCUCGGCUUAUCUUGAGAUCUAUGAAUUGGAGGUUUCUGAUAGCGGGAUGUACAAGUGUACUGCUACCAACAGUGCUGGAGCAGUGUCCACAAUGUGCACAGUCACUGUGCAAGGUUCUAAAAGCUCCAAAACAAAAGCUGAAAUUUAUGAGGGAGUCAAGACAAAGGAAAUGGUCCAUGAGGAGGUCUUAUCCUCUAUGAAAGAGGUCACGUCCUCCUGCAGCCAGAUGUCCAUUACAGAGGGCCAGUCUCUGACUCUGAGGGCCAGCAUCCCUGGGGUCUCUGACAUCAGAUGGAAUCUUAAUGGGGUGGAACUGGCCAACUCAGAGCAGUACAGAUAUGGAGUGUCUGGAAACGACCAGACCCUGACCAUAAGGUCGGUCAGUCAGCACGAGCAGGGGAUCAUCACAUGUCAGGCUCAAACAGAGCACGGCCUGGUCCGGUGUCAAUUUGAUACCACGGUAACAGCCAAGCACUCAGAUGCACCCCACUUCCUGCUGCAGCCCAGGUCCCAGAAUGUGGACGAAGGACAAAAUGUCAAAUUCACAUGUGAAAUAGCAGGGGAGCCUUCCCCUGACGUCGAGUGGUUGAAAGACAACAUGAUUAUAUCUGUCACAUCAAACAUUAGACUGAGCCGCUCUAGGAAUGUGUUCACUUUGGAGAUAUGUGAAGCCACCGUUGCAGACAGUGGGAAGUACACAGUCAAAGCCAGAAAUCAGUUUGGACAGUGCUCUGCAACAUCCUCCCUCAACGUCUUCACUCUUGUUGAAGAACCAGCAAAAAUGAUAAUUUUGGAACAAAGAGUUUCUACCGAUGCUGCUGCCAGCAUGCAGAAAGGUUUAUCUGCUUCAUCAGUUUGUAUGGAGGCUUCCACGCUGGCUGGCAGUUACAGCAACGUCUCCCGCUCUGCUGCCGCCGAGUACUCGUUUGAAAGCACGUCUGCAACUAGCAUGUCUGCCAUAAUGGCUGAGUCAAUGGUUUCCAUGAGCUCCAGCAGCCAAAUGAUGGAAAUGUCUGCUCACUCGCAUGUCAAGGCCUCCUCCUCACUGGGGGCCCUCACCACAGGGGUGAAAAAAGGCGCUCCUCCAAAAAUCGAAGCUCUUCCGCAGAACAUCAGCGCUGAGCGGGGGAAGCCCCUGACUCUGACGGGGGUGUUCUCCGGAGACCCCACACCCUCCAUCCAGUGGGUUCACUCGGGGCGGACCCUCCCCAACGGGGACGAUCGCUAUCAUGUGGAGAACGCCGCUGACCUCUCCACCCUGGUGAUCUCUGCAGUGAAGGAGUGCGACGCUGGAGCGUACACCCUCCGCCUGUCCAACGAGCUCGGCUCCGACGCUGCAACCAUCAACGUUCACAUUCGGUCGAUGUAAAAAACAAAAAAAAGAAAAAGAAAAAAAAAGUUAAUUUAUAUCCCCCGUUCCCUCAUCCAGAACCUUUUUAUUUAGUGAAUUAGCAACAAUAAUACUUGAUAAAGAUCUGGAUUUCUGUUCUUGUAAAUAUGAACUAUUUUUGUACCAAACUUGACAUUAAUUUAUGCCAAACUAGACUCGAGUCUAAAGUUGUUAUAAAAUGUGCCAUAUUGGACAAUUAUGACUUAGGAUUUUUGAACCACUUUUCUGUGACAUGUACAUAAUGUAUAUAGCCGAAUUUAACGGUUAUGGGAAAUGUAUGCAUUGUUAUUUAUGACAAUAAUAUGAACUGAAACAAAAGAACAAAUGUUUUAACAGGAGAAAGUUCCACCAGGAACGAAUACCCUGUCAAAGUGAGAAACUAAACUCUGUGCCUCAACGAUUCGUUGAAGUCUUUAAGAUUGCCUCAGCAGGUAGAGAGGCUCCCUGCUGACGUUAUAAACACAAACAGAAAGAGUUAUUGUUUUGGACACGCCUCUGCGCGUGACGUAUUACAGUUUCCUAUGAGUUGUACCGUGAGCGUAAGACCCCGAGUGCUGUUUGCAUCACCCUCAUGGAAGCAGCACGAACGGCCUUGUGCUCAGACCGACUUUGUCGUACCACCACGAUUUGAUGACCGGCUCAGAGUGCGAGCGGCCUGCACUCUGAGCGUUUAGAUCAUUUUAAUAAAGAGCGCCGUUUCUGGCACAGGACGGCCGCGCCGGCUUCUUGAAGCGUAACAUCUCCUGGCCAACAAAGAACAGGAAGUCAACGGCGGCUCUGCUGUGCAGAAGCGGCGCCGGCUCUCGGAGGACAGUUAGCUGAAGUGUUUGUGUGUUUGAGUGUGGGUGUUUGUAGGUUUUAGUCUUUGCGCCUUGUCAGUAGGCGGGGUCUCGUUCCUCCACCGCAGUGACUCCAUCGCCUGUGAGAGAGAGCAGACGUGGUUCCCUGCACUUUGAUUUAACUGAUCUGUUGAUGUAGAACUAUAUUCAUCCUCCUUGAGUUUGAUGCAUUACUGAUUUAAUAAAGCAUGAUUUCAGCACUA